AUGGCACGGCUAUGCAGUGUCUUUCACGAAUGCUGGAGCUACCGGUCGGUGUUGCUGCGGGUUUGUGCUCAGGUAAGGCUAUUUGUAGCUUGUUAGCAGGCAAAAAAUGAUUUUUUUUCAGCCUAAUUGUGCAUGAGCCGAGCUGAAACAUCUUGGCUCCCAGGCCCCGCCCCCUAGAUAUUUUAUUUGGCUUCUUUAUUAAAAGCCUUAUUCACAAAGUUAAUCAAUACCUGAGUCCGACGCAGUUUUGUCUUGAUUUUCCAAAGCUGGAAGUUGCUCUUUAACAUCAAGUUUACCGCUCUUUUUGGUUUCAAAUCAGACAUUUUCAGGAUUAGCUUACCUAGUUCCAUUACAUAAAGCAAGCUGCAUAAAUGUCACACCCCUGGUUUUGGCACCAUUGUUUGACACCACUUCUUUUCCCAUGCAGUAUGGAAUACCAUUGAAAGUUUUCCUCUAGGCAAUAGUACCAGUUAUUUUUUCCACCACACCAAAAUCUACUAUCUUGAUGUCUCUGCUGGUCUUCAGUGGGAUUCUUGUCAUAGCUUUUCCCAGCAGAGACAGACAGCACUGAAAGCCACAAUAUUGUUGUAAGAAAGCAGCGAACAGCUGUUGUAUUUGCAAAGUCCUAUCCUUUACAUAUCGACAUACAUAUUGGUACCCAUUCAGUUGAUAAACUCAGUCUUCCACUAUCUAAGCUGUUCAGAGUUUAAGAGAACCCUGUGUGUCUUUGCUGAUCAUUCUCAGUCAGUGUGUGUGUGUCAGUGAGCUUGUCUGUAGUGAGCAUGUGUGUGAUAGUGAGCCUUUCUGUAGCAAGCUCUUGUGUGUCAGUGAUUUUGUUUGUAGUGAGCAUGUGUGGGUGUCAGUGAGCUUGUAUUUACUGAGUAUAUGUGUGACAGUGAGCUUGUCUGUUGUGCGCAUGUUUGUGUCAGUGAGUUUGUCUGUAGUGAGCAUGUGUGUGUGAAUGACAGUAAGCUUGUCUGUAGUAAGCUUCUGUUUGUAUACUAAUGACUUUGUCUGUAGUAAGCUUGUGUGUGUCAGAGUUUGUCUGUAGUAAAUUUGUGUGUGUGUACCAGUAAGCUUGUCUGUGUGUGUCAGUGAAAUUGUCUAUCAGUGAGCCUAUUUGUGUGUAUCAGUGAGCUUGUGUUUUAUGUCAGUGAGCUUUUAUAUAUCAAUGAGAUUGUCUGUCUGUGAGCCUGUGUAUCAAUGAGCUUGUGUCAGUGAGAUUGUCUAUGUCUGCAUGUAAGUAUGCUUAUUGUAUGAUUUAUUUAUUUUUACCCUGAAAGGACCAAUAUUUUGAAUUAGAAAAAAAAAAUACCAAAAAUAUAUAACAAAGCAUUAUUUUUUAAAUUGGAUGACCAAAAAUGCUGUUAUGGAUUGAAAAGAAUUGUGCGUGUGUAUGUAUAUAUAUAAAUGUAAGCUAAUACAGAUUGGGUUGGAACCUGUCUGGCUGUGGUUACAGCUUUAGGCAGAUGGUAACCGAUAGGGGCUCCCAGGACUAUGCAGGCAUGGUGAGAGGUGGGAGCCGUGUUAUCUCAGGGGAGGGGGAAAUCUAAAACACUAACCAGAGAAACGCGCCACCUCUGGCUCUCACUGACCAACUGACUGCACCCUCAUCCCGACCAUUCACAGCUCCCGGCUCCCAGUCACAGCGUCAUCAUAGCAACUGACUGAUUAACCAUUACCAAACCAACUGACUGAUUAACCCUUACCCAGCUAACAGUCUGAUUAACCAUUACAAGCCAACUGACUGAUUAACCCUUAGCAAGCCAACUGACUGAUUAACCCUUACCCACCCAGAUGACUAAUUAGCCCUUACCCACCCAACUGUCUGAUUAACCCUUAACAAGCCAAAAGACUGACUAAGCCUUAUCCAGGCAACUGACUGAUUAACCCUUAUCCACCCAGCUGUAGGAUUAACCCUUACCAAGCCAACUGUCUGAUUCACCCUCACCCAGCAAACUGAGUAAACCUUUCAACCUAACUGACUACUUCCUCCUAACAUGCUGGCGUAUUAACCUUUACCUGUUCAACAGGACAGCUCCCAUUUAGCCACCUGAAUGGUGACAUUAACUUUUACUUAUCCAAUAUAAUUCACAAUCUGAUUUCUCUACUUGUUUAUUAGAGCAAUGUCUCAUUAACCUUUAGACUAGCAUGUUUACUUAUUAACCCUUAAAUAGCCAAGAAUUAAUUUUAACAACCUAACAGUUUUUCGAGUUACUAACCCAUAGCUAUUUAAAUGAGAGUGACGUGCUAACAACUUGUUUAUUGGCAUUUCAGAAAUCUGAAGCACUUCGGCACUUAGGCAAUUCGGUUUGGUUCGGCACUUCAGAAAUUCUGCAAUUCGGCAACUCAUCACUUCGGACAUUCGGAAGCAUCUGAAUGUUCGAAUAGCACAAAAUUCAUCCGAAUGUAUAUUCGUAACGAAACAAAUUGCACAUGUCUACUGUCUACUUCAGAGAUCAUAUAUGGAGAUGGAAGAAACUUGCAGCUGGACAACACUGCAACACUCCACUUAGAAUUUGCUAAAUAUUAGAUACUUGCAAACUAUCUUCUCCGAUGAAACAAAGAUUAAACUGUCUGGAUGAAACCAGUCAUUGUUCAUCACCUACAUAAUUGUAUUCUAACAAUGAAUCAUGUUGGUAGUAUCAUGUUUUUGGGAUUCUUUUCAGUGGCAGGGACUGGGAGACUGGUCAAGGUUAAAAUAGAGCUGAACACAGCAAAAUACAGAGAUAUUCUUAAUGAAAUGCUGGUCCAGAGCGCUUAGGGCCACAGACUGGACUGAAGGCUCACCUUUUAACAGGAUACUGGCCCUAAGCACACAGUCAAGACAACACAAGAGUGGCUUAAGAUCAUAUCUGUAAAUGUUUUUGAGUGACUUAACCAGAGCCCGGACUGUAAUCCAAUCAAACAUCUCAGUCGAUGGGCUGUCCACUGACGGUCCGCAUCCAACUUAAUAGAAACUACCCAAAUCCAGAUGAGCAUCAUACCCAACAAGACUUGAAGCUGUAAUAGCUGCCAGAGCUGCUUCAAUUAAGUGCUGAGUUAAGAUUCUGAAUACUUAUGUCAUUGUGAUAUUAUAGUUUUUUUUCUAAAACAAUAGAAUAAAUACUGCACCAGUCAACGAAAUGACAAUUCGAGAUCAAUCUAAAAAACACAAAUAACAUAACAUGUGUAUAUGUAAUGAUAGACCCUAUAUGUAGAGUAAAACUCACAGGAUUUAGAGCAGUCCCAGGCUCUAUAUAAUAUGCAGGAGGGUGCCUAAAAAGGCUAAAACGAUAUCCUUAAAGGACCACUAUAGUGCCAGGAAAAUAUUCUCGUUUUCCUGGCACUAUAGUGCCCUGAGGGUGCGCCCACCCUCAGGGUCCCCCUCCCGCCCGGCUCUGAAAGGGGGAAAAACUUACCUUUUUCCAGCUCUGGGCGGGGAGCUCUCCUCCUCCUUUCCGCCUCCAAUCUGCCCCGUCGGCUGAAUGCGCACGCGCGGAAAGAGCUGCGCGCGCAUUCAGCCGGUCGCAUAGGAAAGCAUUAUGAAUGCUUUCCUAUGGACGCUUGCGUGCUCUCACUGUGAGCGCCUCUGUGAGCGCCUCUAGCGGCUGUCAAUGAGACAGCCACUAGAGGAUUAGGGGGAAGGCUUAACCCAUUCAUAAACAUAGCAGUUUCUCUGAAACUGCAAUGUUUAUAAAAGAAUGGGUUAACCCUAGCUGGACCUGGCACCCAGACCACUUCAUUAAGCUGAAGUGGUCUGGGUGCCUAGAGUGGUCCUUUAAGGAGAGCAGCACAGGAUACAAAGUGCAGAAUCCAAAAUGUAUUAAACAAAUAAACAAUUAAAACAGGGACAAUAAGCAGUGUAUAAAUAGUAAAAUAUACUAGGCACAAAGCCUAAAUAAAACACCGAUAGCGCCAAUACACCUUGAUUUCUUUGUAUAGGUUUUUUUCUGCCUAAUAUAUUUGCAACUGGGUUAAAACUUAGUUUUUUGCUUUGUCAUUAUGGGUUAUUGAGUGUAAACUGACGAGAAAAAAAAACCAAUUUAAAUAAUUAUCGCAUAUGGCGGCAACAUAACAUUUUGAAAAAAAGUGAAGGUGUUUGAAUAGUUUCUAAAUGUACUUUUAAAAUUUAUUUGAAAUGUUUUUACUCACAUACCAUCCAGUGCUGGAUUGUCUCCCUGCUGCAGCCAUUCCUCUUCUUCUGAGAUCAUCUAGAUCAGGCAUAGGCAACUUUUGGCACUCCAGAUGUUUUGGACUAAACCUCCCAUGAUGCUUUGCCAGAAUUAUGGGUGUAAGAGCAUUAUGGGGGAUGUAGUCCACAACAUCUGGAGUGCCGAAGGUUGCCUAUCCCUGAUCUAGAUGAACUCUGGUCCAAUCUAAAGCUUCUCAUAGAUGCAUUGGGGAACUACUAAGAAUAAGAGAAGCAUUCUAUCAAGAAAACCCACUGCAAAACCUGGGCCUACCUCACUUUUCCUUAUACAGAUGCUUCCCACUGGAGUUGUUCCCCGAAUGUCCAGGCCUGCCCUGUCCUUCUGCAGCAAAGCAACUACAGUCCGAAGCCAACAUGGAGAGAUGGUCUCACAAACCCCAGGAGGCAUCUCACAAAGAUACCCAAGAUGGCGGCCGAGCUCAACAAAGACACCAGCUCUACCUGCUCUGAAUUGAACCUAGAGGGACCAGAGGCACCUAAACUACCACACUCACCUAACUUGUUACUGGCUGACAAGGAUGAUUUGGCACCAGCAACCAAAUGUGACAUUCACAACCUGCUUCAGGAAAUGAGAUGUCAAUCCUGUUCAGACAGAUCUGCAGGCAGUAACAGCACAAGUCCAGGCCUUGGAGGAAGACAAACUUGAUAUGCGACAAGAGAUGAAGAGUAUAGGGAAAGCCCUCAAUCAAAUGCAGACAACCUAAGCCGUGCUCCAAAUGCAAAUGGACACCAUGGAAGACAGAAGCAGGCAGACUAACUUCAAAAUUCAGGAAAGCCGGAUGAGAUCGUUCCGACAGAGUUACCACAUUAUUUGAGGAGACUCACCACUAAACUCCUUCUGAAUGUCCAAGCCAAAAUUAUGGAAUUUGAUGGUCACUUUCGGAUCAUCAAAUCCGGACAGGCACCCUCUACUGCGCCAUGAGAUGUGAUCCUUAGGUGCCACUGUCUGAUGGACAAACAUUGCCUUAUGGCAGCUGUGAGAGGUAAGACUCCAUUAGAAUUUGAGUCCUUCCAACUCACUUUCUAUCAAGAUAUAACCAGAAGCAAAUUACAAUGGAGGAAGUCACUGAACCCGAUCACCUGCCAACUGGGGGAUGCUAGCAUUGAAGACAGGUGGAUAGCAGGGCCAUAGCAGUUGUCCACAAUGACGGCGUCCGGAAACUCACCUCCCUCUCUGAGGCUCCAUCAUUUCUUCAAUCACUAGGUCUCCUGUUGCAGCCUACAACCACGGAAAACCUUUCUACUUCCCACACCUGUCCUGUUUAUUCCCUAAGUCAGAACACGGAAAGCAGCAGUGACCUAAACAACCUACCAGCACUAGACAUUAGUUUGCCCUUAAAGUUUAUGAUAUAAUACUUUAUGUUAUUGCUCAUAUUUAGUUAGACUUUUUAGUUUGAUUUAUCACCUCCUGUAAUCCCCUAGAUUAGGGGUUGUAACUUGACUUCAAAAUCGGCAUGUCCAUGCUAUAACGCACAUCCUCCCGUUGGGGACAGAGAAUGUAUCACACCGGCCAAACCCCUAUUACGUCUAUGGUCCUUAAACCUCCAGCCAAAGCACUCACAUCAUGCUUGUAACCCAUGUUUAGCCUCCCUGUGUCCACCUUACCAGAACCUAUUCAUUUGUUUCCCACACUGGAGGAGUGAUGCACUAACAUGUUCCAACAAUUCUGGGCCAGAGCAACCAAAAGAACUUUAUAAAAAUGAAGUUGUUAUGGUGCCAAAAGAUCCCUGGAGGCACUCUUACUUUAAGAGGUUAAACUGUUUGAGAGUUGCCUCCAGCGGCAAUGUCCACUCCUUCCUUGUAGCACCUGGCUUCUGAAUUUUCAGAUUCAAAAAGCGCAGAGUGCAGCUGAGCAGGGGUGCCACUGAUUGGUCAGCUGACGCUCUCAGCCAAUCAGUGACUCCCCAUUCAUUAAGCUGGCUUGAGAAAGGUACAUUUCUUUCACAGCCAGUUUAGUAAAUAGGGAGUCAUUGAUUGACUGAGAGCACCAGCUGACUGCACUCAGCCAAUCAGCGGCACCCCUACCUGGCGGCACUCUGUGCCACAUGAAUUGGAAAAAGUGGUCUUUUAAAUAAAUAUAUAUUUAUAAUUUAGUUGUUUUUUUUUAAAAUUAAAUAAACAUAUAUUUGCCUGCAUCUGCCCCCCCACAAUACAGGCCUGUAACAGUCCCAACACUGUCACAUACUUAACCCAUCACACACACUGCUUCCUUUCACACACACACACACACACACACUGCACAACUCACACACACAGUGCAUCCCUCACACAUAUACACAUAUUGUACCCCUCACAUACACAUUGCACCCCUCACAUACUGCAUCCCUACACACUACAUUACAGACACACAAGACAUCCCUUAUACACACUACAGCACUUACACACUACAUUACAGACACACACACACUACAUCCCUUAUACACACUCUGAAUCCCCUACACCCACAAUAGAUACCUUAUAGAAACACACUGCACCACCUACACGCACUCUACAUUCCUAACAUACACACUCUGGAUCCCCUAUGCACACACUAAGUCCCCUGUACGCAAACACACAAACUAUAUUCCCAAAACAUACACUCUCUACAGCUCCUACACAUACGACUUCAACUACACACACAUUCAGUACAGCCAGUAUGCACACACUCAAUACAUCCCCUAUACACAUUGCUUCCUUUACACUCUCUCAUUCUCUUCAGUCCCUAGUAACAUAUAUUACACCACAAAAACAACACAACGGAAAGCAAACUUUUUACACAAAACACAACACCACAAUCAUCACACUCUAAACACAUGAAAUUCCACAAGCAGCCUCUAAACACUUGCACAGUAUGCUUUCCUGGGCCUUUUGUCCUAUAGUAUACCACUUAUGGAGACACCAGAGACAAAUCACAAGCACACACAGCGUGUGAUUAAAUUUGCUUCUGUUGUGCAGAACAAAUACAGGGCCUUUAUCUCAUGCAAGAGCUCAUCAAUGGGGCUCUGCGCAUGGGCUGCCCUGGAAGAGUAUUGACUUCACUUUGAGAAGGGGCAUGCUUGUCAUUGGUGAUGAGAAAACACCCCCUCUCUAGCCCCGCUCCCUUCUCGCUGGGCCGCUGUCAUUAAAAAUGCCCAGGCCAAUUUCUUUUCCCAGCCCGGACCUGGUCAGACAGAGGUUGUCCCUUGUUUUGCCAACGAUGCCAGAUACCAUAACCACGUUCCCUUACUGCUUUAUGUACAAAGCACAAUUCUAAAGGUAAAGCAGCCUGUGCAGGAUUACAUUGUGUUACAGUAAAUAAGUCAGGAACAAUGGUUGAUGAUUUACCCCCUGCAGUGUAAGCACACCCUCUGUACAUAACUAGGAAGUCAGAGUGGGGUCUGUUAAUUGCUUUCAUUGUUCCCCCCUCCCCUUCUGGAAUGACCUGUACCUGAUGUCUUUUGUUAAUUAGUGUUUGAGAUUUUUUUUAACAUUACCUGCGGUUUAUUGUACCUGUAAUUGAAUUACCUGUUUUAAAUUAGGCUCACUAUUGUUUGAGAUUUAACUUAGUAUAAUUGAUUUAAUUUUUCCCCUGGGCCAGUGGCAGAACUACCGCCAGCUCAGGUGGCCCGUCGGGUCGCCCAUGCACUUAGGGCAACCCAAUGAGCAUUCUUUAUUUUUUGCUAAACUGGGGCCCGGUUGGGUGCCCUUUAAGACCGCGACCGGUCCCCUUUGAUACCUACUGGUUGGGAGGAAGGGACAGCAGAUCACUUCCUCCCAGCUUCUUACUGAAAGACUGCUUGGGAAGAAAGCGAGGAGGUGGCGGAGGAGGAGGCACAGGCAGCAUUGGAGGAGACAGACAGGAGCUAUCUAGACAACUACACCCGCUCCCCUCAGCCAGCAGAAGCAAGACUCCAAACAAGCCAAGAUAUGUUAACAGUUGGGUGGCUGCAAAUGUAAAAAUUAACAUUUAUGUGUUUAUGUCAGAUUGUGUGUGUGUAUCUAUGUCACUGUGUGUGUGUAUCUGUGUCACAGUGUGUGUGUGCAUCUAUGUCUCAGUGUGUGUCUGAGUGUGUGUGUGUGUGUGUGUAUCUGUGUCACGGUGUUUGUCUGUGCGCCAAGGUAUAUUUCAAUGUGUGUAUAUGUGUCAGAUUGUGUGCAUGUGUCAGUGUAUUUCUUUGUGUAUGUGUUUAUAUGUGUGUCAGUGUGUUUAUAUGUGUAUCUGUGUGUUAAUGUGUAUGUAUAUCUGAGUAAGUAUGUUCAUUGUGUGUAUCAGGUUGUGCAUCUGUGCAUGUGUGUGUGCAUCUGUGUGUCAGGCUGUAUGUGUGUGUCAGUGUGAGUGUAUCUGUGUAUUUGGGUGUUUGUGUAUAUGUCAGUGUGUAUCUGUGUGCCAGGGUAUGUGCAUGUGUCAAGGUGUGUGUACAGUAUGUGUAAGUAUGUAUAUGAAUUUGUGUGUAUGUGUCAGUGUGUAUGUGUCAGUGUGUUUAUAUGUAUGUAUCUGUGUGUUAAUGUGUAUGUAUAUCUGUGUAAGUGUGUAUGUAUGUGGCAGUGUAUGUGUAUGUUCAUAUAUCCAAGCAAUUAAACACUAACACAACAUGCAAACACAGUCCAGCAAUCUAACACAAAGAUUACAUACAAACACACCCCUUAACCUCAAAAAUUAUAAACAAACACACUCCGUCACAUACUACAAACAAAUGUACAACCACAUUUAAAAGUCAACAUUACAUCCAAACACACCCCUGCAAUUUAUGCAAAGAUUACAUACAAACACACACCUGUAUUAAGACACUUAAGUUAUGUUCAAGCACCCCUUCAAUUAAACACCAACACUAUUCACAAAAGCACACUUUCAUUUAAAAGCCAACACUACAUACAAAUACACCCCUGCAUUCAAACGCAAACACAACACACAAGUAUACCACUGCAUUCCAAUUACAGCAGUACAUACAAAUACAGGGAGUGCAGAAUUAUUAGGCAAAUUAGUAUUUUGACCACAUCAUCCUCUUUAUGCAUGUUGUCUUACUCCAAGCUGUAUAGGCUCGAAAGCCUACUACCAAUUAAGCAUAUUAGGUGAUGUGCAUCUCUGUAAUGAGAAGGGGUGUGGUCUAAUGACAUCAACACUCUAUAUCAGGUGUGCAUAAUUAUUAGGCAACUUCCUUUCCUUUGGCAAAAUGGGUCAAAAGAAGGACUUGACAGGCUCAGAAAAGUCAAAAAUAGUGAGAUAUCUUGCAGAGGGAUGCAGCACUCUUAAAAUUGCAAAGCUUCUGAAGCGUGAUCAUCGAACAAUCAAGCGUUUCAUUCAAAAUAGUCAACAGGGUCGCAAGAAGCGUGUGGAAAAACCAAGGCGCAAAAUAACUGCCCAUGAACUGAGAAAAGUCAAGCGUGCAGCUGCCACGAUGCCACUUGCCACCAGUUUGGCCAUAUUUCAGAACUGCAACAUCACUGGAGUGCCCAAAAGCACAAGGUGUGCAAUACUCAGAGACAUGGCCAAGGUAAGAAAGGCUGAAAGACGACCACCACUGAACAAGACACACAAGCUGAAACGUCAAGACUGGGCCAAGAAAUAUCUCAAGACUGAUUUUUCUAAGGUUUUAUGGACUGAUGAAAUGAGAGUGAGUCUUGAUGGGCCAGAUGGAUGGGCCCGUGGCUGGAUUGGUAAAGGGCAGAGAGCUCCAGUCCGACUCAGACGCCAGCAAGGUGGAGGUGGAGUACUGGUUUGGGCUGGUAUCAUCAAAGAUGAGCUUGUGGGGCCUUUUCGGGUUGAGGAUGGAGUCAAGCUCAACUCCCAGUCCUACUGCCAGUUCCUGGAAGACACCUUCUUCAAGCAGUGGUACAGGAAGAAGUCUGCAUCCUUCAAGAAAAACAUGAUUUUCAUGCAGGACAAUGCUCCAUCACACGCGUCCAAGUACUCCACAGCGUGGCUGGCAAGAAAGGGUAUAAAAGAAGAAAAUCUAAUGACAUGGCCUCCUUGUUCACCUGAUCUGAACCCCAUUGAGAACCUGUGGUCCAUCAUCAAAUGUGAGAUUUACAAGGAGGGAAAACAGUACACCUCUCUGAACAGUGUCUGGGAGGCUGUGGUUGCUGCUGCACGCAAUGUUGAUGGUGAACAGAUCAAAACAAUGACAGAAUCCAUGGAUGGCAGGCUUUUGAGUGUCCUUGCAAAGAAAGGUGGCUAUAUUGGUCACUGAUUUGUUUUUGUUUUGUUUUUGAAUGUCAGAAAUGUAUAUUUGUGAAUGUUGAGAUGUUAUAUUGGUUUCACUGGUAAUAAUAAAUAAUUGAAAUGGGUAUAUAUUUGUUUUUUGUUAAGUUGCCUAAUAAUUAUGCACAGUAAUAGUCACCUGCACACACAGAUAUCCCCCUAACAUAGCUAUAACUAAAAACAAACUAAAAACUACUUCCAAAAAUAUUCAGCUUUGAUAUUAAUGAGUUUUUUGGGUUCAUUGAGAACAUGGUUGUUGUUCAAUAAUAAAAUUAAUCCUCAAAAAUACAACUUGCCUAAUAAUUCUGCACUCCCUGUACACCCCUACAUGCACACAUAUACUCUGUACAAAAAUAAGCUUACAUUCAAAUGCACAAACACUGCUACAAAUACAAUCCUGCAAGGAUGGGCAAAUUGUAGAUCCCCAGCUGGUAUAGCUUAUUUGGAGUUGCACGACAGAUGGGGAUCUACCUUUUGGCCACACUUGCACUAUAGGGGGGCCCAAAUAAAUGUCUUGCACUAGUGCCCUCUCGACAUUAGUUCUGCCACUGCCCUGGGCCUCUUGAGUCCCUGAUAGGUAACUGUUGUUUAUGUGUUAUUUGGAGAACUGCUAUAUAUUCUGUCUAUGAACCAGAAUAAAGUGUGUUUGUGAUUUACCAAGAAGGAACUUGUGUGUCUCUUAAAGUAUCCAGGUAUGUCAUCCACUUUAGAGUAGUUACUCAUAAACAAUUGCCCAUGGACUAGAUAGAUAGAAUAUCCUAUAUUACCUGGAGCUAUCAGUGCAGUAUUCCCUGCAUUGCUGGUGGAUACACAAAUCAAAGUACUGGGUAUAGUGCAGGUUAGUGAAAGAAGCCCAUGGACGACAACGCUAGGCUGACAGAUAUUCUUCUGGCUGGCCCCCAACCUACAAGACCAUGCAGAGAGCAUUUCUGAAGCACUCUCUCCAUGGCCCUUGUGCUCCCCGCACAGUUAGAGUUGUAUAAUGUUGUGCUUGUACCGUACUACCCAAGGACAGCUCCCUGAUGUCCCUGAAUGCAGGGAACUAAAUCGGGAUGGCGGGACAAGACCUUGAAAUCUGGAUUGUCCUGCUGAAAGCUAACAGUUGGGAGGCCUGCGCCCCCCUAUUUUUUUUAUCAGGCAGUUUUGUAAACAGUUUGAAAAAGUGGAGAUCUCUCCUACAAUUUGGCCAACGUGAAAGUACACUUCUACGUUUUUCUUUACAACUAUGGGCAGCAGUGAUAGCAGUGUGUGUGUGUGUGUGUGUUUUGGGGAGGUGUUAAUGAACCUAGUUAUAUAAUUUCCACUACAUUUUGACAGGCUUAUGUGUAACUGAAAGUCAGGUCCUGGCUGAGGGCACCUGGAGAGCCUCACCUCUCGUCAAACAAUUAUAAAUUGGUUUGACACAAACCUGAGAGAGCCACGGAUUCUUUGCACCAUGAAAACUGUGGGACCAUUGCAGCAAAUUAAUGCUGAACAGGACCACACUUUGGGUGGGGCAGCUUGGAUCCAGCACUUGUGAAUAUGAAUGUGAGAGACUAUGUAACUUGAAGGAUGGACAAUACUUGGGUGAGGGGCAAGUGCAGCAUGUAAGUAGGAGGAGAGGGAGGGAUUUCAGCUUAUCUAAGUUAGUGUGAGUAUUAGUGUGUCACCUUAUGGAUGUGGGCUAAUUUGUGUCUGUAUUAGUGUAAGUCUGUGUAUGAGUGUCAGUGUGUAUGUGAGCUAGUGUGUGUCUAUGUAUAUGUCACGGUAAUGAAUAUCCCAUCAUGCAGUAGUAGAACCCAUACUAUCCUAGAAUACAGAAAGGAUAGAGGCGUGUUACUGAUUCUUAGAGUAGCUGAACGGAAAGCACCCUAGAGAGUUAAUAGCAAAGGAAUAACCAGAGACAAGCCAAGGUCGAGGGAUCCCAGAAGACGGUCAGAAUGAUAAGUGAAGCUGGGCCAGAGAUGCCAGAAAUCAGAAUAGCCAGAAAUAAGUUACAUUAAAAGUCAAAAAAGCCAAAACACUAUAAAUACACCAUCGGAACACUAAGGAACCACAACAGUGCCAUGUGCUCCAGGGAUUGUAGGUUUUAUAUAGUGAUUAGGGCUACAAUAGCAUCUUGCAUCAUUCAAUGUGCCCAGAACGUGUGUGUACCCAGUUGCGGAAAUGACGCUGGUCGCACUGUGUCCUUAGCCAGGGUGACCAGAUCCACCAUGUUUACCGGGACACAUAUCAUAUAUACAUAUUUAUGGGCAGCACAUGAACAGGGUAGCCCUGUAGUAUGUAUAAUUCAAAAGAAGGUGUGUUAGAUUAAUCAAUUAGCCAGUGAAGAAUCCUACAGAAUAUGCAUUAUACAUACUGCAGGGCAAUGCUUUUCAUGCAAUUUCAUAAAUAUGACCAAAUGAUAUGUCUUAGUAAACAUGGAGGAUCUGGUCACCCUGCCUUAGACUGAUGCAGGGUAUUGGAGGUUUUAGAGAACAUGAGUGUCCAACCUAUUGCUACUAAAAUGGAGUGUGAGUGAAAAAGUGUAGUCGUCAGCGUGUGUCUAAGAUGGCGUGCUAGCAUGUAGAGUGUGUGUAUGCAUGUCUGUAUAUAUCUAUGUAUUGUAUAUCCAUGUGUGUCUGUGUUUAUGCCUGUAAAAGUGUUAAAAUGUUUCUAUGCGUGUCUUUAUUCUAAAUGUCUGAUGAUAUUGCUAAGUAGGUCAGGGUGUGUAACAAGUUGUGUAUGUGUUUUAAUGACCUAUGAAUGAGUGUAUGUGGCUAAUUAGUUGCAUGGGCAUGGGUAAAACUGUAUGUAGUUUUAUAACAUGUUUAUAAGUGCAUGUGUGGUUAAUUAUAUAUGUGUGGGAGGUGAGACCCAGCUUAUUUCUAUUUACUAAAGUGAGAAUUAUUGGGAAUUCAAAGUGAAAUUAAAAUGAAUUUCAAAUUUAUAGGAACACCCCACUGUCCAAAUACAACAUGAAUUUUAAAAAAAUCACUGUUUAAUAGAUACACCUCCAAUGAAAAUAUGCCUGCAUUCAAUUAUGCAUUUUCCAUUGGGAUAUUUACAGGUGAUACUCGAAAAAUUAGAAUAUCGUGCAAAAGUUAAUUUAUUUCAGAAAUGCAACGUAAAAGGGGAAACCAAUAUAUGAGAUAGAUGCAUUACAUGCAAAGCAAGAUAGUUCAAGCCGUGAUUUGUCAUAAGUGCGAUGAUUAUGGUUUACAGCUCAUGAAAAACCCAAAUCCACAAUAUCAGUAAAUUAGAAUAUUACAUGCAGUAAAACAAGGAGUGUACAUAGAACAAUAUUGGACCUCUGAAAAGUAUAAGCAUGCAUAUGGACUCAGUACUUGAUUUGGGCCCCUUUUGCAGCAAUUACUGCCUCAAUGCGGUGUGGCAUGGAAGCUAUCCGCCUGUGGCACUGCUGAGGUGUUAUGGAAGACCAGGAUGCUUCAAUAGCGACCAUCAGCUCUUCUGCAUUGUUCGGUCUCAUGUCUCUCAUCUUUCUCUUGGCAAUGCCCCAUAGAUUCUCUAUGGGGUUCAGGUCAGGCGAGUUUGCUGGCCAAUCAAGCACAGUAAUCCCACGGUCAUUGAACCAGGCUUUGGUGCUUUUGGCAGUGUGGGCAGGUGCCAAGUCCUGCUGGAAAAUGAAGUCAGCAUCCCCAUAAAGCUUGUCUGCGGAAGGAAGCAUGAAGUGCUCCAAAAUCUCCUGGUAGACGGCUGCAUUGACCCUGGACUUAAUGAAGCACAGUGGACUAACACCAGCAGACAUGACAUGGCUCCCCAAAUCAACACAGACUGUGGAAACUUCACACUGGAAUUCAAGCAUCUUGCUGCGUGUGCCUCUCCAUUCUUCCUCCAGACUCUGGGUCCUUGGUUUCCAAAUGAGAUGCAAAAGUUGAUCUCAUCAGAAAAGAGGACUUUGGACCACUGAGAAACAGACCAGGUCUGUUUUUCUUUAGCUCAGGUAAGAUGUUUCUGACGUUGUUUGUAGUUCAGGAGCGGCUUCACAAGAGGAAUACGACAUGUGAAGCCCAUGUCCAGGAUCCGUCUGUGUGUGGGGGCUCUUGAUGCACUGACUCCAGCCUCAGUCCACUCCUUGUGAAAGUCCCCAACACAUUUGAAUGGCCUUUUCCUGACAAUCCUCUCAAGGCUGCGGUCAUCCCUGCUGCUUGUGCACCUUUUUCUUCCACACUUUUCCCUUCCACAUAACUUUCUAUUAAUGUGCUUUGAUACAGCACUUUGGGAACAUCCAACUUCCUUCGCAAUUACCUUUUGAGGCUUUCCCUCCUUAUGGAGAGUGUCAAUGUUGGUUUUCUGCACAACUGUCAGGUCAGCAGUCUUCCCCAUGAUUGUGAUUCCUACUAUUCAACCAGACUGAGAGACCAUUUAAAGGCUCAGAAACAUUUUGCUGGUGUUAUGGCUUACGUAGCUGAUAAGAGUGGGACACUGUGAGACUAGAAUAUUGCUCCUUUUCACAAUAUUCUAAUUUACUGAGAUUGUGGAUUUGGGGUUUUCAUGAGCUGUAAGUCAUAAUCAUCGCACUUAUGACAAAUCACGGCUUGAACUAUCUUGCUUUGCUUGUAAUGCAUCUAUCUCAUAUAUUGGUUUCCCCUUUUACGUUGCAUUACUGAAAUAAAUGAACUUUUGCACGAUAUUCUAAUUUUUCGAGUAUCACCUGUAAAAACAGGUUGUAAAAGCUGCAGAUCUCUUGUCUGAAGCCUUUGCAAGAACAGCGCUCUGCUACACCAGUCACUGUAUGUAGUGUGAAUGAGCAUGACAGUAAUUGCUCACUGACAGAGCACUUCCUGUCAGACCAGGUACCAUGGUCUGCUUGGCUAUGGAGUCAGCAGGUACAAAGAUCCCAGGGCAAUUUUUGCAUCAGGCCUUGUGGUUUUGUAGUUAUGCCUCUGGUUUUGCUCCUGUGAACUAAACAACCAAGAAGUGAUUGAGCCAGUUGUCUGCAAGGCUAAUUUAAUAAAUAGGUCCUGUCUACUGGCCAUGGGUGGUGGAAAGUAAUCUGCACUUAUGCCCUCACAUGCCACAUGAAAUACCUCCCUUAUACUAAUUUGGGGGAUAUUAUUGACCCCCAUGGUUUUUUAUUCAUUUAAUUAUUUAACUUUAAUAAGUCAAGCAGGAAGCCUGAGGAAGUCAGCAAUGACAAAACUCAUAGGGUGAGGAGUAUCAUGAGUAUCAACUCUACUUGAUCCGGUGACAUUUUGUGUUUUGCUGUCAAAUAUUUUACAUGAGUUAUGUGCAAAAAAUUGGCAUUUCAUUCAUGUAUUUUAGCGUCCUACGAUAUUGAAUGCUUAUUUGUUUACAGCCAAUGCACUCACUGAUUUCUAAGGAAGAUUUGAGUCUGAAGAGCUUACAAGGGGAAUUUGCUGCUAUUUGAGUGGCCUUACAGCCAUUUACAUUGUGAGCAAACUGAAUCCCACAUUUACCUAUAUCACCUAUUAUUAUUUAUUUUAUUAUUAUAUAUACAGUAUAGUGCCAGCAAAUUCCGUAGCGCUGCACAACGGGUAUUUUUAAAGGCUGUGUUUACACGAGAAUGCCUGCAGGGACUGACAUUAAGCUGUAGUUGUUCUGGUGGUGACUAUAGUGUCCUAUACUGAUUUUUGUCAAUCCAACCAAAUCCAGUAUUUAUUGAAUAACCCCAUGUCAGUUCCCCUGUCACUACAAUUCUAGAUUUAGAACUGCAGGAGCUGUUGUUGUAGUUCUCGCGGGAGCCGGAAGGGGUCGCUGUCUCCUAUCCUCCAUCCCUUCCCAUACUCCUUUCUCGUUGAUUGACAGCUGAGCGAGGGGGAGGGGCUAGAGAGGGGAAAAAAAAUACACAGAGGAGAAAGACGGAGGAGAAAGGCGAAGAGUCGGAGAGCCCUGUCGCCUUUAAUCCGUCGCCAUCCUGCGCACCGACCGCCCAUCCCGACCCCGGCAUUAUCCACAAGUUACCGCAAAAGAGCCCUCCACAAGACCAGGUCGGUAGUUGUAGCGGGGCGGCGCUCUGGGUCAUUAUAUCCCGGGAAGAGGCGGGGGAGCUGGGGCUGGGUUAGGCCCAGGCCGCAGCUUUGUUCGGUCAGGCCCAGCAGCCAUCUUCGGUGGGGUCUGUGCAGGAGGACACUACCCGGGGGGCGUCCUUGGGGUCUCCCUGCCUCCCUCCAUGAGCCCCAGAAGGGAUUGGGUAUCACCGUGAGGCCUUCUCCAUCCCCCUCCAUAGGCCUGAUCAUCAGGGCAGGGGCCAGUGAUGGAGGAUGGGAGCACCCCAUCCCCCUAUAUCCCAGUAUCUUGCUGUAAACAGGGGGUGACAAUAACAGGCUGGGGGGGGCUUUGUGAUGGUGUAUUGGGGGGUGGGGGCACCUUGGCCUGUGUGGGUGCUUCUCAUAACCUCCUCAUUUAGUAAAUACCUACAAUUCAUCAUUAAUAUCCAGUAAGGUGUACACAGAGCUAGGGUAUUAAAUUAGAACAGUAGGUUUUCUUUGGGGGAAAAAAAAGCAUUUCAUUACAUUUUGUGUAUGUGGCUUAUUGCAUUUUGAUAUUAAAUAAAAACAUGGUGGUUUGGUGAAAAUUGGCGUGUGUAUGUAUGUAUGUGUGUGUGUAUAUAUAUAUAUAUAUAUAUAUCUUAAAAUGGAUUCCUAAUGAAUAUAGUCCUUUUAUAAAUGUGUCACAUUCUGUUUUGCUACAUUCUAACAACAUGGAGGCUGAAAUCAGUGUGUGUGUGUAUACCUCAUCUGUGUUUUUUUUUUAGAAUUCAUUAAUGCAGUCAUUUAUGUACAUAGACAAAAGGGAAAUGGUAUGGAGAGAAACCUAUUCCACCCCCAUUCUUCAUGAGCUUGUUUUGUGAAUGCAGUUAUUGCUCUAAUAUUACAGCUCCACCAUUUCAUACUUGAGUAUGCACAGGAUGAUUGUGUUCUACUGCCUCAUUACUAUUACGGUGUAUUUCUAAGGAACGCACUGUUCUCCCAAAACGUGUGUGUUUGGAUGGGAAACUGGUGCAUAAAUAAAUCACUGCUGACUAAUGUUUUGAAGACGCCUCUAGGAGAGAAAGGGUUAGUGUCGUAUUUACAAUGUCUUUUGUACUUCCAGUAUGUUAACUGCCCACACAACUUCCGAUGUGUGUGUAAACGGAGUUUCUCGUGUGGAUGUUUUUAAUAGUGUAGUGUUUCAAAAUAGGCAUGUGCAGACAUUUAAAUCUGCUAUUCCCAUUUCCAUCUUGUACAGUCCUAUAGCAAAAUGAUUUUUUUGUGGCCUAUGAUUAUAUGUACUGGUCUCUUGUCAUUUACCAUUAUUUCUAAGUUACUAAAUUCAGUAAGCGUCACAUCUUUGAAGGCUUAAGAAUUCUUUUUAAGAUACCUAGAACUACAUGUAUCAUUUUGGUUUUAUUGAAAGUCUGUCGAUCUUGAGUAAGCAUGACGUAUGUGUCCUUUUGGUACUUUAUGUAUUGCAAAUGAGUGCAUUUGUUAUUGGAUGAACAUUGUAGGGGUUGGAAGUAAAAUGUUAGACUAAUUUGAAUUGCAGCCUUAGUAUGAUGAAAUAAUUUACUUUGCUAGUCAGAGCAGGAAAUCCUGUCGGAUUUCUCCAAAUAAAUAUUUGAUAUCCGCUGUAGAAGAACCAAAGUUCUGCACCACCUUGUGUUUGACUGGACAACGAUUUAUCAAAAACAGCGAUUCUUAACCUCUUUAGUAAGGGCCCAAACUUUGUAAAUGUAAUUUACCUAUUGACCCAUUCUUUAAUUUCAAAACUACCUCGUUGACCCAUUAUUAUUCAAAUGUUAUGUAAUGUAUACAAGAUGCAGAAACCAUACUUGCUUAAUCUUGGUGAAGUGGAUAUGGUUCUCUAAUACUGUCUCUGCUGUUAAUUCGGGAGGGGGUGUGUGUGUGUCCGUGUCCCCCUCUCUCCCCCUUAAUUCUGUCAGUAAGAAACCAGAUAUUGCCCUUCCUAUCGCUCAUACCAAUACGUUGGCUGUGUUGACACGCAUAGUAAGCUCAUAUAGAUGGAUGUGCAGGCACUCCUGCACCCCGGCACUAAUCAUCACUGACUUCCAUAGCCUGUCCCAAUGGAGGAGACUGUGAGUCUUGUUGUGACCAAAGCUGUGCUUGUCUAUAAGAUUGAUUGGUAUCCACGGUAACAGCACAUGAUCCCUAUGUCCGAAUUGCUUCUCUCCUUUUUUUUUUUUUUCUCUUUUCUUUUUUUUUUUUUUUGGCAUAGGUCAAGUUAAUGGGACAAAUAAUUAUUCAUAGAAUAUCACUUCAAUUCCAUGAAGAACCUUUUUUUUUAUUAUGCACUUCAGAGUGUCAAAGUCCUAGAGAAAGCAGUGCCACCAAAGCAGCAUAUUUUAUUGUGGCCAGCUACCUGUAAACUGAUUAAUAUGACGUGCUUGUUCUGACAAUGGAAUGCCCUUUAAAACAAUGAUCGUAACUAACUGGUUAGAGGCACCAUAAACAUCACAGCCGUUAAGAUAGUUUUGGUUCUUGCAGAUUUGCUACAUCACCAGUUCUGCCUUAAACCAUCUUCAAGUGGUUUGGCACAAGCGGAGGGUAUCCUCGGUGUCCGGCUCAACCAAUAUUUAUUUCUGCAUUGACCAUGUCGUUUUUGUCUAUUUGGACAGCCUAAAUUAGCUGACUUUGUCAUCCACAACAGAUCGUUGGUUGGUGUUAAACCACUCAGUUUGACACAGAACCCGUGAACAGUGACUAACCUGCUAGCACCAUCACAGCUAUUGAUUGUAGUGGAUAUGGUGCUUCGAAUGGCAAUUUUAAAAGCCACUGAACUAAAACAAUCAAUUUUGGGUGAGAUGUGUAGAUCUAAAUGUUUUUCCCUAAACAUUUAGGCCCAAAACUGCAAUAUUGAAAACUUUCUCCAACUCUAUAAUGUUCCCAAGUCGGUUUUAUUUAUUUAUUUAUUUAUUUAUUUAUUUUUUACUUUAAAGUGGAACAGUCCCCCCCACCUGUCCCUCCUCCCCCCCACAAAAAAAUAUAAUUUAUAUAGUGCCAACAGAUUCCAUAGCGCUUUACAAUAUUACGUGAGGGAGGAUUUAACUAUAAAUAGGACAAUUACAAGAAAACUUACAGGAACAAUAGUUUGAAGAGGGCCCUGCUCAAACGAGCUUACAGUCUAUAGGUGGUGGGGUGUAAAACACAUUAGGACAGGAAAUGGCAAUCUAAAGGUUGGGAGUGAAGCAGAGCUGGAGGAGAGAGUAAAGUGCUGCCUUUUAGAAGAGAGCAAGAGACAGGUAUUUAAGGUACCCCUUAAAGUGGAGAUUACACCAUUGAAUAAAUCACCUAUAAUUCGUGUUCAUUUUUAUUUUUUCCAUAUGGUUUUAAGUUUUAUUUUUUUCAUUAUUUUUGCAGUGCGGCUUAGUACAGACAAGCAUUUAUAUGGAAAAUGUAGUAGAGUAAAACAAAAUAAGGUAGACAAGGCAUAAGCUAAAACAUUCAGACUGUGGAUUGACGUCCUGACAUGUUGAUUUCAAGCAGAAAUGAUGAAACAAGCUAGGCUCACAUGUCUUGGCAAAAAAUAUCGGUUAAGCUAGUAGACUAUUUAUCUAUAAACGUAGUAGCAUAAUAGCAGCGUUAAACCAAAUAAAAUGAUUUGUCGUUUGUGUGCCUCUGGGUUUACAUUCGCCUAGGUCAGAGUCCCUGUCAGAGACUUAUUUCCGUUGUCAGCCAGCUCUCAAAAUUAGUCAGCCUAUACCCUGGCUGGGCACCCAUCUUCCACGUGUGUAUUGUCCACUGUAGUGAGCCACGCAGCGGUUCAGAGGCGAAGCACUCCCCUGGCCUGUUUCAGAGCCUGCACCAUGUUGCCACAAGCUUGGAGUCUCCCUGAGACCAAAUUCUUCUUGUUCGGGAAAUUGCAGAAAGCUUUACCCUGCUUGAGUAGGUGUCAGCAUUUUGUUCUCCUCCACAUGUGUGAUCGGUGCGUUGGGAGUAUUCCACCGGACGAGCCCUAAGUAAAGCAUAGAGUAGGAUGUUCUGCUACUCUUGAGGUCGGUUUGCCAUUGGGGAGGUCUCUCGGGCUUCAUCCCGCCACGUGUCUGCUCUCUCAUCCUUGAUAAUUUUGCGGGGGGCGGGAAGCUUCAUCCGUUUCAUUAAGCUAGCCCAAAAGCAGUUAAAGGUUGCUUCCAGUCGUUUUUCAACGUGGUUGGCAUGAUGCAGCACCAGGUCCUGUGUCGCAGGUGCGUCCGCUAUCUUGUUAGACACCACUCGGCACACUUUUUUUUUUUCCUGGACUCAAUCUGUCGGUGGGUCGUUUAAUAGAUGAGAGGCCGUCCGCGUCUCCCGCCUGGUUGCAGGCUGCAGGAAGCCCUCCUCUCCAAGAGUACUCUGUCAUCGGAUUUUCAAACCAACAUGUUGCACUUUCACUCCCAGGUCGAGGUAAGCCCGUGGCAAAAGGAAUUAAGUGAUUUGACUGUUUUGGCUUUUCCCUGCCUAACUUCUGCCGUUUUUCUCACUGAAAAAUCCAUUUCAGAAAGGUCCUCCAUAUUUAGAAUGGCAAAACUUUUUUUCUUUUGGAGAAAGUGAUGAAGAUUGAUAAAGUUGUUGCAUCACCAAAAGAGAUGUUGGCUGGAGCAGCAACAGAAUUAUAACAAAAAUCUCAGAUUGGAGACACCGUGUUCUAGCAUGGAUGUGUGGAUUUCUAUUUUUUUUUAUUUAUUUUUUUUCAGACUCCACUAAAACCUAUAUAUCCUUCAAUUUGGAGAUUAUGUAAACUGGAUAUAAAAAAAAAAAAAAAAUAGAUGUUAAAGCUUAACUUGACUGUGUAGUGAAAGAACCUUUUAAAGGAUCACUAUAGGGUCAGGAACACAAACAUGUAUUCCUGACCCUAUAGUGUUAACACCACCAUCUAGCCCCCCUGUACCCCUCAUGCCUCCAUAAAUAUAGCAAAAUCUUACUGUAUUCAAGCCUGAAGCUGUAGCUCUGCAUGCUGUUAGACUCAGAAAAACAAGCAGUCUGCGGACGUCAUCAGAAGUGGUAGCCUGAUCCAAUCACAGUGCUUCCCCAUAGGAUUGGCUGAGACUGACAGAGGCCGAUUAGGAGCAGCAAAAAGCCUGAAGGUAAUGAUUCUACUCACCAGAGCAAAUUCAAUAAGCUGUAGUUCUGGUGACUACAGUGUCCCUUUAAUCUUUGUCUGUUUCAUAGUAUAUGUGGUUGGAAUCAUGUGCUUCUGCACAGGUUUAGAGUCACUCAUGGGGUCGGACAGACUUUCUUAAAUGUGGCCCCUGUUUUUUUACAGAGUUUAUUCCUUCAAUACGUUCGUUGAGGGAUAGAGCAGGGUUUGACAAAUUUUCUUUGAAUCUAGGAGCCAGCUUAAAAAAGUUAGGAGCCAGCUCCUGGGAUAGAGGGAUCUCAAUUUAUCAUUCCUGGCAAAAUGUCAAAUAGUGAGUGGUUGUUCAGCAUUCAAAGAGUCAAUGAAACAUUUCUAAUCUAUGGCCAUUGCUUUGUAAGGAUCUGUUACUGGUUGUCUGCUCAAGCUCUUUUGCAUACAGUAAUCUUUUCUGCUUGGAUUUCUGUAAUUGGCUUCAUUAGUUUAUUUCAAAUUUGCCUCUGUUUUGAGUUCUCUGUGAGGCCAUGCAAAAUCUACUUUCACAGUAAAUAAAUUACACCUUAUAGUGAAAUGGUCACAUUAAAAGGCAAGCUAAUAACACAUUAUAAUAGCCUACUUAAAGUGAACCAGUCAUGGCAGGUUUACUUCAGCAGAUAAAAAGAUCCCAUGGCAGUAAAUAUAUCACUUGUAGUGAACUUGGGGCUUUGAACACCUGUAGUGCUGUAAAGAGAAGUGUUUUUACUUGCUUCUGUUGCACUUCUCGCCCCCAGCAAGCACUUCAAUUACCUUUAGGAGUGUCAACCCCUUAAGGACCAAACUUCUGGAAUAAAAGGGAAUCAUGACAUGUCACAUAUGUCAUGUGUCCUUAAGGGGUUAAAGAAUAAAGAACUGCCACUUUUUGAGAUUUGUUUCAAAUCCCCAGGAUUUACUGCUUGUCCAGAGACCUGGGAAUGGCAUAAUCGGUCAGCCUGAAUCCUCCUCUGGCUUUCAUUAGAACAACUGUAUGAAUUCCAUAAACCUGUACAGUUGUUUAUAACCUACAUUCAGUGUUUAAUUUAAUGUUUGCUUUAAGAGUUCAGUCUUGGUUGUAAUUGUGUCAGCAGACUAAUAGAAUCGGGUAAAUAUUGCCAUCAUUUAUAAUAUGGUGUCAAUGGAGAUAAUUAUGGUGAAUUUUAUGUAAACUGGUUAUUAGUUAAAGGUUUAUUGGCUAAAAAGGAAAACUAUCCUUCUGUGGAAAUGAUUUAAAGAGAUUCUAAAGUGUUAGGAAAGACUAUAUUGGUAUGUCAUAAUACACAAUUUGGGGGACUUUAUUUUACAGACAAUAUGUGGCAAUGAGCAGGGUUUUCAUCUCAACGUCUUGCAAUCGACUAAAAUUUUUAAUCAGAAAAGUGCACCUAUAAAUCGUUGCACAUAAGCAAAAUCAUCUAUGGAAAAUCCUGUGGUCUCAAGGAAUAAAUGCCUCCAUUUUAUACUCUUGUGUAUGCUUCAGGGUGCCAUAGCACUGAGAGAUUCAAGCCACUACAAACUGAAAAAGAUGGCUGUGCCAAGGGAAUAAAACGCCAGUUAAUAGAUCUACCUUUCUCCAAUAAGCCGAAAGUGACACUCUUUAAAGAUAUGCUUGGUUCUGCCUGAUAGUUCGGGCAGGUUGAUGACAUUCUAAAAACUUAUGUGAAUGACCAGGACAUAAAUAAAUGGUGGUGUCAUUAGAUACAAUGUCAACACGUGUAGAUCUUUUCCUGUAGACUUCCUCUUUGCAGUAUUUUUGCAUGGACAGGUUACAAAGCUGCCUUCCCACCCUUACAGUUUGUGUAAGGCUUGCUUGGCUGCUUAUGCAACUGCUGUGCCAGUGGAAUAACUAUGAAGUCCUUGCAUAACGUUAAAUUGACACUAAAGAAUAAUAUGGCCGUUACGUUCAACUAGAAUUUUAUAUACAUGCUCUUUCAGCCCGUGACCUCUUUUAAAUCGUAAAUUUGCCUUGAAGGAACACUCGACCCGUUCUAACAGCCACAGACAUUGUCAAACUGUUUUGGAUUCUGUUAGGUGUCUGUGUCCUUGCAGGACAAUCCAGUUCGCACACAUGAGGUAAGCAGAGCUGUGCAUGGCCGCUCUGAUUGGUUGAGAAUGUCGGGUGAGAGCUUUCUGCCCAUGAGUGUGGUUCUGUAUGGAACUUCUUAGCUCAGUGAUGACCUUCAGAAAAAGCUGAAUGCAGUGUUAGCCCAGGUAAGUUGCUCUAAAACAGACCAAUUACUCUAGGACAGUGCCAAGGCACUCAAUCACCAUAACCACUAGAGAGGACCUUAGUGGAAAUGGUGAUUGUAGUGUUCCUUUUAAAUGGACAAAUGCUCAACACCUUACAUUUAAUCCAGCUUUGGGGUGCUUUAAUCCCUUUGUACACCUAUGCAAUCAUCCAUUCCAUAAGAGUCCAUGAAGAGGUUGACAUAAAUUUUCAUAAAUGAGGGGCCUGAGAUGUAAAGUUAGUGGAGUAUAGGUUCACAGCAGUGUUGCUGCCCUCGAAAUACUAUGUGCUAUUUAUUUUGUAGCUAGUUAACUUAUUUGUAAAUUGUUUGUGAUGGGUACUAUAACUUUUUAUUACAGUUUCUAAAAAUAAAAUUUCCUGGAUAAUAUUUGUCUCAUUGAAGUGCAAUAGUAGUUGUGGUUUUUUUGUUUUUGUUUUUUCCUUGUACCGAUAAAGGGUGGGGGAGGGGGAAGCAUCUGUUUUUUGUAAGUUCUGUGCUGGCUUUCAUCUCGCUGUAUUUACACUGAACAAAAUUAUAAACGCAACACUUCAAAGAUCUAAGACUUUAUCUAUGUACACAAGGCCAUUUCUCUCAAAUAUUGUUCACAAAUCUGUCUAAAUCUGUUAGUGAGCACUUCUCCUUGAUAAUCCAUCCAUCCAUCUCACAGGUGUGGCAUAUCAAGACGCUGAUUAGACAGCAUGACUAUUGCACAGGCUGGUCACAAUAAAAGGCCACUCUAAAAUGUGCAGUUUUACUGGGGUGAGGGGUUCCUGCCCAUACUAUAACGCCACUAGAUCCACAACGUUGACCUCAGCAAACCGCUCACCCACACGACUCCAUACAUGCUGCCAUAUGCCCUCUACAUCGAAAACUGUGAUUCAUCCGUUAAGAGAACACACACUUCAGUGUAAAGAAUACACAAGCAACAUGUACCCUUAAUGGAAGCGAAUUAGGGAUUACAACACACGAAAAGGACUUGGGAAUUGUAAUAGACAACAAACUAUGCACCAAUGUGCAAUGUUAAUCAGCAGUGGCUAAGGCCAGUAAGGUAUUGUCAUGCAUGGAAAAAGGGCAUUCAUUCUUGGGAAGAGAAUAUCAAUUUGCCUCUUUAUAAAUCACAGGCAAGAUCACAUAUUGAAUAUGCUGUGCAAUUUUGGGCACCUGUUCUAAAGAAGGACAUUAUGGCACUAGAAAAAUUGCAGAGACGGGCUACAAAAUGUAAUAAAAGGAAUGGAACAUACCAGCUAUGAAGAAAGGUUAACAAAUUUAAACCUAUUUAGUUUAGAAAAACUUUGCCUGAGAGGGGAUAUGAUAACAUUAUACAAAUAUAUUCAGGGCCAAUACAAACCAUUGUGUGGAAAUCUAUUCACAAACCAGACUUUACAUAGGACACGAGGCCAUGCGUUUAGACUGGAAGAAAGAAGAUUUCGUCUAAGGCAAAGGAAAGGUUUUUUUACUGUAAGAACAAUCAGGAUGUGGAAUUCUCUGCCUGAAGAAGUGGUUUUAUCAGAGUCCAUACAGAUGUUCAAACGGCUACUAGAUGCAUACUUGCAAGAACAGAAUAUUCAAGGAUAUAAUCUUUCAAUGUAGGGUAAUAACUGCUUGAUCCAAGGAUAAAUCUGACUGCCAUUCUGGGGUCAAGAAGGAUUUUUUUUCCUAGCUUGUUGCAAAAUUGUGCUUCAAACUGGGUUUUUUUGCCUUCUUUUGAAUCAACAGCAAAAAACAAAUGUGAGGAAGGCUGAACUUGAUGGACGCAAGUCUCUUUUCAGCUAUAUAACCUUUCCAAAGUGCCAGACUUCAUCAAAUGUGAGCAUUUGCCCACUCAAGUUGGUUAUGACAAAUUGCAGUCAGGUCGAGACCCCGAUGAGGACGACUAGCAUGCAUAUGAGCUUCUCUGAGUCUGUUUCUGACAGUUUGUGCAGAAAUUCUUUGGUUAUGCAAACCGAUUAUUGCAGCAGCUGUUCAGGUGGCUGGUGUCAGGUGAUUUUGGAGGUGAUGCUGGUGUGGUUACAAGUGGUCUGCGGUUGUAAGGCUGGUUGGAUGUACUGCCAAAUUCUAUGAAACGCCUUUUGGAGACGGCUUAUGGUAGAGAAAUGAACAUUCAAUUCACAGGCAACAGCUCUGGUGGACAUUCCUGCAGUGAGCAUGCAAAUUGCACGCUCUCUCAAAACGUGCAACAUCUGUGGCAUUGUGCUGUGUGAUAAAACUGCACAUUUUUAGAGUGGCCUUUUAUUGUAUAUAAAAAAUUUUUUUUUUUUUUAAUAUAUUUUACUAUUUAGGAACAGACUCAAUCAACUGUCAGUCUGUGGCUCCAGCUGACAGAGGAGACCAUCUGGCAUGGAUUGAUACCUGGUGCAAUUCCUGAUACAAGUGGUGAUUUAGCUUUGCUGGUACAAUACUUUUAACAAAGUAAACACAAAGGCCGCAAUACUUUGAAGAAAAUUAUAGUGUAAUACCGUAUAUACUCGAGUGUAAGCAGAGACCCCUAAUUUUACCCCAAAAAACUAGGAAAACUUAUUCUCGAGUGUAAGACUAGGGUGGAAAAUGCAGCAGCUACUGGUAAAUUUCUAAAUAAAAUUAUAUCCCCCCCCCCAAAAUUAUAUUAAUUGAAUAUUUAUUUACAGUGUGUGUAUAAUGAAUGGUGUGUUUGUGUGUAUGUGUAUAUGUAUGUAUGUAUAUGUGUAUAUGUAUAUGUGUGUGUGUGUGUAUAUAUAUAUAUAUAUAUAUAUAUAUAUAUAUAUAUAUAUAUAUAUAUAUAUGUGUAUAUGUGUAUAUAUAUAUCAGUGUGUGUGAUGCAGAGCCUUGGUGGGGGGUGGGCAUUUUUUGUUUGGUUUUUCUUAUUUUAAUAUAUUAUAAUUUUUUUCGUUUCCCCCCCCCCUCCCUUUGUUAGCUGGCCAGGGAUGGGGGCUCUCACUCCCUGGUGGUCCAGUGGAUGGGCUGUGUAGGAGGGGGGCUGUCAGCGAGCUGUAACUUACCUUUCCUGCAGCUCCUGUCAGCUCCCUUCUCUCUCGUCCGGUCAGCUCCCACUGCAAGUCUCGCGAUACGCUCUGACCCCGCGGCUCUCGCGAGACUUGCAGGGGAGCUGACCGGACCGGAGGAGGGAGCUGACAGGAGCUGCAGGAAAGGUAAGUAACCGCUCGCUGCCAGCUCCCAAAAAGCACCAUACAAUAUUUUAAAUCAAUUGAGCAAUCAUUUGAUAACUACUCUGUCAACUUUUAAAGUGUUGUGGAAACUUUAAAUCAAAUAGCCAUUACCGCAAUAAAUGAAGAAAUAAGUACCGUAUAUACUAGAGUAUAAGACGAGUUUUUCAGCACACUUUUUGUGCUGAAAACCCCCCACUCAUCUUAUACUCGAGUGAGUGUCUGUAUUAUGGCAACUUACAUUGCCAUAAUACAGACAAGGACUGCCGGACGUGGACUGUGCAGUGGGGGCCCGCAGCAAGCUGUUACUUACCUUUCCUUCAGCUCCCUGUGUAAAUCUCGCAGUCUGCGUGCCGCAGACGGCCGCGGGAUUCGCGAGAUUUACACAGGGAACUGCUGGAAAAAUUACAGCUUGCUGCCAACCCCCCCCGCCAGGACCGCCAGGCUUAUAAUGGGCACGGCGGUCCUGGUAUGUAUUAUCAGCAAUAUCGGUAUCUUUAUUGGCCGAUACCGAUAUUGCCGAAAAUUCCGAAUAUCGGACGAUAUCGGUAAAACCGAUAAUCGGUCGAUUCCUAACGUGUACGCUUCUUUUUAAAAUACAAAGAAAAUAAACUAGGAUCCUGCAUAGCCAAGCAUACAAGACACACACCAAAUAUAGAGUAAAAGUGACACUUCAAUAAAAAUGUAUUUAAUCUGAAAAAAGCCUUAAAAGAUUAAAAACCAAAUAGAGCAGUAACAUUUCUCAUUUUGUAGCACUGCUAAAGCAAACCUGGACUCUUGGUAUAACGCUUUAAAUUCUUGUAGGGAUUAACCUCCCUCCUCCGGCAGCUUAAUGUCUGCUCCUCCGCCUCGCUCACAUGCUUAUCCGGGUCUUGCUCAUGGUACAUUCUCCCUCUGAACUGGAUGUUCUCAGUUUUGUAAGUGAAUGCAGUGUCCUGCAAGUUCCAUAACUUAUGCCUACACGUUUUUGUCUGAAACAAGACUUCCUCAGGGAUAAAGUUUAGAAAUGAACCUUGUUACACCCCCCUGACUUACAAGUGGACAACAGGUCCUGUUACUUCCUGGUUUAUUUAGCUCAGUGGAGCUGAACUCAAGAGGCGCCAAUUGCCCAGAGCACCGGCUUUUGAAAAGACAUCUCAUUGAGCUGCAUUGGGAAGUCUGUGAUUGGACAGCCACAGAAAGAUUGGGUGGAGUUAGAAGGGGAAGGUUUGCAAAGCAUUGGACAAGAAAUGUGCAGCUUUUGCAGGCUGUAUUUAGAUAUACCACCAAUGGGGAAAAAAUAAUCAUAAAUACAUUGCAUGUUGUCCUACACUUUUAGCGCACAUUGAGUAAUAAGUGGUAACACACAUCAUUGUUCUUUUCUAAUUAAAUGCGUGCAUGUUUUCAUUUAGACUAUAUUUUUACGAAAUUGUGUGUGUGUGGGGUGUUAGGUUAGGUGAGGAUUGUUAGUUCAGUUUAUUAAUUCAGCCACUUUGAUGCCAUUUACCGUAAACUGUCAAUACAUAUGUUUUAUGACAACCCUUGUAUUAAAUAAACCACGUUGUUCUUCGGUGACUGUGCUGUCUGGUUCGUGGAAUCCCAUCUAUUAUCUUUCUGCCAUUUUCCGCCAGCUGUCAUGUUAAGGGCGUAUGGUGGGUUAUAGGUGUGUAGACACCUAGUAGUACAGCUCGUGUGGAGGUUGUCUGAAGAAUGAAUUGGAUGGAUUGUUACUUAUUCUACCCUAAUAUAAAUAUUUUUUAAUUUGGGGAAGAUCAGCCAUGUUGGUCCUGCUAAUCGCUUGAUGAAGGCUGUUAGCUGAAAUGUUCAUCCAUUAAAUCUGCCUGCACUUUAGAUAUGUGCUCAAUUUUUAUUUUUUUUCACUGAAGAAGACUCCAGGGGAAAAUCCCAGACCGAGCAAUACGUUCAGGUGUGAAUUAAAAGGAGUAUGAUUUGGAUGAACAUUUGUUGCACAAGUCUACAUAUGGCUUCAACACAGGCAGCUGUGCAUUCUCCAAUGUGCUACGUCCGUGGCGUAUAUAAAUGCAGCCAUGUUGCCUAGUGCAAGAACUUAAUUUUUUUUUGUAAAUAACUGUAACAGUAUUGCCAGCAUACGUUAUAGUUUAAAUGUAUCAUUAUUUUGAAAGCUGAAAAUGUAAUCUACACCAUUUGUAAGAUCAAAAGUAAUUUUUUGUUUUUUAAGUUGCUUGUUCAAACCUGUAAAUGGGAUACUGUCUGUAUUUUCUUCUUUCCAGGUGGUGGAUUAAUUUAAAAACAGGAAUUGCUCAAAUAUGACUAGUUUCUCCACCCUUGACUCCAGAUAACAGAUGCCAAUAUUUGCUUUCUGUUCAGUAUACAGUAAUACAAUUCACAAUAUCUUGAUACGUUGUUUGUAGUCUGCUUGUUCCAUGUUUAAUUAUGGUUUAACAAAGUCUGUUUUAAGAGGUAUGUUGUAGCACACAGAUAAUCUAUUUCACUGGAAUUAUAAUAUGAAGUGUUUGUGCAGAAAUAGUAAAUGCAAGAGCAGGGAAACUGGAUACUUGCAUGCUAUCUGGGACAUUUGUUUCUUAUCUUUGCUGUUCCUCUUGAGUGGACAUUUUAAACCUCUGGUUCAUGGCUGUGUCUUUUGGAUUGUUUUACAUACUUUUAAAGACCUGUCUAGAGCUGCUUACUUGACCGUGCAAUUACAUUUAUGGUAUUGUAUGCUUGCACCGUCGUUAUUAUUAUUGCAAUUUAUAUAGCGCCAACAGAUUCCACAGCGCUUUACAAUAUUAUGAGAGGGGAUUUAGUUAUAAAUAGGACAAUUACAAGAACACUUACAGGAACGAUGGGUUGAAGAGGUCCCUGCUCAAACUAGCUUACAGUCCAUAGGAGGUGGGGUAUAAAACACAAUAGGACAGGAAAUGGCAAUCAAAUAAAUAAGGUGGGAGUGAAGAAGAGCUGGAGGAGCGAGUAAAGUGCUGCCCUAUAGAUGAGCGCAAGAGACAGGUAUGUGAGGUAGAAGUUACUCUGGGAGGCCAUAAGCUUUCCUAAAGAGAUGGGUUUUAAGGCACUCCCUAAAAGAUGCAAGACUAGGGGAGAGUCUGAUGGCGGUAGGCAGGCUAUUCCAUAGGAAGGUAGCCGCCCGCGAGAGUACAGAGUUACAGAGAUCUAGUGAUUGAGGAUUUUCAAGAAGAAGAAGCAUGAUCAACAGUGUAAGCAGGUAAAAAAUAAUUAGUAUGGAGUAUUGGCCUUUUGGUUAAGCUGCGAUUAGGUUGUUAGUAACUUUGAUAAGAGCAGUCUCAGUAGAGUAGAGAUGGCGGAAGUCAGAUUGAAGAGGGUCAAUGAGGGAGUUGCGGAAGUGAGACAUGCAGGUAAAGACAAGUCUUUCCAGAAGCUUUGAGUAAAAAAGGAGUAGGGAUAUGGGACAAUAGUUAGAGGGGGUGGACAGGUCAAGAGAUUCAGGAUUGGUACUACAGUAGCAUGUUUAAGGUCAACAGGGACAAUGCCAGAAGAGAGAGCAGUUGAAGGUGUUAUGGAAGGCACAAGACAAGGGGAGAGAGAUCUGAUGAGGUGAGAUGGGACCGGAUCGAGCGGGCAAGUGGUGGAGCGAGAGGAAAGAAGCGCAGCCACCUCUUGUUCAGUAGUCUGGGAGAAAGUCUGAAGGGUAGGAAAGGAAUGAUCAACGUGUAGUUGAGAAAGAGAGGCAAGGUGGGGAGAAUUCUUUCGUUAGCUGUUCAAUCUUGUCUGUAAAUUAGCAUGCAAAACUAUAGGCUGUAAGGUUAGUUUGGGGGUGGCCACAGCAGGGCGAAGAAGAGUUAAAGGUGUCAAAGAGACGCCUGGGAAUGCGGGAGCAUGAACUAAUGCGAGAGUAAAAGUAUGACUGUUGGCAAGGACUGCACUGUAUGAACACUAUAUGAAUCUAUAAUGGAGAAAGUCUGACUGGGUGCGAGACUUCCUCCAGGAGCGUUCAGCACAACAGGAGCAACUUUGCAGGUAGCGUGUUGAUUUAGUAUGCCGUGGUUGGGGCCGUGUCCUCCUCGAGGUACAUGUUUGGAGCGGGGCUGCAGCGUUCAAGGUAGAGGUGAAUGUAGUGUUAUAUCUGGAGAUGGCCAGUGAGGGACAGAAGAGGGAAAUGAUGGAUCGCAGUUCUGAAUCCAUAUCAGCUGACCGCUGCUGGAGGUCAAUAGAAUUAAGGUUCCUCCUGGGUUGAGGGGGAUUAGGCUGAGGUUGUUGGGUGAGGGGGUACUCAAGAGCAAACUAUAUAAGCGGUGGGGAUCAGAGAGAGGAAAUGGAGUGUUGCAGAUAUUCGAUACUGUACAUGCAUAAGAGAAAACGAGGUUGGGGGUAUUGCAAGCUACAUGAGUGGGAGAAUUAGCCCACUGCGAUAGCCCGAGGGAAGAAGUAAUUGAAAGUAGUUUAGAGGCUGCUGAGGUCAAAGGUGGGUUAAUGGGAAUAUUGAAGUCUCCGAGAAUUGGGGAUUGAAUAUUAGAAGAGAGGAAGUAGGGUAUCCAGGCAGCAAAGUGGUCAAGGAAGAGGAGAGGGGAACCAGGGGCCGAUAAAUAACAGCAAUGUUGGAAGAGAAGGGUUUGAAAAGGCGAAUCAAAUGAUUGGAAAGAGAGGGAAUGGGGGGUGGGUAGAGGUUUGAAGGAGCAGUGAGGUGAGCGGAGAAACACUACACCACCACCACCUUUACAUUCAGAAUGUCUUGGGUUGUGGGGAAGUUGAAGACCACCAAAGGACAAUAAUGCAGGGGUAGCAGUAUCAUAGGGGGAGAUCCAUGUUUCUGUUAAGGCUAGAAAAUCUAGGGAACGAGAGAUAGAGGUAGUGGACAGCAGUGGAUUUUGUAAUAUUGCAAACAUAGCGUGCAUUCCAUUACUAAAGCUUUAUUUAUUACAUGAGUAAAGAAAAAUCACUGAAUCUCUCCUGGUUUCUAUGACCUGGUAGACCAUAAUGUCCAGUAACUGGGCUUUCUUUCUGUGUAAUGCUGGAUUUGGCUAUCCAUCAAGGAAAGGUCAAAUUAUAUGGAACCCUGAAACUGGCAGAACCAUAUCCUGUACCCGUGUGCAGUGUAAUGUCUUUAAUGUUUUUUUGUUUUGUUUUGUUUUUUAAAAAAAAGCUUAUCUUUUCUUCAGUGCUGAGUCUCCCACAGCUCUGCGCAUUGAGAACCGUAGGCGUAUGUGUUGCUUACUUUAAGCUGCCAAAGAUUGUCAUAGAGGGUCAUCGAAUGAAUUCAUUCUGUGGCACUGCGCCUGCACGUGUAGUCCCGGUUCUUCUAUUCAGCUGCAUUUGCAAGCCUUCAAAUUGCUGAAAUUUUACUUUUGUGGGUCAAAUUAAAGAGGGAACUAUUGUAGGCAUUUAUUGGCCAUUACUUGUGCAAACUUUGUAAAUGCAAAUUUAUAUGAAAGGAUUAGUAAUGACCUCAUAAUCCAUUCAGACAACGCAAAGCCAGGGCAGAUAUUGCAAAUGAAAAGGAGAAAAAGCAACCAUGUUUGAUUGUUGGAGGUGAGAUAGAGGCGCUCAUUUGCAGAGUAACAUGUUUUUAAUUUUUUCAUACCUUACAAAUAAACUGGUUAAAUAUAGGAAUACAUAUAAUAUCAAAAAUUCCUUGUGGUUGAUGUUUCUCUUCAACCUCCUCACUGACGAGUACUUUUUGGUUGAAAAAGUAUUAGCCUGACAUUUAUUUAAAGCGUGGGACACACAACGCUACCAUUUUAAACAUCAUAGCAUGUCAAUUUGUGUAUAGAUUGAUUUGCAGAAAAACAUACAAAUUAAAAUGUAUAAAUGUAAUAUUAACGUAUUUGUUAAGCCUUUUAUAAAAAUAAAUUUGGUAAAUACACUUUCCACAGUAUACCAUAUCCUUCAUCUUGCAAUAUUUUGCACAGGGUUUGAAAUGCUAGUAUAAAAAUGCGCUAUAGUGUCAAAGAUGAAUUCCGAACACUAGUUUUAAACUAACUGCUUGGGUUACAGGCCCAAUCAGAUCACAUUGAAAAGGUGGUUUUGCUCACUUUUUUUCCAUCCCUAGCAGCGACUGACCUCACCACCAUGGCUGAGAUUCAUGAUCUCAGCCAAUCAAAUCUAUUCCAUAGGAAUGUAUUAUGCCAGUGGUUCCCAACCCAGUCCUCAAGUACCUCCUACCAGUCCAGGAUUUACCCUGUUGUCUAAAAACACCUGGGUAAUCCCUAAAUCCUGGACUUUUAGGGGGUACUUGUGGACUGGGUUGGGAACCACUGUAUUAUGCUAUUGCACAUGCACCACAAAAUGCUGUGCUGCUUCAUACCGCAUCUCCUCAUAGAUAUGCACUGAAUCAAUGCAUCUCUAUGGGGAAAUUUUACUGCAUGUAGGUGCUGCACACUGUGCAGUACUGAUAUAGGAAGCCCAUCUAGUGGUUGAGUGACUGCUACUAGAGGUCUUACUAGGCAGUAAUCAACACUCUUUUCUUUGUAAAGGCAGUGUUUACAUUGAAAAGCCUGAAGGGACAGGCUAUAGACACAAUAACCACUACAUUAAGCUGUAGUGCUUCUGGUGACUAUAGUGCCCCUUUUAAAUACCUUACCUGUACGUAUUUAAAGGCCUUAGUAGCUGGAGAGCCUACUAAAAUGGCAACACAGUGUAAAAAGAAUGUCUGCAUUUGAGCAUGUCCACAUACCAUAAAUACAGUUCAGUCAUAUUUGUUAACAAAUGUUGCUAAAAUAAAGAUAUUUAAAAUUUCUAUAGCGAUAUUUAUUAUCUGGAAUUGCCAAUGUAAUACAAACAGUAAAACGGCAGAAUGCAUUCACUCCUCUCCCCACAAGAAACUUCCUUUACUGUUUUAAAGGAGAGGUUGAGCUGAUAUUUUCAGCAAACAUGCAGGUAUUCAAUCAGUGGCUUCUGGCAGAGAAAUUUGUUCUCUACAGGCUAGUAAUAAUUUUAGAGCAUAAAUGAGGGUGAGAGAGGCUAUAUAGACUAGAUUUCAUUCUGGAAAAUACUUGAAAGAAAAAAACGUAAAUACUUGACUGGUAGCGCCUAGUGACAACCACUGGAGGUGCUUCCUAUUUCACACUCUGCAUGGAGAUGCAUUACGCUCCCCAUAGAUAUUCAUUUAUUCAGUGCAUAUCUAUAUGGAAAAGCAUUGGAUUAGCAGAGAUCAUCCAGGUUGACCAAUUUAAUCCAUUCUGUAGGGACCCCUAAAUAUCUAGUCUAAUAUUAAUGUUGGUAAUACUAACAUGUAAUCUUAACACCAUAGUGUUCCUUUUAGGGGUGUGUGUAUGUAUUUAAAAAAAAAAAAAUUAUUAUAAAUACAUACACACACCCCUAAAAGGAACACUAUGGUGUUAAGAUUACAUGUUAGUAUUACCAACAUUAAUAUUAGACUAGAUAUUUAUAUAUAUAUAUAUAUUUUUUUUCUUAUUUUUAUAAAAUGAGACAUUGAGGUCUGUUUUUUAUAUUUUUUUUGUCAUAUUUUGGGAUGCAGUCUUUUCACUUAAAUUUUAUUUUUUUGGGGGUGUGUAUGAGUGGAAUGUUUUAAAAUAUGCUGUUGGUGUUAAAUGCCUAACCUUGUACUUUACUGCAUACAUCUGUGUAAACAUCAGCUUUCACACCUAGUCAGUACAGGAUGGUUUGUUUAGUCUGCUACCACCAACAAUACACCAUCUUGUGUUUACUAUAUUCUCUGUGCUUCGUGUUCAGACAUGCUCAGUGGCUUGAGGUAGUCUGCAUACUCUAGUACUCCACUUCUUAUGUGAGUAUGCCACUAGAGGCUGCAUUGACCUGCUUUAUUUUUGCAUACAAACGAUUAGCCACACUAUUCACAUCAGAAAAAGACAUCGUUGUCAUAGCUGUCACUGACCGACAACACGGAGUGAUUUUGAACAACAAAGCAACCUGUUUUAUAAGGAGAGGACACCUGUGUCUGCAGUUUGUCUGCAACCAGGUGGUGGAUUAAAAGCAGCUCACGCACUGUUGUUAAGGGCUAAUCUCUGUGCAUGAACACAACUUUAAUAUAUUUGGUAGGUUUUUAUUUUGCACAAAGUAUCCUUUUAGGUGUGUUUUACACCAAAGUUGCUUCCCAGGUGUUUAUGUCAAACUGCUUCUGAGUGGUUUGAAAGUAAAAAAUGUGGGACUGUCCCACCGACUCAUAACACCAUAAUUACGGUGAGCUAUACAAAAGGAAUUCAUUGUUACGGUGUUUGGAGUGUUUUUACUACGUAAAGGGGAAUAUUGGUUAAAAAUUGCCCCAUAUUUUAAUACAUUAUCUAGAUAAUUCAUUAGAAAAGACAAAAUAAUGUAUAAACAAUACAGUUGCAUCUUGUCAAGCAGCGGUUAUUGGGAUAAGUUGUUCUUCAUAUAGGAUGCGUGGAACCACUUGGUAAACGGAGAACAGCCAUACUGCUGUCUAUACAUUGCCCAUUUCACUCUUUGGUCACCUAUGCUAAACUGUUUCCUCUUCAACAUGCUGCACCGCUAAGACCCUCUCAGAGCUAAUAGACUUGCAAAUGCAAAGUUGUUAUGGUGCUUGGUGUUCAUUUAAGGUGCAGUCUUUCAGUGAAAUCUCUAGUUAAUUUUUAUUAAUUCUCAACAAUCGCUAAAUCUAAAAAUAACUAUAUGUAUACUUAGCAAAAAAUAGCUUUUUACCCUGUCUUGUAAUGAAGCUUUGAGGGUUUUUUUUUUUAAAAGCAAGCUUUGCUCCUUCCCAGUAAUUCCAGCUCCGCCUUAACCCUGCAUUUGCCACAUUUGUGGGCAUGUAGAUUGUUUUGUAUCGCCCAUCUGUCAGAACGUUUUGGAAGGCUUUCCCAACAGCUGUAUAGCCCCCUGUUGACAUACAUGUUGUGGCUUUAUUGCUAGCUCAUCAGUCCGUAUGUGUGUGUGUGGGUGUUUUUUUGCAGACGUAAGUGCUGGCUUGGACUGGAGGGCUAAUAUAGUGUUAUAUUUUUAGCAAGGCUUCUGCGUGCUCUUGUGCGUAAUAGCUUCACGAGGAAAGUAAGUGCAUCUGUGGCUUGCCUGUUGUAUUUUGCCAACAAGCAAGUUGGGUCUAGAGGGCCUAAAAGUGUAUAGCAUGUAUUGGUCUCUGCAGUGUAUAAGAGCUUUUAUUUAAGGGUUACCACGGCAAUUCUGUGAUACACGAGUUAUGGCUCUACCAGCCUGCUUUCAAUCUCCAUCAUGAAGCUAAAUGGUCUCGCGAUAACUCGCCCAUUACUUGCAAAAACUGCAUUUGCCAGGUCUUCAGGAUCUUGGCAAAUUUGCAUGCAAAAUGCAUGUGCACUUGCCAAAAAUGAUGCAGGGAUAGAGGAAACUGUGAAGAAUGCAGUAUCCCUAUCAGACAGACAUCGGCAUAGUCUAUUUAAGCGAUGUUGAACCUAUGGUACACAUGCCAAAGCUGGCAAGCCGAGCCCUCUGUGGGCACGCAGCCAUAGGUCGAUCUAUUCAAGCGCUGGCCGUGCUGGGUGCCUUCACGGACAGGGGUAAUAUCAGAGAUUUCCAUCACCCGUCUGCAGGGACAUUGCUGGCAGGGGAGGGAGAGGAGACCUUGGAGCUCUAGCUUGCAGCUCCGCCUGAUCUCUCGAGCACUGAGCGUUGCUGCGAUUACCAUGGAGCUGCAGGCUAGAGAUCACUCCCCACUAGAACCGUCGGGGAUUCUCCACUGGACCCCCAGGGCUUAACAAUCGAUAUGGCCCAUCCCUGGGCAAAGGUAAGAGGGGGGGGGAUUUAAAGAAUAUAUUUUUUAAUUUAAAAAAACAUUGUUUUAAUGAGCCCCCAACUACUCACGCUGCCCCUAUUGCACCCCCAUACACACGCUGCCACACACACACACUGUUCCCACUGCACCCUAUCUAUACACCGCACUCCCAUGCACACACUACACCCCUAGUUCAGACAACUGUAUGAGUUGUUUUUUUUCUAAACUUAAAUCUCAGUAUUCAGGUUUAAUUGCCGUGUUGGCACUUUUGAGGGAAAAAAGGUUGGUUUAUAUUGCGUUUUGGGCACUCUGGCUCAAAAAUGUUCGCCAUCACUGGUCUAUACUGUUGGUAGGCUGGGGAGUGUGAUUUCUAGCUCUGAUCUAUAAGGAAGUUAUACAUUUGCUAGCACAAUGUAUGGAUGAAAACUUGUGAAGAAUUUAAUAAUUUUUAUGUGAAAAAGUGCAUGACAGUUGUGUUGUCCUUUCAUUUCUGGGGAAAUGUUUGAAUUGGAACUGCUUCUAUAAGUUAAUGGGAGCAACUGGCAGAUUGCAUUACCUGUGUCCGUUUUUAUUUUUCUCUAUUAGUUAAAUUAAAUGGUAAAUUCCUUUUUAAGGAAAUUCUGAGCUUCUAAUAAGGACUGGCACAUAACCUUUAAUGAAUGUACUAGUAAAAAAAAGUUAGAGGGAAUCUCCGUGCACCAUAGCGACUUCAUCAGAACUAAUGCAUCUAGUCCCUUGUUCUAGUAUAUUUGUAUAACUUUGACAUGUUUAGCACAGCCCAUAUGUUGUACUGAACUCACACCCCAAUUACUCUUAGCCUGUCACUGAUAUCGAAAGCUACACUGAACGUUCACUUCUGCAAUAUGGGGUCUAUAAUACAGUAAGAAAUGGAUCCUGUAAUGAAAAGAGGUUUUGGAGGAUUUGGACUCUAAAGAUAGACAGUUGGGGAGGUAUGGGUGUAUGUAUCGUUUACAAAGUUGCAAAUAUAACUCUCAAAUUGUUUUUAAUUUCAUGCUGCUGUUAGAAACGGCUCGUAGAGAUUACAAUAUUUGCAUUAUUUUUUUUGUAUUUGUACUUCUGCAAUGUUUAUCUUCGUAGGGAACGAGUUUAUUUUCAUGUCUUGUUCAGAAAGGAUCGCUAGCGAUUUCUCUGCAGCGAGAGAGGAAAGUGCUUUGGAGGUUUUCCACCCACCUUGGGAAAGUAGACUGAUCACAUGUAAUUUGAAGACUUUUUUUAAUUGUCCCCAAUGUGAUUUAGACAAUCAUAUUUGUAGGAAUAAACACAAUCCCUUAGAGAGGGCAGGGUGGUUUACUACUUGCAUGAAAAUUUCUCACUAUGGUGAUUUUGUUAGGGAAUUUUUUUUUUAUUAUUCUUUGCGCAUGUAUGUAUGUAUUCUCAUAAUUGUCACCGAAUUUAAAAUAUUUACAGCAAGGAGCACUGUUUCACAAACCGCUGUUCUGAGGAUCUGCUAUUCCUCAAUUGGAUUUCAUCUAAGUUAUCUAGCUUCAUUGAUGCUCCACUGUGCUUACUGCCAAGCUAUAUAACCUGUGAUACUCGUGGGAGUAAAGGGCUUAAUGUAUUUAGUUCCUUGUUCUAGUAUGUUUGUAUAACCAACAUUGGUAUAUCUAAAGCACUGUUUAGCUUAACCCACAGAGUGAACCCACCCCCAUUAUUCUCAGCUGGUCACUGGUGUUCAGGGCUACAGUGGUAAGUGUGGAAAUUCACAUCUGUAUUAUGGGAGCCAUAAUGAGUGGCUGGAGUAGUACACAGUGGAAAUGCGGCACACACAGCAGCAUCAAUAUGGGGGCAGUGUAUCAUUUUGACAGGAUUACAUUUUUUUUUUUUUUUUUUUGGUAAAAGUAUAGUAAAUCCUGACUACGUCUAAGCAGAAAGCAUCUAACAUGUUUCCUGAAGGUGAUACAGUUACACGAUGCAAAUGGAUAUUAAGUAUACAACUACUGUUUUUCGCUGUGUAGAGGGGGAGACUGCUCCACAGGUACAUUCACUUAUGAGAUAAGAAAAUAGAGCAAGGGGAGAUGUUAAUGAGGGAGCUAGCUAGGCCUGGACAUACAUGCCCCAGAAUCAUGACUUGGAAAUAAUAAGGCAACAUAAUAAAAGUAUCUAACAAUAUUAAAAAAAAAAAGCAGGAAAACUGAUCCUUCUCAUAUAAGCGACUACACUGCCACACUUAAUGCGCCGCUGGCAGGAGGCGUAAAUGGAGUAAUGUUAGCUGGAUCCCAGAAGGUGGGAGUGGGUGGAGUUGGAGUCUGAAGCCUUAAGCGGACAAGACUGUAUCCACCUCCGAGACAUCGGUUACUUUAGGCUCGGUGUUAAGAUGGAUAAUGAGUGAGCGUGGAUAGCCCCAUCUAUAUUUCAGGUAAUAGGUAGACCCGACUAUUCCGCCAUUUAAGGGUUGGAGAAACUCUGUCCACCGGAAUGUGAAUGUGAAAGAUCAGCGAAAAGGUUAGUAAGAUUUCCUCAAAGCGAUAAGGGGUCUUCCCUUAGUGGCCUGCAAGAAGACUGCCUUUUCUUGCUCGUCUGGAACUUGACUACAAUAUCUCCAGCGGUCGAGGCCUUGCUGGACUGAGGUAUGGGCAGACUGAUCAUGCCAUCCAACUGGAUGCUCUUUGACUGGACAUUUUUGGCCCUGUUGCCUCCUAGACAGAGGCUGAAAUGUGGCAGCUCAGCCGUUGCAAUGCUCCUUUGAAACUCCCCUGAUCUUCAGAUGCUUCCACCUUUUUACGCCUGACGUCCACCCGCACUUGCGUUAUAGCAGCGGAUAAGGCUUGCCAGAAAUUCUCCUCCGCCUGUGGACCCUGGUAGCUUAGGUCCUCCUUACUGUGUAGAGGCAGUUCCUCUGAGGUGUCAUGGAAUUUGUCCAGAUUUGCCACCAGAUCUGCUCACCAAACCCCCACCCCUCCUAAAAUUGGCUCUUGUAUGGGUAGGAGUAGUCUCCAGGAAACUGCCCACAAUAAAUUGGGCCAUGUAGUAGCACUGCCUUCAAAGAGAUUUCUGACUGGAAAGUCUAAUGAAGGCAUUUUGAUCUAUUACAUAACCCUCGAAUAUGUAUUCCUGGGCUAAUGCUGUGUGCAUAAUUUAGGUUGCUGUCAUAAGUCUGUUUGGAACCACUACUUUAACCUGUGCAUACACUAACCAUUUCAUCCCUUUCAGAGAGUGGAGAUACGUUUUAUGUGUAUCUGAACCGUAAGGUUAUUCACUAAAGUAUUGUUGUGCUUUCUAAAUUAAUUUAAAAAUUUUAGACCAAUAUAGAAAAACUGAAUAAAGCAAUCUUGCAGAAUAUUUUGGAUUGUAGGAGUACGAUCUCGUAGUUUAAGUGUUUUUAGUCUUUCCGUUUGUAUUUGGAGUUGGGCUUUUAUUUUGAUAGUGACGCUUGUUUUCUCAUUAGCACCCGCAGAACCGCCUUGUGUGCCUGCCAGUGUCAAUGUGCACGUCCGAUGUGUCGUUUGUGGAGUAGUCGUCCCCGAUUUGUUCUCGGAGUGUUUUAGAAAAUGAGUAAGACUCCACAGAGCUCUUGUUUUUUUUUUUUUUUUUUUUGGUUAACACGAAACAGGCAGGUUCGCCACGAAGGCUUACUCUGCACAGGCGAGACGGCUUGGCAUUGCAUAACUAUACAUUAUAUUUGAAACCUGUUAAACAGUCAGUAAACCAAACAUUACUAACAUUUUCUAUGCUAUGGCAUGGGGGCUCUAUUUUCCAAGGUUCCUAUUUGUACCUUCUUAAUUACAACAUACUCUUCGACUGCUGGCUAAACAUUAGCAGCUUCAUCAUUCCCUCUCAGUUUAGUGCUUGUCCCCCUGAGUGUUUUCGCUAUCAUUUAGUGUCCCUGUGUAAAAUCUAGGGAAUGGGUAUCCCUCUCUCCUGAGUGGUCCCGGGCUUGAGUUGAUAACGAAGUCUAAUGAGCUUUUCCUUGGUGGCCCUUACUUAUGUACAAAGUGAGUGGGGAGAGGUAGAUAGCCCCCGGAGGUAUUAGUGGAUCUGCGCUAGCUCUGGGCUAAACGACAUGUGUUGUGGUAUCAUGGUUGUUAUUUAGGUGCUUUACCCUGCUUGACUGCCACUCCCAGUGAACUAUACAAAAUAAUGGGUAUAUAUGCUCAGAUACAUGGGUGUCCCCAUGGGCUCCAUGUCAGCAGGUUCUGCACCAUGUUCUUGGUCCCGCAUUUAUCAUGUGUAGACGACAGACUGUGGCUUUCAUGUCAGCUUUAUUGUGGCUUUUUAGGGUUAAAGUCCUCCUAGCUUCAAAGGGAUAGUUCAUACGCUCUGACAGUGUUUUAAGGUUCUGUGAUUUGGAUCCUUGGAAAAAGUAAUACAGUCUCGGACUAUACCUCUUUGGUCCAUUGCGACCCUGUUCGGUAGGAGUAUUUCGCCUGUUGACAUACAGCUUGAGGUUUUGAGUUCUAGUAGUAUUUAGGCCUUUGUGCUCAUUGCUUCGUUGUUGGGAGGCCCAUGUCAGCAUCUGUCUGUGUGAGGAUUGUGCGUAUUUACAUGCAGGUCGUGGUUUGUUGUGUGGCUUUCGCGGCAGUCAAGCUGCUCUUGUUAGUGUUUCACCGGGUUCCAUUCUUGGGAUAGGCGCAGUGGCCUGCUAUGCCCCAUUGUUUCAGCAUAGUGUAUCCUUCCUCCAGGUUCUUCACUUGGUGGGUUUGCCCAUUCCGGUUUAUCAACAGGCGUGUGGGGAACCCACCAUCUGUACACUAUCUGUUGCUUCUGAAGUGCUGCUGUGAUGGGAGUGAAACUCCGUCUCUGUGCCAAGGUAGCAGGCGAGAUGUCGGCGAAGAUUUGGAUUUGUGUAUAAGCGCCUGGCAAUUCCUUUGCAGCUCUACUGGCUCUUAGUAUGGCCUCUUUAAUGUGGUGAUAAUGGGCUCUUAAAAGAACGUCCCUCGGGGCGGUUUGUGGGGCUUCCCGUGCUUUUGCCACCCGGUGUAUCCUGUCAAGAAGAAACAUUUCCGUCGGCACAUCUGGGCAUAGGGUGUGAAACAUCCCCGUAGCAUAAGAGGCUAGGUCACUCACCGCCGUGGAUUCUGGUAUGACGCGUAGGCGCAGGUUGUUUCUGCGUGAACGGCUUUUAAGGUCUGUUAAUUUUGCUUCAUGUGUUGCCAGCCGGUCUUCCACUUUGAGCAAUUGGUCAGCCAUUGAAUUGUGAGCGAUGGCGAACUUGUCCAGUUUGGACUCAAGGUGUGAGGUACGGGAACCUAUUUCUUUUUUCAAAUCCUGUAUGGAUGAUUGGAACUUGGCUAUUAGUUGCUCAGAUUGUGUUGAGCAGUGUAGGGGUCAUAAGAGUUUCCUCAUCCCCAUAUGCAUGGCUUUCCUUGCCUUCCUGGCUGCCAUGUUGGAGACCUUCCUGUUCUGUUCGCCAGCAUUUUGGCUGCAAAGAAGGAUUUUAUCUCCUUGUCUCUUAUCUUUCGGGCGGUACAUCUUCCCAUCUGCCUUUAGCUUCAGCUAGUCUGAUGGUUCUUUUUUCUGAUACCACCUGUUAUGCCGGUUUUGCCGCCAGCCUGUUCGGAGCUCUGUACCUAUGCGGCCAUUCUGCUUGGCGUCGGCUCCGCCCACCGCAUGUAAUUUUUUAUUGUAACUAAAAAUGAAAUGGCCACUACAGCGAAUAUUCUAUGGGCAACAUUCCCCUAUUUUUCGUAUUCAUCCUCUACACUAACCUGCAGUGGUUGUAGUAAUUACGGUGCCCUUUUCUAAUUGAGUUGGCUGCUCUAAAGUAGCUCUCUUUUCACACAUGAUAUUUAUGGGUUGAAAGAUGCCACAAAUGACAAUACUAAAAAUGAAGAUGGGAGCCUCACUCAAUCCCAGCUGACAGCCGGUGCACUGGAGCAGGUCCAGCAAUCCCACAACAAUCAGGCAAACAGAAAAUCUCCAGCACUCAAGGUGUUCAAGCUGCUCUUUUUGUUUCAUUAAAUCUGCCUUCGGCUUGAACACCUCGCGUGCCUGUGGAAUUUUUUUGUUUGCCACAAAUGACAAUGUCACUUUAUAAAAAGUUAUUUAAAAAAUAAAAACCACACAUUUUUAAAUACUUUUGACUAAAGAAGGGGGUGAGGAGAGGUAGUUUACCUGUAUGAUAAAACCGUAUUCUUACUCUUUUGAACUUUCAGCCAGUCCAAUAAGUAGCUGCGUUUGGGCUAUUUAAAACAGAAAAUAGAUAAAAUACAAAUUGUGGAAGUAAUACAAAUCUAUUUUUACUACCUGUAUAUAUUUAAUUCACUCCCAAAUAUAAGAACAUAUUUAAAAAGUGAAUGUUUCUUUAAAUCCACAUUCUAACUACUCCCACAAACAGCUAGCUGUCCAGCAAUAUUCUGUGUCUACAGUGCAUUUGACAUGUACUGAAAACUGAUCAUUGUAUUAACUCCUAAAGCUCUCUAGCGUGUAUACGAUUUAGAUGUGGUCUAUGCUACAGCCUGGGUAGGUUGGAGCCGUCCUGCGUUUGGAUGGAAAAGCCAUUGUACAGGAAAGCAUAAUUUUGGUGAUUUUUGGGUAAAAAUUGCAGUGCACUAAGUUUUGCAGAAGAAAUAUGAAGCAUGAUAUUUGUAAGGCUUUCCUGAAUGUACAAACUCAUGGCUUCCAGGCUUUGUGGAAUCAGACAGGAAGAUGUUCCGUAGUUGGCUAUAAUUCUGUCAACAACUAGAAUAUUCUGUCUUGGUGGGGUCGCUCAGUUCUUUACUAACCACACUAGUAGCUGCACAGAUGUAACGUUCUGGUGCAGAGUUUUUAUAAUGAAUGUCCCUAGCGUUUACGAACCACAGCCAAAGUAAGACACAUACUUUCAUUACAUUUGCCUUGACGUCUUGUAUUGCAGUAGCCUAAUCUAAAUCUAAACAGAGCUCUGCUCCUUUUUUAAAUGAUCUGUUUACUAGUUCAAGAUAUUGGUCAUGGGGAAUAUUUUGAAAUUGCAAACAUCUGUUAUGUUGCACUUUCCCAGCAUACACAUUUUAUUAACUGGUGGACUAUGCUCUUGUCAUUAAACCCUCCCCCUCCCCCCCAUUAAACAGAGUAAGUCAUUUUCAUGACCCAUAGUCGGUUUUAUUACAUUAUUAAUGAUUUAUUAAGUUGUGUAUUUCUCUGUACCAGUAACGCUCAAUGCCAUCAUCUCUACUAAACAGCCUGCAGCAGUGUGGAGUAUCCUGUUUAUCUAGUGUUGACAGCUGUAGGCAGGCCUGCUGUCACAAAAUCGGUGGAAUAUUCCAUUUUGUAAUGGGAUCUUUUAAUAAUCCUUGUAAUAGGAUUGAUUCUUUAAAGGACACUACAAGCAGGGUAACCACUAAUGCUCAUAGCUUUUCAGCUAUUUCUUGAUCUGUGAUUGAUUUGCAGUGAAUGCAGGAACUUUAAAGGCAAAGUUUUUAUUUUUUUAAAUUUUUUUUGCUUGCUUGCAUUAUAUAGAUAAUGCAUACAGAAUAAUGAGGUCAAAUUGUGCCAUCCUGAAUUGUCCCAAAUAUGGCUUAUGUUGUGACAAAUUUGAUUUUAACCCCUUAAGGACUGGACUGUUUUUGCGAUGUUGUACAUUUGCGACCAGGAAUAUUUUUACACUUUUGUGGUGUUUGUGUUUGGCUGUAAUUUUCCGCUUUCUCAUUUACUGUUCCCAUACAAAUUAUAUAUUAUUUUUUUCAGGACAAAAUGGGCUUUCUUUACAUACCAUUAUUUAUAUAAUCUCAUGUAUUUUAAUUUAAAAAAAAUACAAAAAUCUGAUGAAAAAUUGAAAAAAAUACAUGUUUUUGACUUUUACUUGAAAAAUCUUUUACUCAUCUACAAAAGCGAAUGAAAAAAACUGCUAAAUAGAUUCAAAAUUUUGUCCUGAGUUUAAAAUACCUAGUGUUUACGUGCUUUUUUGCUUUUUUUUGCAUGUUAUAGGGCUAUAGGUACAAGUAGGAUAUUGCGGUUUUAAAACAUACAUUUUUAAAAUUUAUCAAUAGUGACAUUGUAACACUAUUAUCUGUCAUAAAUCUCUGAAUAACACCCCACAUGUACAUAUUUUUUUUAAAGUAGACAACCCAGGGUAUUCAAUAUGGGGUAUGUCAGUCUUUUUUAGUAGCCACUUAGUCGAAAACACUGGCCAAAGUAAGCAUUCAUAUUUGUUUGUGUGUGAAAAAAGUAAAAAAACUAAAUUGAACGCUAAUUUUGGCCAGUGUUUGUGACCAAGUGGUUACUAAAAAAGACUGGACAUACCCCAUUUGCAAUACCUUGGGUUGUCUUCUUUUGCAAAUAGUAUGCCAUCAUGGGGGUAAUUCUCAUUCCUGGGCUACCAUACGCUCUCAAAGGCAACAUAACCAACCUGGCCUUUUUCAAUGUAAAAAUAUUUGACCCAUAUAUUUGACCUUGUAACUUUCAAAAAUGCUAUAAAACCUGUACAUGGGGGGUACUGUUUUACUCGGGAGACAUCGCUGAACACAAAUAUUAGUGUUUAAAAACUGGAAAACGUAUCACAACAAUUAUAUCAUCAGUAAAAGUGCUGUUUGUGUGUGAAAAAUGCAAAAAAGUAACUUUCACUGACAAUAUCAUCGCUGUGAUAUGUUUUACUGUUGUGAAUCACUAAUAUUUGUGUUCAGCGAAGUCUCCCGAGUAAAACAGUACCCCCCAUGUACAGGUUUUAGGGUGUCGUAGAACGUUACAGGGUAAAAUACAGUGCUAGCAAAUUAAAUUCUCUGGAAUUUCGGCCUGGGUUGGCAGGCAGGUCCCUCAAAUUACAAUCAAUAAAAUUACUGAAUUAUGUAAAAAUAUUACAUAAAUACGCACGUAGAAUUUAAAUAUAUAUGCAUAUUUAUAUAUUUGAAGUCUGCGUGUAUAUUUAUAUAAUUAUUUAUGUAAUUUUGUAUAUGGACGUAUGUAUAUUUCUUAUUAUUUUUAUUUAUUUUUAUAUACAUAGAUAUAUAUACAAAUUCAUUCUAAGUGUAUUUUGAUAUAAAUAUAUAUAUAUUAAUUUUAAAAUACAGUUAGAAUAAAAUUUCAUAUAGAUAUAUAAUUUUUUUUUUUAUUAUUAUUUUAAAAAUUUUUUAUUUAAUUUAAAUUACUUAUUAUUUAUAUUUUAUAAUAAUAUAUAUAUACAAUAUAUAUAGUUAUUAUAUAUAUUAUAUAUAUACGUGUGUAAUUUAAUUAUAAGUGUAUUUUAUAUUAAUAUAAGUACAUAUUAAUAUAAAAAUACACUUAGUAUGACAUUAUAUAUAUAUAUAUAUAUGAUAUAUAGACAUAUAUUAUAUAGAUAUAUAAUAACUAUAUAUAUAUGUCUAUAUAUCAUAUUUAUACAUAUAUAAUUAUUAUUAUUUUUUUUAUUACCAUUAACUUUAAUUUUUUUUCUGAUUUUACAGUUGCAGGGAGACUGCCUGUCAGUACAGGCAGUCCCCCUGCAGGCAGACACAUGGACACCUAUUGUGACCAUGUGAUCACUGUGUUAAGCGAUCACAUGGCCACAGGGGUCCUAAUCUGCCGUGGGGAGACUGUCUGGGCUGCAGGCAGUCUCCCCACAACCGGAGGAACACUGAUCGCCGCCGGGGGAACGACGGCGAUCAGGUAAGUACCCCCAGACCGUUUGGACGGUUCCCCAGACCGUUUGGACGGUUCAGGACCGUCAUCGGUCAGCAAGGCAAAAAUGCCGAUGACGGUCCUGAACCGUCCUCGGUCCUUAAGGGGUUAAAUUGUGAGAUGUAAGCGAUCUAAUCUUUUCCCUUUGAGAAUCUGGAUUGUGAGGGUGAUAGUAAGGUCUUCUGGCUGAGACGCAUACUGCUUUUAUCUGGAUAGUUUAUAUCCAGAUUAAAAACCAGGUGAAUGCUGUGCCCUGGGGUCACCCCUUUUUCAAAUUGCUUUAAAAAAAAAAAAAAAAAACCUUAGUCAAAGUUUUUUGCAUGCUAUUUACAAUGUGUAUUAAGAGCACACAGAGUGCUUAAUACCUUUCUCCCAAUAUUUGAUUGUCCACCAUAGACUAAACUCAUCUGUUUAACAAUGCACCUACAAAGCAGUACAUUUUGUCCGAUUGUGUGCUUCUAAUGGUGCUAUCUGCUUCAGGUUUGAUGGGAAGAGUUUCCUUGCCUUUCUUAAGCUCAUGCUUAUGGAAACCAAUACUAUUUUGACACACAUUCAGAGUAUUUCAAUGGGUUUGCUCAUCACAAACUCUAUUUUGUAUUUUUUUUUUUUGUUUUGUUAGUUUGUUUUCCUGAUGCUGGUUAUUUUCUAAUAGGCCUGAAUAUUGACAGCAUGAACAUGGUGCUGUUUGAAUUCCAUACUAAAUCUUUCACUGAGAUGCAAUUGUAAGUGAAGUCACACUCACCUGGUAUUUCUUGGUGACAGGCUUGUCACAGAAAGCAAAGGGUUAAUCAGCGUGAUUAUAUUGUAUUGUCAUGGUGCACAUCUAGAGAAUAUAUAAAUAUAUAUAUAUAUAUAUAUAUAUAUAUAUAUAUAUAUAUAUAUAUAUAUAUAUAUAUAUAUAUAUAUAUAUAUAUAUAUAUAUACCACCAGCGCGCCCCCCACCCCCAAACUUUGGAAAGUAGCCUGAUCACUCCUUUACUUGUGGAAUAUCAAUUGUUUUUAACCCAUAACUGCAAGGGUUAAAUGACCAACUGAAUAUUAGCUAUAUAAUUCUCUAUGCAGUCGCUGUGAAAGAGGCAGCCACUAGCUAGCUUACACAUGUGCCAAACUGCCAAUUUGCCCAAUUGUAUUUUGGAUAGAGAGGCUAUUUUUUCACUGCAGUUUCUGUAACUUGUAAUUCAGUUGUUAGUGUUUUACUUAUGCACUACAAUUCCAAAGAACAUUUGUGCUUCCUGAUUACACAACCUUAUUAUUGGACAGAACCGGCUUAGAGAAAGUACUGAAGGAGAGCUUGGUCCAUCAUGUAUGCAAGUACAGUAAACCAGAACGGAGGAAGCAGAGUUUAGACCAUAAUGCUGCAAAACUUCCCCAAUCUCCUUUACCAAAAAAUAAAUCUGUGAAUAAGAACUUAUUUUAGGUAUAACUUAGUUCAAAAGAUACAAGCAUAUAAAUUGUACCGGUAUCGGAAGUCUUUUUUAAAUUGUACAGAUGUACAAUUUGUUUUUUGCAACUGAAACUCCAGAUUCUAGAAUUCAAAAUUGAAACUGAAAAUUUUAUUGUGUCCCUUAAAAGCUUCAGCAGGUGGUGGGAAGAAAUCAAGCAACCUUUUUACUUAAAGGGACUCUCCAGGCACCCAACCACUUCUGCCCAUUGGAGUGGUCUGGGUGCCAACUCCCACUACCAUUAACCUUGCAACUGUAAAUAUUGCAGUUUUCAUAAACUGCAAUAUUUAUAUUGCAGGUUUAGCUCUUCCUCUAGUGGCUGUCUACUAGACAGCCACUAGAGGGCACUUCCUGGUUUAUAGCACAAAUUGCUAUAGUGUCACUAUGUGAGGACCUCCAGCGUCGCUAAAUUCCCCAUGGGAAAGCAUCUUUCAGUGCUUUCCUAUGGGGAGGUCUAAUGCGCGUGUGCGGCAUUGCUGUGCAUGCGCAAUAGGUCUCCACCGACGGAUGAUGUGGGCGGACCAUGAACCAGCGCCGAGGGACAUCAGACAUAGGAUUAUUUUCCUUGCACUGGAGAGUCCCUAUAACACAUCACAUCCUUAAUAUUGUAUGCAUUGUGUUUACAUCUGCUGCAGUUUUUAUAUAAUUUUCUUUAUCUCCCCCUGCAGGCAGAUCGGGAAAGGUGCAGAGAAAAAUUUCCCUACUAGAUGACAUUUCAUCGCAAUGUCCGAUCGUUUGGGGCAGAUAUCCAAGGGAAAGGAUGGGAAAAGCAAAUACUCGUCUCUCAACCUGUUUGACAAGUAUAAAGGGAAGUCAAUAGAAGCCAUCAGAACUACAAGUAGGUGGUCUUUCAAAAGUAAAAAUGAACAGUCCAAGUACCAUAACCACUUCUGCUUCUUGAAUAGUAUAUGGAGCCUUGAAUUCUUUUUCUCCCUAAACUUUUUAUAGGUUUUGUCAUAGUUUUACAUAACUUUAACCACAAAAAAAAGCAUGCCAGAACAGCCAGUAGUUUCAUGAGAUACAUGAGUUUGGAAGAAUAAACUACACAAAGGAUUAGUUUACUAAACUGAGAAUUUUCAGGAAUUCGAAGUGAAUUUAAAAUUUUAAGAUGAAAAUGUCUUAAGUCAGCUAUACUUUAGUAAACAACCCUGUACUAAAUUGAGUGUUUAAGUUCCUUUUGUGUUUUUUCUUGAAUGAAAUGAUUUGUGACGUUAUCUGCCAAGUGCCACAUAGCUUUCAGUGGAAAGCAAAGGUGUGACCUUUAUGGCAUUGAUUGCUGCUGUUCAGGCAUUUUAUGGAAUAUUAAGUGUUUCCGUUUAAAGUUGAGGACUAGGAUUGUCUGACAAUGCACUAUGGAGAUAAGGGGUGACUUAAGUUGUCAUCUUCGAAUUUAAAAUAAGAGUCUGUUGUCUUGCAUUUGUCCAUUGUUGACUGUGUACUUAGGGGCUACAAUCCUGAAUUCAUGCAAUUGAAUGUGGAUCUGAAAAAUUGCCUGUCCCCAAACAAUUGCUCUUUUUUGUGUGCAUCUUUGUGGACAUCAAUGCACAUUAUAGUAAAGUUAAUAAACCUUGGGUCUACAGUAACCAAAUUGCCUGUUUGUGUCUCUCUCUUAGUUAUACCUAGACAUGGCUUACAGAGUCUUGGGAAAGUUGCCGCUGCCCGGCGUAUGCCACCUCCCGCAAACUUGCCAAGCUUGAAAUCAGAAAACAAAGGAAACGACCCAAAUAUAUUUAUAGUGCCCAAAGACGGAACGGGAUGGGCAAACAAACAAGAGCAGCCAGACCAAAAGAGGUGAGUAGAGGGAAAUGUGUUUUAUAAUCCCCUGUAAUUCAUAGUAACCUUUUAUGUGAUGCUCUGAUUUUCUGUGUGUGAAAGACCUGGCAAUUUACAACACAAUACAGUUUGAUGCGAUAACAGCCAUGAACCCAAUGCAUUGCUUGUUUUUCCAGCUCUGCAAUUUUUAUUUUAUUUGAUUUAAAAACAAAAAAAAAACUCAAAUGGUGUAUCACAUAGCCACUGUAAAUAUCCAAUCACAAAUGUGCAAACUAGCUCCCAUAAAUCCACUGUUUUAGCGCAAAAGAAAUGCUUAUUUGAAUACCUGAUGGUGCUGAACGCUCCACUUUAAUGUCAAGAUGUCCGUUCUGCCUCCAGCAACUUUGUUUUCUUUUCAGAUAUUGGAUUGUUUUAUUUAUAAAGUGUCAGCUGGUUUAGUGCUCUUUUGGUUGGAGUUCCCUCCAGUGUGAAAUUUGCAGUAGCUCAUGCUCUCGCUAGGGAGAGUAAAUCUGCAUGCACCGCACGUCUGCGGUACUAGGCUGCUGUCUGGUUUGUGAGGAAUUGAAGGGUUUUGGAUGACAAAGAAACUAGGUCAAUGGAUUUCACAAAUGAUAGACUUUUUGCAUUUCUCAACCUCCACCCUGAAUGGUAAAUUACCCCCCUUUUUUUAAAUAAAGUUAUGGUUGCCCUUAAUCCUAAAGUAAGUCAAUCUAAUGUUUUAUAUUUGACUGUUUCGUUUUGGUAAUUUUUUUUUUUUUUUUUUACAAUCUUUGUCACAAUAUAUUUUCACAAUAAAUGAAUUAUGCUGUUCAAAAAACAAAUGUAUACAGUUCGGUUACAUUUAGACAGUUAACAUGAUUCGGUAUCUGUCAGAUGCAGUAGAAUAGUGUUUGGCGUAGAUAUAUCUCUAUAGAGUAGUUACAGGUUGGCAUCCUGUUGCCAUUAAACAUAGAAUGUGACUGCAGAUAAGAACCAUUCGGCCCAUCUAAGUCAUUUGUAAAUCUCUGGACUCUCUGCUGUCGCCUUAUCAGGUAUUUCAUUUCAAGAGUGGGUUUAGGUUUAAACUGUAUGUAUCGGUGUUGCCUAGUGUAGUGCAGUAGUGUGUUUUGAUAUGUAUGGCAAACAGGGAGGCUAGAGUAUUAAUAGAAGCACACUGGUGGCGCUCGUCUUUUUUGCACUUGACGUCUUCUCGUCUGGAGUAAAUCGUGAUGGGAUAUGCAUUCAGGCUUAGGGGUACACUGGUGAACUGGCCGUUCUUAGCAGUGUCCAUAUCCUAUAUGUCUGAGGGGCGUUAGUGCGUGCUCUGAAGGCCGCAGGUCUCGCAAGAUUUUCGCUGGAGGAGCUGCAGGAAAGGUAAGUAACAGCUUGCUGCCGGCCCCCCCCUUGUAAUGGGCCUGGCGGUCCUGGGAGGCAAUAUCGGUAUCUAUAUUGGCCGAUACGAAAAUACCGAAUAUCGGCUGAUAUCGGUAAAACCUAUAAUCGAUAGAUCCCUAAUAUUUACCCAAUCUGCUACCCGGAGUCCUGCCAGGUCUCGAGUGUGCAACCCACUUGCCAUGACUGGGUUGUGCGUGAUAGGGGUAAGUGGGUUGGGUGAUAUAGUCAGUUGUCUUUUGAUACGUAUCGUACAGCAGACGCCCAGUGUGGCGUCCAUCAAAAGAUUAUAUAUACAUAGUGAGCUUAACGUCCCUGUUCCCUGCCAGAGCGCAGAUGGGAUCUUUCCCUCUGCCUAUUGGGUCUCUAGAGACACCCAUAGUUUCUUUGCAGGGUACGUGUGCCAAUCUAGGAAUCUAUACAGAUGGGCAGCAUGAUACUAUAUUGUAAUAGAUUGGAGACCCAUCCCUCCAGCCACCUUGGGCCCGCCGAAGUAUGGACUGGCGAUGAUUCCACACGAACUGCCGUAUUGCCGUGGGCACAGCGUCUCAUAUCUUUUUGGAGAGUGUCCAGCAGGGUCAGAUAGAGAGAGGAGAAAGAGUCUGCCGGGUCCAAUUACAUAUCGGGAAUGAUGCGAUUUAAUGCACCAUUGACGCGGAUUCUGGCCGUGGGGGUUGUGUAUAGGGACUGCACCGAGGCACGCAUGAGCGGUCUGCCUCCCAUACAUUGCAGUACUGCUGUCAAGCACUGCCAAUCUACCCGGUCAAAUGCCUUCUCUGCAUCCGGGGAGAGAAGCACCAGUUCUUUUUUUGGUUGACCGGGCAGCAUGGAUGAUGUUGAGGGCUCUGAUGGUGUUGUCGCGUCUCUCUCGCCCCCGGAUAUAGCCGACCUGUUCGGGGUGGAUAAGGCCAGGUUGGGUCCUUGACCAGCGAAGGGCCGUUGCUUUUGCGAACAGUUUGAGGUCCGCAUUCAGGAGCGAAAUGGGUCGAUAGCUCGAGCAGCUUAUUGGGUCUCUUCCUUCUUUUGGUAUUAUGGUUACCACCACAGCCAGGGAGUCUGUGGGAAACUGGCCUCCUGUGUGGAUCGAGUUUAUCCCCUUCAGGAGCCUCGGCAAGAGGAGAUCGCGUUACGUACAUAGGUAUGUCAGGGGUAGGCCAUCCGGGCCUGGGGCCCGAUGGGAUUUUGACCACUUAAGAGCUUCAGUAAGAUCUUCGAUUGUUAGCCGUAGUUCUAGUGCUUCCGCCGAUUAGUGUCCUCAUAACAUUGUGUGCGAGGUAGUCAGUGAUCAGUAGGUGUCACUGUAGUGCAGCGUCCUCUUGGCAUGUUUGAGAUUAAUACAGGUCUGUAUAAUAGGAGUGGAAUGCCUGUAGGAUUCUGUCUGGCAGUUGGAUCUCCCCUGUGUUGUGCGUUCUGAUUUUAUGGAUAUGGUGCAGUCGUUGCCUGUCUUGCAGCUGUUGGGCUAGUAGUUUCCUGGUUUUGUAAGAAUGUUCAAAGAAAAAAAUCGGUUUGACUUUCUGAGUGUAUGUAGGAGAGGCCCUGGGCAAGGAGGUCUUGCAGCUGUCUGCGUGUCUGUCAGCUGGAGGAAUGUAUCUUCUGCUAGCGUGCAUUUGUGUGCUUUCAAGGUCUGCGAUCCUGCGGACCAGUGAGGCCGUCUGUCUCGCAUGUGCUUUCUUGCGGUGCGUGCAAAUUUUUAUAUAGUAUCCUCUGAUCACUCAUUUGUUUGCUUUCCGGAUUUGCUUUCCAGACUGUCAACAGGGGGGGUGUCAGGUGUGGUGUUGGUGUCAAAGUAUUGGGCCAGUUUGUCCUCGUCGAUUCUAGUUCUACUGGGUCAGUUAACAGGUUCUCAUUAAGCGUCCACUGGCGGUUCCUGGGUUUAAAGAGGGUGGAGCGCAGUGUGAGCGAGACUGGCGAAUGGUCAGUGCUAACCGUGGUCCUAAUGUCUGAGUGGAUGAGUAAUGAUAAAAAUUAUCGUGCCAGAAAGUAGUAGUCAAUUUGGCUAUAGGGUUUGUAGACUGAGGAGUAAAAAGUGAAGUCCCUAUUGUCCGGGUGUACCACCCUCCAGCAAUCUACCAGGCCCAGUUGCCCCAAGGAUUGUCGAACUAAGUGGAUGUGUCGGUGCGGGAGAGAGCUAGUUCCCCUGGAAGUAUCUUGUCGUGGCAUUUUAAUGUUGCCUGCAACCAGUAGGAGCCCCUUGCUGAAUUUCUCCAGUCGGGACAGCGUACGUGUCAGGAAGGUAUGUUGGUUCUGGUUUGGGCUAUAGAGGCAUGUGAAAGUGUACUUGUGAUCAGCUAUUGUUCCCUUAACCCCUUAAGGACACAUGACAUGUGUGACAUGUCAUGAUUCCCUUUUAUUCCAGAAGUUUGGUCCUUAAGGGGUUAAGGAAGAGGGAUCUGCUCUGAGGAUCUGCGUGUGUCUCUGUGCAUACAGAUGGUAUGGUGUUGGCGAAUAGAAUGGCUACUCCCGCCCUCCUGGCCUCGUUGUGAUUAGCAAACAAGCCCAUAGGGAAUUUGUGUUUUAAGGGGUGUCAGGGCCUCGGAAAUGAGUUUCCUGGAGGAAGGCUAUGGAAACGCGCUUGGCCCACAGGCUUCUGAGUAGUUGAGCUUUUUUCAGGGACGUUCAGUCCCCUCACGUUAUUAGUCCAGAACUGGAGUGGGGCGGGUGCGAAACCAGUCAGUCAUUCUGGGGCGGCGGAGGCAGGCCGGCUCCGCUCCUUCAGAUGGCUUGCAUAGAGAAGGAAAUCUGCAGAAGGGAGGCAAGCCACAGAGAAGAAAGAGGUGGGGUGAAGUGUCAGGGGGUAGGCGGUGCUAUGAGCGCCCUAUAUUUGACUUUUUGUUUGUUAGUAAACCUUGCCAUUUAUCUGCCAGUUUUGUUUUCCUUUUUCAAUGGGAAAUCAUUUAAAAAUACACACAUGUAUGAUGGGCAAUAUUUGUAUAAAUAAAAUGAGACCACACAAUAACCACAGACAACGUUUACAUUUUUUUCAAUGAGCUUGGCCCCAUGGUGUUUGUUCAAAGUUUAAGGGGCAUACAACCAUAAUUUCAUAAAAUUGGAUCUUUCAAACUUUUAACUUUAUUAACCACCAAAUAGCCAGUCAGUCUUAGAUGAUGUGACCGCCGUUUAUGUAAAUAUUUUAACUUUAUUAACCAUCAUAUUGCCAGUCAGUCUUAACUAAACUUGACCCUGAGGAUGACUUUUGCCCCAAUGCUUCAUAACACCACGACAAUAUAGUUAUAUAAAAUUAAAGGGAGGCAGGGUGGGUCCUGCUUCAGUACACUGACUGGAUUUAAUUUGUGCUUUAUAGGUUUAUAGUUUAUUUUUUUUAUUUUUUUUUUAAAGGAACACUAUAUUGUUAGGAAUACAAAGUCCAGCCUCCCCGCCAUGUAAAACGUUAAAAAACCCUUUAUAUACUUGCCUGAUUCAAGCACUGGUGUCCCUCGGUGCUGGGUCAGAUUCCUCCUCUUUUGACCAACUGAUUUAGGGGUGGAGGGUUUAAUGUGCAUCAAGUGCUGCUCAUAUUACGCCUUCCCCACAAGAAAGCAUUGAUUCAGUGCUUUUCCAUGAGGUUUUUCAAUAUGCUAGAUGUCCUCCUGCAAAGCGUAGGACACUGCAAUGUAACCUUUGCAAUUUCUCUAACACUGAAAUGUUUUACAUUGCAUGGAUGAAGGAAAAUUAUACUGUUAAUAAUACAAAACUUUAUUUCUAACCGUAUAGUGCCCUCCUAUGCAUCCCUAGAUGUCCCUUGGCGCUAGAUUGCGCUCCACUGUUGCCGUCCGCCAAUGUGAAUGGUGUAUUGUGGAUCACUAAUAUCGUGUUUGUGACCCACCAUGUCUUACCUUGCAUGUUGUGUUCUGUGCAUUCUUAUGUUUUGUGUUUGGGUUCUGUGCAGCGAACAUAGUCAUCAAUGUCCACGUUGAAUUUACAAAAGAAAUACUAGUUUUUACAAUAUACUGAAAGCUCCAUAGAUGUGCAAAUAAAAUACCAGUGUUUGUGUUUUUUGUUUUGUUUUUUUUGUUAUAAAAUAACUUGUAGAUCAUCAUAUUCACUACAGCUCACUGUAGUGGUUAUGGUGCCAGGACUACCCUGGUGCCCCCUCUCCUAUUGUUGUAGACUUGUCUUUUGAGGAUGGUUGAUUGUUACAGUUGUUAAGGUCUACCUGCUUAUACAAUUCUAUGGAAUGUAUCCCUUGUUUCUGCUAACAUGCACAUGUUCUCUGUAGUUCCACAGUGACAGUUCCUGUGCCGCAGGAGUUGCUGCCGCCGCAGGGUUUGCAGAAGUCUGUCUCCAAUUUACAGAAACCGAACCCAGUGACAAAUCCAGAGGUGAGACUCUCACUGAUGUUUAGAUGUCAAAGUGCUUUGAUUGUGACCAUGCUUCUUUUCUUUAUAAGUUCCUCCAAAAACACUAUAAGAACAUUUGAGUAAAGAAAAAUACAAAGUCCGCUUUCUGAACCUUUUAGGACACCCAAAUUUUAGGAUGAAAAGUGAUAAAUGCUAAUCUGAUGGAUUUUUAAAAUCUUUUUCUGGAUGCUAUAUGUAGCUUGCUUUUUUUUUUUUUUUUUUUUCCAAAGGCAGCGAGACAUGUGAACUAUUAAAACUAAAGUAAACCUAAAUAAAAAUAUUUAGCAUAUAGUGUGUUCAAUAUAAUAUAUUCAAUUAUGUUCUUUUUCAUUUUACAGAAUAUAAAUUUAGUGCCAGGUGGGCAAAAGUCAUGGGCACAGCUGAAUGGAAAGCCAGCAGGACAAGAAGGUGGUAAGUGUCCUGUAAUCCAAGUCAGAGGUGCACUUGCUCUCAGCAGACACUGCAGCUAGUGCAGGGGUUUCCAAUUCAUUUUUCCCGUGGAGCCCUUUGACAUAGUGUUUCAACACUGUACGCCCUCCACCCCCCCAUCCCCUCCCCCCCCAAAGGAAAAAAAAAGAAAUUGUGCCGUUGCAUUAACGUACGUGUGUGUCUGUGUGUGUCUGACACACAGAUCCACACACUGGCACAUAGUGGCGCGCACACUCAGAUACAGUGACCCACAGAUACACACACUGGCACAUGCACAUACAUCUAUAUACACUCACUGAAAGAUACAUACAGUGACACUUGGUUACACACACUGGUGCAUACACUCAGAUACGCCGUGACACAUACAUUCACUGACACACAGAUACUCACAGUGACACAUAUUUCACACACAUGCCAUUUUUUUUUAUAUUUGCAGUCACCCUCCUGUAAACAUACCUGUUGUCUGCAGUAGGGUGACUUGCUGGUGUGUGUGUGUGUGUCUGUCUGUCUGCUCACUGCCGGCUGCUGCCUCUCUCCCUCCAGCGCAGAGUUUUCCGCAUGGAGGAAACUAGUCACUUCCUCCCAGCAUCCCAUACUAUGGGGACCCGGUCGCGCAAUUAAUCGGCCGCGGCGCAGACUGGGUCCCAGCAGCAAUAGGGCUAACCUCUGGGCAAAUAACCGCGGAACCCCAAUUUUGUUCUCGUAGACCGCAGAACACCCAUUGGGAAACACCGGUCUGGAGUCUAGCUUACAAUACUUGCCAUUUUGUGUUUCUGCUUCCGCCCCACUCUUGCUUUUUAAAUUGGACUGUUCCUUUAAAAAGGUAUGUGUGCAAAACCUGUUUAUUUGGAACACAAAUCCUACUGCAACUUUAUUUGUUCUUAUAAGGUAUUUGCAUUUUUUUGUUGACAGGUUCAAGGGGCUCAAACCGACUGUUGUCCUUCUCUCCCGAGGAAUUUCCAACAUUGAAAGCAGCUGGCGAGCAAGACAAGGUUGGCAAAGAAAAGAGCGUCUUAGAUCCGUCGUAUGGGCCCGGACCAAGCCUCCGCCCCCAGAGUAAGCCCCUCGCCCUGCUUCCCGGUAACCGCUCUGAACGUUUUGUCAGUCUUCCCCUUAUCCCUUGUGUGACUUAAUAGUCAUACGUCCUCUAAUCUAACUUAUCUGAUGUGUAAUGUGCGUACAAUAAAUGGUCUCCAUAGUUUUCUGCAGCCAAAUAUUUUUUUUUAAUGUAAAUUUUUCUUUGCACUGUUCCUCUCAUGCAUUUAAUAUUCAUUAUUGUAAAAUGGAAGUUGCCUCCCCACCUCCCACCCCAAAAAAUCCUCACUUAAAUUAUAUUAUCUAUUGCUAUCUGGACAAUUUAGUCAUCCCUACCGCUGCUGCACCUUACGUGACUAUUUGGAUUGUCGUAAAUCAAUAUCGGCAAAUGCUCAGGAGCCGUUUCUUUUAAUGUGCUACUGAUCUAAAGCCAAAAUGUCCCUAGUUCCUUUAGUAACCAACUUAUAGAUGGAUUUUCAUGAUGCACAGCCAGCCACUCUCUGACUGUAAUGUCCCAUAGUUGUUGGAAUGAGCACUGUGUACUUUUACAACUCCCAGAUUCUUAAAGGCUUAACUAUAGGUUGGUGACUUCUGUUCUAUGGUUGCAUUCUAGGGGGGAGCGGGCGGGCGGGAAAUUCCCUUCUUUUUCAGAAGGUUCAGGGUUUUUUCACCUUACAGGUUAGGUUCCAGUAGUAAUAAUGAUUACCAUUGAUUUGUAAUAAUAUUCCAAUGGUGAAUUGUUCUGUGAUCAUUUUAUGUGCUUUGUAUGUAGGAUAUCUGUGUUGGUUUUUUUUUUUUGUUUUGUUUUUUAAAUGCAUCAUACAGAACAGGAAUCAUCACAGUUAAAAUCUGGUCACGUAUGUUAGCUGGACAGUCCACAUCAUAACCACUCAUCUUAUUAAAGUGGUUAAAGUGCCUAGAGUCCUCUGUUUCGACCACAUUGUAUAUUGUUAUACUGUUCUCAAUUUCUGUGUUACUGAAUGUGUGUCUCUGGACACCUGUACCUCCACUUGGCUACGGCACAGUUUAACACUUCCUUAGCCAUAUAAAUCCAUAUUAAAUGUGGGCAGCAUUGAUAGAUGAUAGAUGAGAGCUUCCUUCAUUCAGUAUUAAAACAGUCGAAAAUUGUUUAGCAAUAAACAAUGGAGCUGUGCCAGAGAACUCUGUGAGAUGAAGGGGUUAUGGUGCGUAGAGUAUUCCCUGGCGGGGAAAAAUAUAUAUUAAAGGGUAACCAUGAAGUAAAAAUUGGCAUCUAAUAUUUUAUUUCAUUAUGAAGGUUAAAAUAAAAAAAGGGGAGGGGGUGGGGUGAUGAAGUAUCCCAUCAACCUCUGAACAGUAGGUUUGUAGGAUAAGUAGUUAAUGAGAUGAGUGGAACUUUCUUGUGCAAGAGUAAAAUUGCCCAUAAAACCAAUAGUAGCUUUACCAUGGCUGCUAUCUGUUCACACGUUUCACUGUUUAGUGGACCAUGCUAUGUUAAGCUCUUAGCAAAUGUGUGGUAUACAGUCCACAGCUCUGCUUUGCUCUUGUAUAUGGAGAGAGAGCGGAGCCUACGUUGUGCAUAUAGUAUGCAAAAGCUGCACACAAAAUUUGGAUAAAAUUGAUUAUCCGGCAACAAGUCUCUUUCCAUUCCAGGAGCCCAGAAGUGGAGUUACACCUCAGCAGAAAUUCUAGUGUCUCGGAACUGCUUGCAUCUCAAGCUAAAACCAUGCAUAUAUGGGCGAAUUGAAAUGGUUAUAGUACUUAAAGUAACCCUCUAACUUUAAAUAUUGGUUACCUUUAACAGAGCAAUGCCUCUGCUCUUUUAUAUAUUCUUACAUUUUAAUGUGGUUAUUUUGUAUAAAGUGCCUUAUCUUGUUUUUUAAAUUAGAAAUUUUAACCGGUUUCUAAUAUGUUCUAUUCUUCCUAUCCCAUUUCAGAUGUCACCAGUUGGAGGGAGGGCGGUGGGAGAAUCAUUACUUCUAGUGUGUCUCCGACCGUCUCUCCUACUGAGCCGGGAAGCAAACCCACCAUCCCAGCAGAUGGUGCCCCCUCCCCAGCGCUUGCGAACGAUUCAAAGGAGCUUUCGCUUCGCCCGGCUCAGCCCAACCGAAAAGGGGCUCCGUUCUUGGGGAACACAUACCAUCCACCAACUUACCAUGACAUGCUACCAGCUUUUGUACGUAUUACUGCCCAGUAUUGUCUUAUUACAUUGCAAAUGUUUUUGCUUAAAUCAGGCAUCUCAAACUCUGUGCCACCCCCCAGACGUUUCUGAAAUACAACUUUCACAUUUCUCUGGCCAUCUAUUGCAUUCAGUCUAAUAAGGCAAUUGUAAAGUGUAAAGGAACACUUCGUUGCAAAUGUUAAUAUUUUCUUUUUAGCUAUUUAGUAGCUUUUUGGCAGACUGGAUCAAGGCCAAGAAUGUGAGACUCGGAGUGGUCAUCUACGAAGAGAUACCUAAUUUUAUCCAUAGGCUUCUGGCCUCACUCCUACCCCCAAAGCACAAAGCAGAUGAAGUUAGUCAUGAUGGACUAUUGCUUUUGUUUACUAGAGGGCCCCAAAGGACACAUCCAAGGACAUUCUGAUAAAAUUUGUUCGGACAGAAGGAUUGUCAGAGGGCAACCAAGGGGACCCCUAACACAGCAUUCGAAGGCUAUCAACUUACCUUUUACCGUGACCUGUCCCAUCACACCACCAUAUGGAGACAGCCCCUCCGACAUGUUACUUAACACCUGAGGGACCACAAUGUGCCUUAAGAAUGGGGCACACACAGGCUUUUAAUGGAGAAAGGAGUCAAAACCAACUCCAUCACGCACCUUACUGAAGUGCCAGCCUUGUUCCGAAUGCUGGGUAUACUAGACGCACCUCAUACACCAGCAAGCCGACCAUUCUAAUCUGUGGACCAGAUAACCCCAUCUGUACGCAGUGCCGCAAUAUCAUGGAACAUUGAUCCUCCACACCGAGGGGCACGACCGCGCACCCGUACCUACCUAGCACGCUUAAUGUGUGAAAACUGUUUCCUUAUUUCUCAUUUUCUAUUGUAUAAUAUGUUCACUGUUCUGUUUUUUUUUUAACCGGCGCCGUAAGCCAUACAGUCUGAACCACCCCACCCCCAAACCCAGAACACCACUGGCAGACGACCCCUACUCACAGAAGCCAAGCAAUUAUACCAGCUGACGGCUCAUACCCAGCCGUGAUCCCCCCUCCCUCCCUAAAGGCAGACAGACAAUCAGAUGAGAGGGCCACAACCCACAGACAAGUACAGGAUAAUUGUUCUACUUCUCACUUAAGCCAGAAUACCUUAUGGUUUAUAACACGCAUGAUUGGUUGACUGCUUAUUAGUUGACAUUUUUAUUACUUUUAUUAAAAAUAGUGUCUGUACCUUUUUGACAUGUACCAAAAUGUGCAGUGUUUUAAUGUGGACCCUGCUAUGUCCAAACAAGUUUUAUGCCACGGUUUAUAGCACGACAAAAAUGUCAAGAAAAAUCUGGUGGAGCAGAGUUUGAGGUUCCUGUUUCAAAUGUAAGUGUCCGGACAUGCAAGUUAAUUUUUAUAUUUUGCUUCCAGAUGUGCUCUCAGCACCAAUCAGAACCCACUGGGACAUCGGAUCGUGCUUCCUUUCCUAUCCAACCUACUUCCCAACCUCGUCUGGAACCUCGUGUACCAUUUAGACAGUUUCAGAUGAAUGACCAUGAAGGGUAAGUCCAAGCAGAUUGCAUGACUGAUGCAUUUGGAUUUUACUAUCAAUUUUGAAAAAAAAUUUUUUUACUUGAUGCUCUUGUUAUCCUACAUUCAUUGUUUUUAUUUGCCCUGCAGACUGAGUACCACUUUAAUGCAGACUCUUUUUUUAGGUCUUUGUGGCCGUUCUUCAUUUCAUUUAGCCAAGCUUUUAGUAAAAUUCAAUUCUGUCUCUGGUUAUUUCUUAGAAGAGAGAGCCGAUAUCCAGGAGGACCUUCUCGACCUGUACGUCAAACUCGUUCUCAAGGAGAGAGAGCACCAAGGGCCACCAUCAUUAAUGCUGAAGAUCUCAAGGAGUUGGAUGACCUUGACAAUGAUGCUGAAGAUGGUUGGGCUGGUAUGUUUUUUUUUUUUUUUUUUAAAUCUAUUAUGUAUAUGUUCUACUGACAAGUACAUCAUUAAGUUUCCUGUAAUUGAGCUCUAGUUUGUAUUUUUAUUAUUAUAAUCUUUAUAUAGUGCCAACAAAUUCCGUAGCAUUUUACAAUGGGUGGACUAAUUUUAGUAUAUAUUCUUGUAGGUCUGCAUGAUGAGGUGGAUUAUUCGGAAAAACUUAAGUUCAGUGAGGAUGAGGAAGAUGAGGAUAUCAAUAAGGAGGGAAGAAAUAAAUGGUAAGCAUUGUUUUAUUUAAUUUUUUAGUUAUUUGUAAAUACUAGGAUACACAUUAUUAUAGGCUGCUGAUGACCACCAAAGCAUAGUCUGCACAUUGCUGACAUUUAUUGAUCCAAUCACUGCUUUUAGCAGCUAAAUGGUUAGAGGGAUCCACCUGCCCAUUGGAAGGCUUGCUAUCUUAUGAAGGAUUUAAGGCUGGAAAUGAUCAUGACAGUGUGGUUGUAAAACAGCUGAUGUGGUGGUUUUUUCUUUUUUUUUCUUUGGACACCACUGCCAGGGCUCAAAACGUCAAUUUGACCCUAGCCAUUGGCAAGUUAACAGUUAGCCCUGGCAAGUAGAAGUCCACUUCUGGAGGGUAUACAUGGUUUACAGUGGCAAGUCACUUUUAAGGCUGUUGGUUUGUUUCUUAUGUAUACUUUGAGUUCCUGUUUUGUGUAUGUUGGGUGAGAUGGGUUUCCUCACACAUAAUGGCCAAAAUUACGCUUUAAGAGCAGAUUAAUUUUUUUUUAAACAUUUUUUAUUUUAAACAAUGUGUAUUUGCAGUGUUAUCAUGGUAGAUUUAGAUCCACAUUAUCCUGUUUUGUGCUUGAUCUAUCUGGACCAUCCGCAAAAGAAUGAGAUUUGAGUCCGUUUAUGAAGCUCAUGAUCAUGGUCUUGCCCUUUGUGUUUUUCAGAUGUUAAGAUGAAUUUAUAUUUCCUUGUAGUGCUAAACUGUUAAAGUUGCAUAAUAUUAAACUGCCAGACUAUUCCCCACAGGAAUGGCUGGGAUUGCAGAAGGCAGCGGCAGGUCUCUUUUACCUCCACUGACAGUGCAGAUGCAAAGCACCCAACAGAGGAUGGUAAAAACUGGAGUGAUCCAUUGGCCCAUCAGCGACCUGCACGAAGAACACCAGAACCAUUGCAGCAAGGGUCCCGGAAACCAAACAGCUGGGCAGCAGUAGCUGAGCAUCAGGUAGCAUACAUGUUUAACAAAAAUAAACACUAGUGAGAGUAUAGAUGUAUGCACCUUGCAGCCUUUGGCAGAACAUCCACAAGUAUCUGGAGUAGCUCCGUUAAGCACAUUUUAUUAAUGUGUAAAGCAGUCUUGUAUGUUUUUGGUGGGGGUGGAGGGGUUCAGGCUUGUCUACAGUUUUAUCCUAGAUAAUUCUCAGAUGGAAAUAAUACUAAAUGUUAUUUCUGUGCUUUCUUUAUAGCAGAAGUCUACACCUGUUAUACGGCAACCGUCUGUGGAAGAAAAGGAGGACAAGUUGCCUCCACGGCAAAAGUUUGUGCAGUCCGAGAUAUCAGAGGCAGUGGAGCGUGCCCGAAAACGGCGUGAAGAGGAGGAGCGACGGGCCAGAGAAGAGCGUCUUGCUGCUUGUGCUGCUAAAUUAAAACAACUGGACCAAAAAACAAAACAGGCUCCAAAAUCUCCUGGUGGUGACCUUCCAAGACAGACUGAAAACAAAGAGAAUGAGGACCCACGGUCUCCAGUGUCAGACAAGAGCAGCACUCAGGAGAACAGUCAUGCUUUCCGAAGAGGUACGUACGCGUGAGAGGUUAACCUCUGGAAAUCAAAAUUUUAACAUUCCAAAUUAAAAUCAUGGUAUAUUGGUCAGAGGUGAUAAAUGUUUUAAUAUCUUACUUGGAAGAAGGCAGAAAUCUUGUUAAUAUUUAUAUGCAUCAAACAAUGCAUGCACAUGCAUAUAUAAUAGAACAGUUUUGUGUGCAGAUUGCUUUUCUUGAAAAUAUUAGUUAUGUAAAUUUACAGAAUUUGUAUUUUCCAUUCUUUUAUAGAAUUUUUUAACUUUACUUUUUUAACCCCUUAAGGAUGGAGCCAAAUGUACACGUUGUGAACAAAACAAACUGUAAACAAAACCUGGCAUUUGCGCUACAUGUCUGUCCAACCGUAAUUCCCCUCUUUCAUAUUAAAUGCACCCACCCUUAUUAUAUAUAUCAUUUUAUUCAGGGCAAACAGGGCUUUCAUUUAAUAUCAAAUAUUUAGCUAUGAAACCUAGUUUAAUAUGAAAAAAAUUUUUUUUUUUUAGUUCUACAUGACAUUUUAACUGUGAAUGUCAUAAUACUGUUUGCUUUUACUGCAAUAAAAUACACAUAUUUGUAUUCAGCAAAGUCUCACGUGUAAGACAGUACCCCCUAUGUACAGGUUUUAUGGCAUUUUGGGAAGUUACAGGGUCAAAUAUAGCGUGUUACAUUUGAAAUUGAAAUUCGCCAGAUUGGUUACGUUGCCUUUGAGACUGUAUAGUAGCCCAGGAAUGAAAUUUACACCCAUAAUGGCAUACCAUUUGCAAUAGUAGACAACCCAAGGUAUUUCAAAUGGGGUAUGUCCAGUCUUUUUUAGUAGCCAUUUGGUCACAAACACUGGCCAAAGUUAGCGUUAGUAUUUGUUUGUGUGUGAAAAAUGCAAAAACCGCCAAUUUUGGCAAGUGUUUGUGACUAAGUGGCUACUAAAAAAGACUGGACAUACCCCGUUUGCAAAAAACCUUGGGUUGUCUACUAUUGCAAAUGGUAUGCCAUCAUAGGGGUAAUUUUCAUUCUUGGGCUAACCAAUCUGGCAAAUGUUAAUGUGAAAAAAAUGAAACACAAGCCUUUGAUGCUGUAACUUUUGAAAACACCAUAAAAGCUGUACCUGAGGGGUACUGUUGUACUCUGGAGACUUAGCUGAACACAAAUAUUUGUGUUUCAAAAAAGUAAAAAGUAUCACAGCAAUAAUAUCGUCCGUGUAAGUGCUGUUUGUGCGUGAAAAAUGCAAAAAACUUCACUUUUACUGGCGAUAUCAUCGUAGUAAUACAUUUUACUGUUUUGAAACACUAAUAUUUGUGUUCAGCGAAGUCUCCUGAGUAGAACAGUACCCCCCAUGUACAGAUUUUAUGGUGUCUUGCAAAGUUAUAGGGUUAAAUAUAGUGCUAGCAAAUUAAAUUCCCUACGUGUAUUUUGAUAUAUAUAUAUUUAUAUAUUAAUAUCACAAUAGUUAGAAUGAAAUAACACACAUCUAUAUAUUUAAUUUUUUUAAUGUAUUUACAUAUUAAAUUUUUUAUUAUAUAUAACAAUAAUUAUAUAUAUUUAAUCAGUAUCAGUCUGUGUAAUUUGAUAUUAAAAUAUAUAUUAAUAGUUAAAUACACCUAGACAGUGUGUGUGUGUGUGUGUGUGUGUGUGUGUGUGUGUGUGUGUGUAUGUGUAUGGGGGGGAGGGCAUACUAUUACGCCCAGCGGCAUUUAGAGCCGCCUAAAAUAGGGCGUAAUAGUAUGCCCUCCGGUUUUGAGGGGUAAAUGAAAAGCAUAACAAAAUGUGUCAAAAAAAUAAAAUUCAUAAAUAAUCCAUCAUGCACCAUUGGAAAUCUGCAGAAUGGAAAAAUGAUCUGAGGGAAAUAAUCUGUGCUUUUUUGGGGGGGGGAGAUUUGAAUCAUAAAAUACCAAACUCUGCUUUCAUCAGCUUAAACAUUUAAAAAAAAAUGCAAUUUAAUCCUCACCAGGCUGCUUCUCUCUACCACAAAGACUGUGUGAGAUCUUACAUGUAUGACAAGAAUUAAAAAUGACCAUUAGAGCGAUGGAGAGAGAGUUUUAAUACACAGACACAUGUAUUGAAAUUUUAGUUUAGUCCUAUUAUUUUGUCACCUGUACAUAUUAUGUACGCUAUAAAUCAAGAAACAUAAAUGAAUUUAUUUUGAAUUACUUUUUCUAAGCUCAUGUUGGUGCAAUAAAUGACAGAGAUGCAAAUUGCGUUUGAACACAAACUGCAAAAAAUCCAAAAAUGGCUUGUGUCCUUAAGGGUAAGUCCAGUUUUUGAAGCUGCGUCCUUAAGAGGUUAAAAUAGUUAAAUACUCUAGGCUCAAAUUACAUGCACAUUUGCAACAGUUCUCACAUUUGAAGCUCCUCCAUUUGCUGCAAACACAUUGCAGCUUCAGUGAACCUUGCCCAGAAAAGGAAGCAACCGUUUUUUUCUUGUAUCUUUUUUUUUUUUUUUUAUGGUGAACGUAGUCAUGGGAAGUAGUGGAAUUAUGUGCGUUAAUUUUGUUACCCUAGUUACUGCAUCACAAUUUAGAAUUUUUGUUGCUUUUGUGUGUGUAACAGCUUUCUAAGUAUCCCAGUCAAUCUGUAAUUUAAAGAGUGCAAGUGAUUUUCAUUUUUUCAUCAACUUGGGAUAUGCUGACCUCAAGGUAUCUGCCCAUCUUUUUCUCCCAAGGGUUUUCCAUGCUAGUUAUUUCUCAAAGACACUAUAGUGAAGAAAGCUUGACCACACAUUUUGCAUUGUACGUUAAAUUGAGAUGAUCCAUUUGAUUAACCCCUUAAGGACCAAACUUCUGAAAUAAAAGGGAAUCAUGACAUGUCACACAUGUCAUGUGUCCUUAAGGGGUUAAAGUUCCACUAUAGUGACUUAGACCACGUUUUGCCUUUAGUCCUGCUGUGCAACACAUUGCUGCUUUGUAUACAGCAAUAGUUUCGAAUAGUUCCUAGAGGGUGCUUCCUGUGGGAAAGCAUUGGAUUGGCUGAAAUCCUCACAAUUGAUGAUCUCUGCCAAGAAGGCAGAACUUGGGCAGGGCUAGCCGAGAGGAGUCCUGCACGGUGCUGGAAAAAAUAAAUGUUUGCGGGCCUUUUUUAUUGGUGCAAGUGAGGCCGGGUGGGACAAAUGGUGUUUUACACCUAUGGUGUCAGGAAUACAUAUUUAUAUUCCUGAGAUUAUAGCGUUCCUUAAAGAAUUACAAUUUCCAUAAAUUCCUGUUGCUUAGAAUAACAUUAAGUGUUUUUAUACAUAUUUUUACCCUGUGUUAUAGAAUACUCCACGCAGGAAUACCCACCUGAUUACCUAGAGGAAGAACCUGCUGCAGCUCCUCGGGCUGAAACAAGUAGCGAAGAAGAAUAUACAGAAUCUUCCUCUCCCAUUCAGGAAUUCGGUAAACAUCAGAAGCUCAUCCCCCCUAGAUUCCAGCGGCAGCAACAGGUUAGUGACACAAUUGCUCACACACACAAAAAAAAAAUCUAAAAUAUCUUCAAAUUUUCUUGACUUGGUUUUCAAGUUCUAAAGGAAAACAUUUCUGCAAUGCAUCAGCUUACAGACAUAGGCUGUGUUAUAUGCUGAAAUGGUUUUAAAAUGAAGUCUGAGUAUUUGCUUGAUUUAUUUUAUAAAAAAAAAUUUUUUAUUAAAAAAAAGUGUAUGGUGCUGAAUUUGUGACUUCUUUAUAAGUCACGCUAAUUGCAAGCUGUAGAGCAGUAAAUGGGAAGCUGAACUACAUCCCAAAUACCUAUAACUUUUCUGUGCAGCCUCUUAUGAUUCAUUUAAACCCUGUGUAUAGUUGUAUUGCAGAAAACUAGAAACAAACAUGACCUAUUAAGUCUCCUCGUUUGUCAAUAUUUCUCUGUAGGAGCAGUUGUAUAAAAUGCAGCAAUGGCAGCAGCAGCAGCAGCAGCAACAACAACAACAACAAGCAGCCUAUGUUGCAUCCACACAUUCCACCCCCCCGCGCACUUUCUAUUCACAUCAUCCACAGAUGUUGGGGUUUGACCCUCGUUGGAUGAUGAUGCCUUCCUACAUGGACCCACGGAUGACCCAGGGCCGCGCACCAGUGGAUUUCUACCCUCCUUCAAUCCACCCUCCAGGUUAGUGCUCAGCUACAGACUUUACUUAUAGAAGAGAAUUAGUUUGGUACAGUUUUAUCAAAUGCACCUGGCAAAUGUUGUACAAAUUUUUUUUAUAUAUUAAUAUUCUCUAGUUCAUGUCUGCAUAUAUUCGGCCCUUGUUCUGGAGAUUUAUUUUUAUUUUUUCCUCUUGUGCAUCUUAAAAGUUGGUUAAAUAGAGGUCCAUGCACAGUGUUUACUUCUCAUUCCCUACUCUGUUAAUUGAGCUAAAUUCACACAUGAGGCUCCUUCAGGCUCUAGCAGGCAGGAUUAGAUAAGAAAUUAUAAAUUAAACACUGUGUGUAAUAAAGGAAGCUUUAGAGCUCUUUACAGGGAGAGUGUAGGGAGGAUGUAUGCUAAUGCUGCAUAAAUAAAGUGUCAACACCUAAAUGACAAAAAAUUAAGCAGUGAGAUUGCACAAAUGUCUUUUCGACUUUUAGUCUUUCGGAUGCCAGAGGAGUGUGCCGUGUAUAAAAAUGCAUCACUUGAAAUAAGACAUGGAAUUCUGUUUCCCAUUUUUCAGGAGUGAUGAAACAUAUUAUUCCUCAAGAGUCUAUGGCCCCAGCAGAGGAGUGCCAGACUAGCCUGCAACCAGAGAGGAGAACUCAGUCUGCAGAACCAGUUUCUGCAUGGCAUCAAGAUGGCUAUGUCCACAUGCAGAACAAAGUUUAUUCUAUGCCUUUGCCGAAGCAAGCAGAUACCACCGCGGAGGGCAAUUACAGCAGGUAUUUUACAGAUUUUGUUUCUGGUGAUUUAAAGAGAUCUCAUUUUCAGUGUAUUUCGCAUUCAUGCCUGUUUUCCAUAGUUCAAAUGUCUACACCACCGAAGGAACAGAAAACACCUUACCGGACUAUGAUCUAUGUUACCAGGUUGCCUAGCAUUGUUUUUUUGGCAGGUAGUAAUUUGUGUAGUCUUGGUAAGCUGAAACUCAAAAAAAUUAUUUUUUAAUUUAAUUUUUUUAAAUCCGUAACUAUGAAGGUCAAGUUUCUUUUAGGACAUAAUCAGACUUUGCGGCUAAAACUAAAUUUAGAAAAAUUAAGAGAAGUGUUCAAUACCUUACAUUUAUGUUUGGGGAAUCAUGUGCAUAUUCUAUAAUUUUGAUCUCUGACACAAGUUACAUUCUUAACUCUUCAUUUGGUGUCCACAAAUUUCUUUUUUUUUCUUUCUCUUUGGCAAUGGUUUUUUAAUUACCUGAUUUACUUUCCAGCCACUAAACCUGAGUAAUUCCCCUUUUAAACUCCUUUUAUUGGACACUGUACCUUGUUGACAAGAGGUUAAUGCACUGUCCUCCUAUCAAUGCCAUGUCCAUUGUUAGAGAGGUCCAGCCCAAAACGGAUAAGCUGGCAGUAGUGCUAGCUCAUUGUAGGUAGAACAUAUAUUGCUGGACCUCUCACAUAAACAAAAUGAUUUGUCCUCUUCAUGGAAGUCCACAAAAUGGUUCCGUAUAAGAACCCUAAAAGUAACAUACAUCUCCGGAACUGCCAGAGUUCUUGGGAGAAUAAUGUUACUUUCAAAACACCAAAACAGUGCGUUGAUAAGAGUGCACAGGGAGAUUUAAGCACCCUGUUUUUGCUCACUGUGGGUUGCCGUUACCCCACUGACUUAUUUUCUGGUUUGCUUUCAGGAACGAAAGCUCUUACUCGGCCUCAAGAGAAAGGUCAGAGAGUGUACAAACACACCGUGAUACCAUAGAAGAACGUGCAGAAGAUUAUUUAGCAUCCACCAGUUAUGAGAAGAAAUCAACUGGAAACGUAAACAGCUGUAUUUCACCUCAAAGAAGAGGGCAGGAUGUACUGUACCAGCAUCUUGAAACUGCUGCAGAUUCUGGCAUGAACAGGGGGCAUCCAAUUAAUUCAAGGGAUGCAUCUUCAAGGAGCUCAGAGCUCCCCAAAAAUGAUAAAAAAUCUCAGUUCAAAGGGUGGGGUUAUGCAAACCAUAAUAAAUCAUCCGACACAGCCAGCAGUGUUGAAGAAGAGAUCCCUAAGGAGGCACAAGGAUUGAGAUCAGAUUUGUGGAAGAAGGAAGAUGGCGUAUGUCAAGACUCAACAAGUGAAGCACGUUGGCGAAGCGAAUCCACAAACUCAAACAAUCAACAGUCUGAACAUCUAGGUAGGAGCCGUAGAUCUGGUCCAAUAAAGAAGCCUGUUCUUAAAGCACUUAAAGUGGAAGAGAAGGAGCUGGAUAAAAGCAAACCAGAAACAAAAGAUCAGGUGAAAACAAUGAAAGAAAAACUUCUUUCAAGGCCUGAAAAUGUGGUAAAAACUGAACCUACAGUUCUUAACUCUUCAUCAGUUUUAUUAGAAGAAAAGAAUUCCCAGGCGAGCCACAAUCAGGAAACUGAAACUUUCCCUCAAGAGAAAGUAGAAAGGAGUUGGGAUACUAAACCUUCAAGAGAGUCGAGCAACCCUUCCAUGACAAAGCGCAGCAACUGGAUAUUUAUUGAUGAAGAACAGGCUUUUGGGGGCAGGUCUCAAGGUCGUGGAAGGGGUAGAGGUUUCAGAGAAUUCAGCUUUAGAGGGCGUGGAACUAUCAAUCCUUACAAUGGAACAAGAAUGAGUAGGGGUAGAGGGAUAAGGGAGUUUAACCCCACAGAAGAUUUCAGAGGCAAAGUUUCACGAAGGCGUGUUGCCAGUGAAACACACAGUGAAGGGUCAGAAUAUGAAGAACUUCCAAAACGUAGGCGACAGAGAGGGGUAGAAAAUGGAAAUGAGCCCCCUCUUUUAGAAAGAGAUGGGGAUGAUUCAAGAAAAGGUGACCUUCAGGACUCCUGGAGGUCUAACAGAAAUUAUUCUGAUGAUCCUAAUAUUGAUUCUAAGUCAAACGCCCCACGGGCUUUUGGGCGGUCUCUUCCUCCAAGGCUUAGUAAUAGCUAUGGGAGAAGGUCUUUCAACUUCAAAGAAUCAUCUCAUUGGCAGGCCAAAUCUGUUGGAUCUUCUUGGCAGGAGUAUAAUAUGUCAUCAGAGUCUUAUGGAACCCGACAUAACACAGAUAAAGACUAUGUCCAUGACUAUAGAUAUUCAGACUCCUAUGCUGGUAGAGGUUUUAAUGAAAACCAAGGAGAUGAGAGGAGACCUUUUUUCCAAGAGGACUAUUUAGAUCGAGAUAGUUUAGAGAAAAGGUCUUUUGGAAGGAGACGACCUCCUCGCCAAGACAAGCCACCAAGGUUCCGACGUCUUAGACAGGAAAGAGAAUCUGUUGGUCAGUUGAGUGGUGAAGAAGUGGGUAGUGUAAAUAAUCAUGAUCAGUGGCAGGUGCGUCAAAAGAUGACUGGUGAGAAAUCUGGUCCAUCUUCAAGACGGUCCCCAGAAAUGACUUACCAUAAUGCUGAUCAUGUCAAUGAAGAGUGGGAAACUGCAUCCGAAAGCAGUGACUUUAGUGAGAAGAGACCAGCAGAUAUGGAGGGUGAUGGCAAUCCAUCUGGGAGUGGGUUCUCCGAAAAGAGAGAACUUUCCAAAAGGAGUUUCUCCAGCCAAAGACCUCUUGCCGACCGCCAGAGUCGUAAAGUGGACUCUUCUGGUUAUGAGGAUAAUAACCCAAGAGCCAGUGGGAAUUCUUCACGUAAUGAUUACCAGCAAAAUGGACCUCCAUUAAAAGGAAGGUGGGUCGUUUACAUGUAUAGAUGUACAAAGCUUACGUGAAGAAUUGACGUCUCAGUUUUUAACCUAUUCAAGCAGUGAAAUGUAUUUGGGUCCCAGUUGUUUCAACUCCACAUGUUAAGUUGCUCGAAUAAGCACACAGUUGUCCUUUUCAUGUUCUGUCUUAAAAACUAGCUAAAUCUGUAAAAAUUAUGUAAAGGCUGUUUGCCUUAAGCUAUCCAAAUAAAAUAAACUGUGGCAUUGUAUGAUUUACAGCUAUUGGCUGCUGCAAGACAUUGCUGACGUCUUAAUGUGGUUACCUUACAAUUAACAAAGGGACACGCCAGGCACCAAAACAACUUAAUCUAAAUGAUUAUGGGGCAAGGAGGCCACCGGAGGCACUCUUACCUGAAGAGGUUAAACUAUCCUCGAACGGUUUAACCCCAAAGUUGCUUCCAGUGGCGAUGUCCACACCCCCUAGGUGGCAUUUGGCUUAUGAAUUUUCAGAUUCAGGAAAUGAAAGUGCCGCCGGGUAGGGGUGCUGCUGAUUGGCUUAGAGCGGUUAGCUGAUGCUUUCAGCCAAUCCAUGACUUCUCAUUCACAAAACUGGCUUAGAAAGAAAAGUACCUUUUCUAAGCCAGUUUUGUGAAUGGGGAGUCGCUGAUUGCCUGAGAGAGUCAGCUUAGCGCUCUCAGCCAAUCAGCAGUAAUACCCUGGGGAGAGUGGGCAUCGCUGCUGCAGGUAACUUAGUAGUUAAACUAUUCUCAAACAGUUUAACCCCUUCAAGUAAGAGUGCCUCCAGGGGUCUUCUGGCACUAUCACAACUUAGAUUAAGUUGUUUUUGAGCAUGGAUUUACCCUUUAAAGAGGGAGUCCAAAAAUCCUAACUACAGCCCACUGUAGAGGUUAUAGUGCCAUGGUGCUUUUCCACAGUAAGCUGUCAAACCAGUUUUAGCAUGAUUUGACAGCUUACCUGUUUCCUGCCGGACGCACCCCUUGUAAUGCAGGGCAAUGUCAGACAACACUCAUUUGUCUGAGAGCUCAACUAAUGCUCUCAUCUUUGAGCACAUUACUUCAUUGACUUUACUGUUUUACUCUAAACGUGCAGCUGCGAUAGCCCGGCAUAACUCUGGUAAGUUAUUAAACUAUGCUUAAAUGGUUUGACCACUUACCCUAGGAUGAUUCCAGAGCGCUUCUGGCACCAUAACCAUGGUGCUUGAAAUGUUCGUUUAAGUAGUAAAGUGGCAAUAUGGUACUUCCAGUCUUCUGGAUGUUGCCAAAGUUCUAGAGCAGGCUGUUCUGUUUAUGAUUAGACUACCCCUUUUAGAAAUGGAAACCAGAUAUCCCUGCUCUUACAUGUAGAACUGCAUGCCAUUAAGUAGAAACAUGGGGCGCAGUUGUUUUGCUUUUUGUUUUUUACAUUUUCACAGAGGGACCCAAAGUGUUAGCACUACAUUAUUUAAAUGUCCUUGUCAUUUCUUUAUACCUUUAUGCAGUUUUUCUCUGUCUUCUGCUGGCUCCCAAUGCUGAUGGACAUUUAUUUUUUUGAAUUACUUUUCAUGACAGAAUAAUACAUAUAUUUUUUUUUUUAAAUGCUCCAAGGGAUGCUCUAAGCAACAAAACAACUUUAGCUUAAUUAAGCUGUCUUAGUGUAUAGAUCACGUCCUUGCAGUCUCACUGCUCGAUUCUCUGCCAGUAAGACUUAAAAUCACAUUGUUUAUGCAGUCCUUACUUUGCCACAGUAACCUAAGGUUGUUUUGGUGCUUACAAAGUUUCUUUAACCCCUUAUGGACAGUGGGCGUUCUAUGCCGUCCUUGGGGACCCGGCUCUAAAUGCCGGCGGGCGGCAUAGAACGCCCAAGCCGUCCUAUGUACUUACCCGGGAAUCCCCCUCCUUCCUCUUUGGCCCUCUUGGGCCAUGUGAUCACGAGGACCUCACGAUAACAUGGACGGCAUAGUCCAUGUCAUUGUCAGCAGGGGGAGUGCCUGUAAUGACAGGUACUCCACCUGCUGCCUGAAAACUGUAAAAUAAAAGAUUUAAUAACAGUUUAAAAUAAUAAAUAGAAUAUAUAUAUAUAUAUAUAUAUAUAUAUAUAUAUAUAUAUAUAUAUAUAUAUUCUAAGUAUAAGUGUAUUUUAAUAUAUAUAAUUAUAUAUAGUAUCAAAAUACACGUACAAUGAUAUUGAUUAAAUAUAUAUAAUUUUAUAUAUAUAUGUAAAUUCGUUCUAACUGUAUUUUAAAAUAUAUAUCUCUAUAUAUCAAAAUACAUGGAGAAUGAAAUAAUAUAUAUCUAUAAACCGAAGUGUGUGUGUGUGUCUGUCUCACGCUUGAAGUCCCUUAUUGUUUGGGUGUUAGCAAACCAUGGCUAGUAGUAUCCAUUUGUAGUAAGCAGGUGUCGGCACUCUCGGUAUUAAAAGUCCAAAGUUUAUUGGUAUAAAAUUAAAAACCGAUCAACAUUUCAGUCCUGCAUCGAGGGCUUUCAUCAGGAUCAAAAUACUAUAUAUAUGUGUGUGUGUGUGUGUGUGUGUGUAUAUAUAUAUAUAUAUAUAUAUAUGUGUGUGUAAUAUUUUUACAUAAUUAGGUCAUUUUAUUAAUUACAAUUUGUGGGACCUGCCUGACAACCCAGGCCAAAAGUCCAGGGAAUUUAAUUUGCUAGCACUAUAUUUAACCCUGUAACUUUCCAAGACACCAUCAAACCUGUACAUGGGGGGUACUGUUCUACUCGGUAGACUUCGCUGAACACAAAUAUUAGUGUUUCAAAACCGUAAAAUGUAUAACAACGAUGAUAUAGUCUGUGAAAGUGAAUUUUUUUUUUUUUCACACUCAGAUUGCACUUACACGGACGAUAUAAUUGUUGUGAUCCAUUUUACUGUUUUGAAACACUAAUAUUUGUGUUCAGCGAAGUCUCCCGAGUACAAUAGUACCCCUCAUGUACAGGUUUUGAGGUGUUUUCAAAAGUUACAGAGUCAAAUAUAAGGCUUGCAUUUCAGUUUUUUCACGUUGAAAUUUGCCAGAUUGGUUAUGUUGCUUUUGUGACCGUAUGGUAGUCCAGGAAUGAGAAUUACCCCCAGGAUGGCAUACCAUUUGCAGUAGUAGACAACCCAAGGUAUUGCAAAUGGGGUAUGUCCAGUCUUUUUUAGUAGCCACUUGGUCACGAACACUGGCCAAAAUUGGGGUUCAAAUUAGUUUUUUGCAUUCUUCACACACAAAUAUUAACGCUAACUUUGGCUAGUGUUUGUGACCAAGUGGCUACUAAAAAAGACUGGACAUACCCCAUUUGCAAUACCUUGGGUUGUCUACUAUUGCAAAUGGUAAGCCAUCAUGGGGGUAAUUCUUAUUCCUGGGCUACCAUAUGGUCUCAAAAGCAACGUAACAAAUCUGGCGAAUUUUAAUGUGAAAAAAAUUAAAAAUGUAACAUGCUAUAUAUGACCCUGUAACUUCCCAAAACACCAUAAAACCUGUACAUAGGGGGUACUGUUUUACAAGUGAGACAUCGCUGAAUACAAAUAUGUGUAUUUUAUUGCAGUAAAAGCAAACAGUAUUUUGACAUUCACAGUUAAAAUGUCACGUAGAACUAAAAAAAAAUUUUUAAAAUUUUCUCCCAUUUUUAAAAAUAUUUUAUUCAUAUUAAAUUUUAUAUCUAAAUAUUUGAUGUUAAAUGAAAGCCCUGUUUCCCCUGGAUAAAAUGAUAAAUAAGUGUGGGUGCACAUAAUAUGAAAGAGGCAUAUUAUGCCUGAACAGACAUAUAGCACAAAUUCUAAUUUUUGUUUACGUUUUGUUUUUAUCACAACUUGUACAUUUGGCUCAGUCCUUAAGGGGUUAACACCUGUUGUUUCUGAAUUCCAUUAUCAAUUAAACAAUAGCUGAAAAUCUAAGUUUGAUUUCUAGUGAUCCUGACCAUUUGGGUCAACGCAUAAAAGACUUGACCGGUUUCUCUAAGUCUGCUAUGCUUUCAGUUCAGCUAAUCUGCUCUUGAAAUUUUCAAUUUGGCUUGAGUUAUACCUGAAAUUAUUACUUUGGUAUAUGUACCAAAAGGGAUCUUAUAUGGUGCCCUAUUUAAAAUUUAUAGAUUUAAAGCAGGCGUGUGAGCAUUGGUAGUUGCAUGGGACUUUUCUUUGUAUGUCUUCUCUAUUUCAACAGUCACUAAAAAAUUAAAAUAUGGAUAGGUUUUUAGAUGUUGGAAGAGAUGAUUUCAAUUUUUGUAGGCAAACUAAUUUGAUGUUAUGCAAGCUUAUUCAUUUGAAAGAGAUAGUUGUGGUGUUUUUGUCCUGUCUCUCUAGUUUUGUGCAGAAAACUUCCUAGAAGUUUACAUGCUUUUUAUUUUACAUAUGUGUAGUUUCAAACCGUUUUUUCCUUAUACCUUCCUGUACUUCCAGUAGAUGUCCUGAAGAGUCAUAUGCUCAAGAAAAUGGCCAGCAUCGCUAUGGAUUGGAGAGGUCUAUGCACUGUGACAAUGGCGAUGCAUCUGGGAAAAAACAGGAGAGGGACUCCAGGCAAUCAGGCUUAAAGGCUAGCGAUAAAGCAGAAGUCCUAACCCCAUAUGAUAUGAAAUAUGGAGGUAUGUUUUGGUUAAAUCUGGUUUCUUCUUUCGUAGCACUCAUAUGAUGGUUAUAAUUGAUACCUUUAUUGUUUUCCUCAGAUUCAGUCCUGGAAGAAGAUCCAGAAAUAGGAGGAGACGGUUACCCUGACACAAGUAGCAAGCCACGACGCGGGCUUGACAAAGAUCGCCGGAAAAAGGACCAGAUAGUCCAGGUGAGGUUCUCUUUUGUUAAAGAUUACACGCCCGCUUGUUUAUUAAAUAUUGCUAUAAGCCUUUGUUACUUUGCGUCCUGUGACAGAUUGUAUUAAACUACAGAUCAUGUUUGGGUUUUUUUAAAUACAAGAUCUGUAUUCCCAAACUUUGUGCCGCGCUAUGUUUCCCUGGUGCUAUGAACAGUGUUGGAUCCCCCCUUUCCAAGAAAACCUUGCCUCACUCUGAGAUCUUCAUCAGCCCGCUAGCACUAAAAUGCUGUAUUCGGGAGGGGGAGAGGACCCGGGAGAGCUCUAACAUGCAGCUCCUCUGGGUUCGCCUCUUGCGAGUGUGGAACGUUGCUGCUGUUAACAUGGCAACGCGCAGUAUCUUAGGAGAGUGAACUCUAGCCUGAGGAACUGGUAGAAUUCACUUAGACCACCAGGGUUUAGUACCUUCGCCCUCCCAGGCAAAGGUAAGAAAGGAGGGGCAAUAUGAAUUUUAUUUUUUAAAUAAAGUAUACAUAUAUUUAUUAAUCUGCCCUCCUACCGCCAUAGACCCACAAUUAUUCUCCCACACACACGUACAGUACUGCCACUAUAACCUACUCCAGCCACAUAUCCCGGUAGACCCUAGGUAGGUUGUCAAACUUUUCUUCAACAGUUUCAGUUCUUACCACAGCAGUGUAGUGACACAAUAACCACUACAGAGUGCUGUAGUUGUUAUUGUGCCUUGAUUGUUACUUUAAUCUACCAGUGCCUCUCUCAAGAUUAGGUUCUGGAUCCACCCCUGACCGCGAAACCUAUCUGCUGAGCACAGGCCUUGUAUAUGCUGCAGCGCUGUACAUAUAUUCAACCUAGAAAUUUGUUUAGACUUGGGGCGCAUUCGAAAAAUAUUGAAAUAUUAAGGGUGCCUUGAACCUAAAAACUUUGGGAACCACUGCUGUAAUCAAUGAUCUGUUAGAACACAGUGGAGGCACUGUUUAGAGUGAUGAGCGACACCACAGUAGAGGUGGUGCUCUGCCACACUCUUCAACCUUAAAAAUAUAGUUGAGCUCCAGAUGGUCUUGGGAUUCUUCAUUAUUCAAAGAAACACUAUAGUUUUCGGAAUACAGACUGAUGGAGUAGCAGUUUAGGUUUCCCUGCCACCCGGGUUUGAUAAAAGAGUUGGCAGGGGGAAUUUGGACGUGAUGGCUAAAAAUGUUAACAGAGAGAAGCAGCUAUUGGUAAAAUAUAAAGGGAAUGAAGAGGUAAUUGAGCAAGACUCUCAAACAGCUGGAGGAGCAUGCUAUAUAUUUAGGAGGAACCUGGGUGGGUGGGUAGUGCUGAGAAAAAGAAAAAAAAGGUAGAGCUUCAGUAUUGUUGGUUCUGGGAGUGUGAGGUGAUGCCUGAACAAGGAGAUUGAACAGUCAUAUGAAGGUAUUUACACCAAGGAAGAGCAAAGGAAAGAGGUGGAGGUUAGAGUAAACAUGUGUUGUAUACAAUUGAAAAGUUUGCCAACCGAAUUCUAACACCCAAAAUAUGUUUAAUAACUGUGUACAUUAAAUAUUUGUCAAACAUUAAAUGACAAUAACUGCAUUCACAGAAAAGUACAGUGGCAAACUACAUGUAUAAAUGGUAACUAUGCUAUAGUAACACAUGAUAAUAUAGUAAAGUAAGAAUAAAUGAGAUGGAGUAUCUUCCAAGCUUCACUCAGUACCUGGAGGUUGUGGGAGCUGCUGCUAGAUGUAAAAUCCAGAACCAGAACCAACAAUACUGAAGCUCUGCGAGUGUGAGGUGAGGCCUAGAGGUUGUGGAAGCUGCUGCUAGAUGUAAAAUGCAGAACUUCAGUAUUGUGGGUUCUGGGAGUGUGAGGUGAGGCCUAGAGGUUGUGGGAGCUGCUGCUAGAUGUAAAAUGCAGAACUUCAGUAUUGGUUCUGGGAGUGUGAGGUGAGGCCUAGAGGUUGUGGGAGCUGCUGCUAGAUGUAAAAUGCAGAACUUCAGUAUUGUUGGUUCUGGGAGUGUGAGGUGAGGUGCAUCUCUGUGCGGAAUGCUGCACUCAAUGCAGCACUGUAAUAAAAAGCAAUAUUAGUGGCUGUCUGAGUGACUGCCACUAGAGGUGUUACUAGGUACCAAUGUAAGCAUGGUCUUUUCUUAGAAAACAAGGUGCUUACAUUAAAAAGCCUGCUGUAGACACCAGAACCACUACAUUAAGUUGUAGUGGUUAUGGUGACACUGGGAUCAGUUUAAAUACAGGAAUUUACAUUUAAUUCAGGAUAAAUUGGUGAAUGGGAGUACUGAGUGAGAUGAGCUGCUGAUUUAAAGAUGCUCCUCUGCUUAUACAUUUAUAUUUAUAUUGAUUCGCAUGAAAAGUAUUUGUAGCAGUAAUUAAAAAAUAUGUGUGUAUAUGUAAAUGUUGUACCCUAGCCUAAUGCAUUAAACAAUGCAGCUUUUCAAGCAACCAGGUUUCCAUAGGGUUACGCAGUAGUGAGACCCUUAGAACUUAGGACUUCUGCCUGCGCAAACCUGUCUCACUUCUCAGCCAUCUUUCAUAGCAAGCAUUACUUGACUUUUCCCAAAUACAAUACCAAUUUUGUGUUGUUGAAACCUUUGACCUGUCUGGCAUGGGAAUUUGUUUCAAGAAUAAUUGUGGGUUAUUAUAGCUGUUCAUGCUUUGUGAAUGGUGUUCACGGUCUUAUGAUCCUUUUUUUAUUUUUUAUUUUAUUUCAGGUGCCUGCCAAGGGCAACGGUAUUCAGUCUAGAAUUCCACCUCGUUUUGCCAAAAAACAGAAUGGCAUGUGCCUGGAUCAGACUGAUGUGGGUGGCAAAGAAAUUUGGGAGAACAGCAACCAAGGUUAGCAUCACAUCAUAUUCUAUAAAUCUUUAAAUUCUCAAAAUAUAAUACACCUUGUUUGCCAUCUUGAUUUGAGUAGAGUGCCAGCACAGACAUUAGGAUGUCUUAAAGUGUGUGUAUAUUAAUGUGUAUGAAUACGUUAUCUUAUACUAACCCACAUGGCCAUCAGCACAUUGGUUAGAAUGUCUUGCCAUGUGACUCCUGUAUUUGUAUUUUUAUAUUCAUUGUUUUCUCCCUGCCCAGCUAUGGCUGUACAGUCCGGCGGUGAUACUUGGAGCAAGCCGGUGAGUGCAUUUAGCACAGAGUCCAGUUCUACAGAGGUAAAUUGAGUUACUUAUUGUUCUUUGGUUUGUUGGUAGGUCAAGCAUGGCUUUCAUAUGCUGAUAAUGUUCCUUACAGGGUUUUCUGUACUAAUGAUCACUAAUCUGCAGAGCCCAGUCUCCAUAAUGUUCCAAUUGAUCCUUCUGAACGUUCAAUAUACUCACUAAAAGGGUUUCUGAGGAGAUGCCUUUCCUGAGAGACUGGAGUUAAUGCACUUUAAAUGUCAAAAGGAUUUUCUACAACUGUCUAUUUUGACAAAGACUAGUAAAUGGCGUUAUCUCCUGUAAACUACUGCCUAUUUUUAACCAUUAUGAGUGUAGUGACCAAUUUAGCUACGUUCCUGAGGGCUAUCUCCCUGACUGCACCAUAUGCAUUUAAAAAAAAAAAUCAGUUUGUUAAACAAAUCACUCUCAUUUCUUUUGAUUUUUCUUCUCAAUAUUGUGCAUUACCACCUCUUUAUCUUCUAUUGAAUGCUUUGUGCUUCUUGUUUGCUUUACCAUUCUCCUACUUGCACACACUCCUGCUCUACCUCAGCUACAUUGUUGCUCUCUAUCAAUGAAUCCCCUCAUGAACCACCCUGAAUAAUAAUUUAAAAUGGUCACAGUUUGAGUAUGGCUGAUUUAAAAGGGUAUGAAUUUGGCUAGUUUGGUUCUCUGCUUCCUUGUGUCCUUUCAGCUUAAUUAUUCUAUAAAACCUCUUAAAAGGUUGCUAUGUAUAUAUAACAUCUCUGCCUUGCGUAUUUGUGGAUGUUGAGUGUUUUCUUGGGGGACUGAUUUCUGCUUGGUUCUUGUGGUAUGCUGUCAUUUUUGAUUCGUGCUUUGCUUGGCCUGUUAGGGCUUUAAAGCCAGUCAAGGGGACAGCGGCAUCGACCUAAGUGCGGAGUCUCGGGAAUCAUCUGCCACUUCCUCACAGCGUAGCUCCCCGUAUGGCACCAUGAAACCUGAAGAGAUGAAUGGCACAGGCAUGGUGGAGGCAAAAGGAGAUUGCCCAAAGGAACAAGGGCAGAAACAGUCAGACAAAAAGGUGUGACAUGCAUUCCUUGACUUGGUGUAAAACUGGACCUGUGUGUCCACGUUCGGAUAAUAGUGAAACUCUGGUGCACCAGCUGUUCUGACGGUUUAUUGCACGAUACUGAGCAAACUCCUACUGUCAGAGGGAACUUCAUUGGCAUUAGCUUCAAUGUCAUAGUUUAUCCCAUACCAGGGUUUUUUAAAUAGAUUUUUCUCUUCUUUAAUGGAGGCACCAGCUAUAACUGGGUAACAAGGCCCAGUUGGCUCACUAGCUUGAUCACUGACAUGUUUGCUGUAAUCUACCCUUCUUUAAUGUGUGUGUUUAGAACUCUGGGUUUCUGUAUUUUAGGUUUUGUUAAUGUCCUUGAUCCUUAUGGUAAAACUGUAUAUCCCUGUUUUUCAUUGAAGGAAAAUGAAACUGCCUCUGGUCUAAAUAAAGAACACAAGCCAGGUCCGAUUGGCAAUGAGCGUUCCCUAAAGAACAGAAAGGGGUCAGAAGGGACAGAACGUUUAAAUGGAGGAACACCACCUUCCAAUGGGGUAGAAAUCCACGUGGAUCCAGUUCUUGCUGUGACGCCCAUUGAAUUUGGUGUCAGCUCAAAAGUGAGGAUUUUAUUUUUAUUGUUUCUAUGUGUUGGUUGACAUUUGUAACUUGCAUAUUUGUUUUUUCAAUGUUUUUGUUUACCCCUCAGCUAUAUGGAUUUUAGUUUCGCUCUGCCUCCUCUAGUGUCAUUUGAUCCGGGGGAGGUGGGGGGGCUGAAGUGGUCUUACUGCGUAUAGUGUCCCUUUAACAUUAAACAGCUACUACCGUUUGCUAUGCUCUACUGAUUAACAUUUAUACAGAUACGGUAUAGGACUCUUUGGCUUGUGCCAUAAUUAUGUCUGAUAUGGAAAUCCCUGGGUUUCUUCCCUGAACCAGAAAUUGUGUAAAAUACACAGGAUUGAAAAUAGUAGGCCAAAAUACCCAAAGUCAAGAAAAAUUCUGCAAGUCUGUUUUCCAAUUUGACUAUUAUGGCCUAGAAUGUGUAUUUUCCAUUAAAUUUUGCAAUUGCGUUGUCAGCACUUGAAAAUGGCUGGUUCGGUGCAUUAACCUUCUGCUUCUUAAUGCAACACCAGUUAAAAGUAAAAUGUCAAAUGUAAGUUAAUGGUACGUUGAGGUCUAAAAUGACUUUCCGUACGUAGAUACAUAGUUUACAUAAGACUAUGGUGUCUGCUUGUAGUAAUUAACACUUUGUCCCUUGCAUGAGAACUUUCAAUCUUUUUACUGUUUGUUUAAAGUAUUGUUAAACCACUGAAUAUUUUUUGUUAUGCAAACACAAAGCUCUGGUGAUAUGUUUGACAGUCAAAUGAAAAAACUUGAGGCACUUUUUGAUCAUGUUGUGUGUUUUACUUUACUGUCCACAGGAUGCAGAUUAUUCCUUACCCCCUGCAGCAGCCCCAGGAUCUGCAGCUAACACAGUCACAAAGCUUCAAGAUUCUUUGGUGGGGAAGGUACGUUAAAAGUAACUAUACAUUUCCAUUUUUUACCUACAAGAUCCAUGUUCUGUUCAGUGGUUGAAUUAGCCUUCCGAAGCGUUGCAGCUCAUCUAUUUAAAAGCUGGUUUACAUAGCCCGUUUUCAAUGGAUGACGAAGGACUGUGAAACUUGUAAAUUUAUAGGUAUAAGGGGAAAUUGGUGUGUGUGUUUUUUUUUUUUUUGUUUUUUUUUUGUAUAUAUUUAUUUAUUUCUCACCCCUUUGAUAGUGUUUUGCUUCGAACAACAUGAGUAGACUGAACCAGCAAUACAGAACUGGAUUUCUGUUCCCUUGUAAAGCUGUGAAACGUCAUAGAGAAAUGUUUAAAUCCCUUUUCUUAUGGUUUUGUCCUUUCUCCCAAUAGGCUGGAUUAACACAGUCCAUACAAAUGCUAAGAAGAGAUCAUGCCUUACAGCAGGGGAUUGGUUUAAACACCAUAUCCUCAUACUCUUCUGCUGACUUCACACUAAAGGUAAAGGCACUACUUUUACUAACUCAAUACACUUGGCAUGGCAUAAAGCACCAAACUAACACCAAGUUCUAACUGAACUGCCACAGGUUGUAACUUAUUGGGAAUAUUAGGUUACUGCACAAAAUAAUGGGCAGAUGAGAUUUAGCCUGCCUCAGCAAGUUUGCAUUUUGCUCUGUGGUCUCUAUGAUGUUCCAAUAGAUCCUACUGACCCUUCACUAUGUACUCAGAAGGAAAAUGUGGAGAAAAUGUAACUGAGAGACCAUUUCUCCAGGAGUGUAGACCCUUGGCUAAUGCAGAUCAGGAUGCAUUGACCGCUGUUUUUGGUGUCAAAUUUUUGUAAGUAAUUGUAAAAUAAUUUUCAUGAGCUGGACUCUCCACAAAGCCGCAUCUCGGGGUAAAUAUAACGCAUAGCCUUGGUUUGGAGCAUUCACCUUAGAAACCAAAUGUUUGAUAUAGGUUUCUCUCGUUUUGUAGUAAUAGAUUGCCCAUAAUGAGUGGAAAGGACAGUCAAUUAUCUUCAUCCUUGCAUUAACAUAGUGUAUAUGGGUUGAUCAUUGAUGUAGUUGUAAUUAUUUUAUAUAACCUUUUUUGCUUUUUAAUUUUUUUAUUUAACCCCUUAAGGACACAUGACGUGUGACAUGUCAUGAUUCCCUUUAUUCUAGAAGUUUGGUCCUUAAGGGCUUAAGUAUGCUAGUCUUUAAUGGAAAAGGCCCUUGUCACUUCUUCCCAGUUAAUGCCUUUUGUGAAUAAACUCUGUUAUUGCGUUCCAUUUUGAUUGGUACAAGCAGCUGAAUAGUUUUUAGUAAGGCAGUGGUAAUGCCCCAGUUUUGGAAAUAACUUUCUUUGUUAGAUAUGGUUUCCACUCCCUGUCUUUGUUUUUCACAUAGAUGGAGUCUGCACGCAAGGCAUGGGAAAACUCGCCCAAUUUGCCAGACCAGAACUCUCCGGUUGGCUCUGGCUCUGGAAUACAGCCUCCUUCCAGUGUGGGGGCUUCCUCUGGCGUUAGUUACAGCUCCUUCGGUGGGGUGUCCAUGCCACCCAUGCCCAUUGCUUCUGUGGCCCCUUCUGCCUCUAUUCCAGGUAAUGUACUAUUAUCUCUUGUACUCUACCACUGCAGGUAUUCUAUACUAAAGCUUCUACCCCCAUGCUUCCAGGCAGGAAAGAAACAAGUUACAUUUCUAAAGAAAGGACUUUACUUCUUACUGCAAUUUAAGCAGUGUUUUCCUGCUUCAACUCGACUAAAAAGCAGGCUUUCCUUUUGAAGAAUCCUUUCAAUCCUGGCAUCCUACCAAUGUGUUGCUUCCUAAAUCUCAAAAUAGAUAUAAUUGAGCAAUUUGCACACUCGAUCUGGCCUGUUGUAUACUCUUAACAGGGUUUGAUAUUGAAACAUUUUGUCUUGGCCAUACAGUUUAGGUGGUAUAUUAAUACUCAGAGAAUUGACUGUCAAGUGCAGAGUUUAAAUUAAAAUUGCAAAACAGAAGGGAAAAUUGUUUUAGAUUUUCUCACAUAUUUUGCACUUUGUUUUUAAUUUCCUCUUUACUGGAAAGACAAUUACAUUAUAAACUACACUCUUGCACUGAAAUGUUUAGAGGUGUCAAGAACACCAGUCUUUCUCAUGGUUACACAGCGAUUACGUGACAUGCUCAAUAUGCAUUAACAAUUUUUCUUUCCCCCUCUUUUUCUGAAUUCUACCCAUUUUUUCUUUUGCAGGUAACCACAUGACUCCCUUGUAUCUAGAUGGUCAUGUGUUUGCAAGUCAGCCCCGUCUGGUACAGCAGACAAUACCUCAGCAACAAGGAUACCAGCAGGUACGCGUUUGCACACACAUGCUUCUUCCAUCUCCUAUUUGCAGCAGGCUCCUUACCAAGGCCACCUCCAUACUCAGCAGUGCCUUAAGUUGAAGUUUUUGAGAUAUGAGAGUGGAAAUGUAUUGGUUUACAUGUUUUAUUUUUUUUAACCCCCUAAGGACACAUGACAUGUGUGACAUGUCAUGAUUCACUUUUAUUCCAGGAGUUUGGUGCUUAAGGGGUUAAAGUGACUGCCCAAGAAUGCUGGUUCCACCAAGGAAAUCAUACAAUACAAAAGCUGGCCUUGGCUGAUUACUGGCUGAGAGAUAGGCAUUAACGUUUGCCAUUUCCAUUUCUUGGUCUCUGUGAUGUUCCAAUAGAUCCUGCUGACCCUUCACUAUGUACUCAGAAGGGAAAUGGGGAGACAAUCUAACCGAGAGACCAUAAUUUCUCAAAGUGUAGAUAGCUUUGUUGAUUGUUGACUAAUACAAUGCUUCCGCUGUUUUCAGUUUUAUAUUUUUUUAGGUAAUAAAAAAAUUUAGAAAAAAUACCCACUGCAUAAAUGGCAGUCAUCUCACAUUUCACUAGAAAUCCUUAAUCACUUGCUGCAGUAUUAUAAUUGUGAUGUUUUACUGUCUCACUAAUACCAUAACUAAAGUAAAAUAGAAUAAUGGCUAAUGUGCCCAAAGAAGGCUAAUGCUGUUAGUUCACCAAUUGUGUUCUCUCUUAACAGGCGGCAGCAGCCCAGCAGAUCCCAAUUUCUUUACACACAUCCCUCCAGGCGCAGGCCCAGCUAAGUUUGAGGGGAGGACUUCCUGUUUCACAGUCACAAGAAAUGUACAGCUCCAUGCAGCCUUUUAGGUAGCCUAAAAGGUUUCCCUUGUAUGAUUAAUUUGUUGUAGUGUGUGAUCUUCUUAUUAGAGGUUGCUGACUGACAUUUAACUUGUGCCUGUAGGUCCCAGAUGUACGUACACCCAAGCCUCUCACAGCCCAAUGCCAUGGUACUCGCCAGUGGCACUGGUCUCAAGCCUCCGUACUCCCCGUUUCCUGGCAUGCAACCCCUGGAGAUGGUAAAGACACAAGCUGGCUCAUACCAGACUAUGAAUGGAAGCCAGCAGCUUGUUUACGAAAGCCAGCUGAACCAGUCUGCAGGAAUGGGAGCUUCUCAGAUGAUGGACUCUCAACUGACACAGGUGACUUCUGGAUUCAUAAGAGACUUUUGGACUGUUAUCUGACGCUGGACGUCCUCACGGACCUCCAGUGUCAGAUUUUCCCCCAUAGGAAAGCUUUGAAUAAUGCUUUCCUAUGGGGAGGUCUUAUGCGCGUGCACCCAUAGGCGCGCAUGCGCAUUAGGUCACUGAUGUUGGCGGGGGAUUAGAGCGGGCGGAGCCUGAACCAGCGCAGAGGGACAUCUGCACUGGAUUCAGGUAAGUAGCUGAAGCCUUUUAGCGAUGUGGCAUGGGGGGGCGGGAGUCAGGGGGACAUUCCAGGAUUCUCUAUUGCCAAGAAAACGGGUUUAUUUUCCUGGCACUGGAGAAUCCCUUUAUUAUAGUUAACUCUCAUUAAUUUUUAUUUUAUUUUUUUUUGUUCAGAAAGGAUUUUUGUUGAAUGUUGAUGUGUUGUAAUAUAUGUUGACUAGUAGUAAAUAUAUGUGGGAUCUUUAUGCAAGACCUAAUUUGGCAUUAAAGUUGCAUAAGUUACCCUUUGUGGUCUUUAACAGAAUGUAAGUGUAAUAUGAUGUGAUAUGAUUUAAAGUAUUUAAAAAAAUUUUUUUUUUCUUGUUUUCAGUUAACCAUGCCAAUGUCUGGUGCACAGCUUCAAAUGCCACGUUACAGUUCCGGCCAACAAGCCAUGCUUCUGCCACAAUCCAUUCAGCUUUCCCAAGGGCAAAAUCUGCCAGUUGGGGCACCUCGGAGAAUGCAACCCUCAGUCUUAACCACAAACAGAGAGGUACUUGAUCACUGCUAACUAUUGCAUAGUAUUCUAAAUUAGAUUUUUGUACUAGGAUUUGAUCUGGAUUACAUAUUUGUUGGUAUAUAAACAUGUAUCACAUGUAUUUGUGUGUGCAUUUCACUGUAACGGCUCUGCCUGUGCCUUUACAGAAGGUUUUUGUGUAUAUAUAUAUAUAUAUAUAUAUAUAUAUAGUUAAAGUGUGGGAGAAUGAGGUAUAAGUUCAGUAGGGCUGAAAGAGCAGGGCAUGACACGGGAUAAUGUAGUAAGAAGACUAGAACUAGCUCUUAACCAUCAAGUAUGGUAAAAAAAAAUUAUUAAAACGUAACUUUUAAUAUUGUAUUUGACAAAAGGGGUAUAUUUGGUAUUUCCACUAGAUGGAGACAAAACUUAACCAUCUAUUCACAAUAUAUACAGUGUUGAAAAAGGAAAAGAACAAAAAUCAAAGUGUGCAUGUAUAUAUUUACUCUGGGAUGUGUAUAGAUAUAGUAGCAAGCUGUGCUCAAUGAAAAUGCAGUGGUCUAUAGCGAAUCAAAUAAACGAUCUGUAACCGUUUAUCACCAGAAUGCAACAUGGUAUGAUAACACCAUGUUAACUAUUCAGUGCCAUGUGCCCUUGAAUGAACAGACUAGCAUAUCUUUGAAGCAGAAUUAUUUUCCUGCCAUUUUUGACUUGCUACUGUAUUUUGGAAUAGUGAUAAUUAUCGGCAGUCCUAUUCAGUGACCGUGAAUCCAGCGUAGGUGCCCUUGAAGGCACAGAUCAAGCAUCUGUAUAUACUCGCAUGCCGAUAUUUUCACCAUUACCAUUAUCCACAUUGUUUACUCUACACCAACAGUACUUUCUAGGACUUCACCUCUCACUGUAUAAGUAGCCACUGUACUUUGCUUGAAUUCCCAUAUUGCUGAGGGUUCCCCCCAGCACUGAAUAGUUAACAUGUUAUCAUACCAUGUUGCUUUCUGGAGAUAAACUGUUGCAGAUCCUACAGGGAGUGCAGAAUUAUUAGGCAAAUGAGUAUUUUGACCACAUCAUCCUCUUUAUGCAUGUUGUCUUACUCCAAGCUGUAUAGGCUCGAAAGCCUACUACCAAUUAAGCAUAUUAGGUGAUGUGCAUCUCUGUAAUGAGAAGGGGUGUGGUCUAAUGACAUCAACACCCUAUAUCAGGUGUGCAUAAUUAUUAGGCAACUUCCUUUCCUUUGGCAAAAUGGGUCAAAAGAAGGACUUGACAGGCUCAGAAAAGUCAAAAAUAGUGAGAUAUCUUGCAGAGGGAUGCAGCACUCUUAAAAUUGCAAAGCUUCUGAAGCGUGAUCAUCGAACAAUCAAGCGUUUCAUUCAAAAUAGUCAACAGGGUCGCAAGAAGCGUGUGGAAAAACCAAGGCGCAAAAUAACUGCCCAUGAACUGAGAAAAGUCAAGCGUGCAGCUGCCACGAUGCCACUUGCCACCAGUUUGGCCAUAUUUCAGAGCUGCAACAUCACUGGAGUGCCCAAAAGCACAAGGUGUGCAAUACUCAGAGACAUGGCCAAGGUAAGAAAGGCUGAAAGAUGACCACCACUGAACAAGACACACAAGCUGAAACGUCAAGACUGGGCCAAGAAAUAUCUCAAGACUGAUUUUUCUAAGGUUUUAUGGACUGAUGAAAUGAGAGUGAGUCUUGAUGGGCCAGAUGGAUGGGCCCGUGGCUGGAUUGGUAAAGGGCAGAGAGCUCCAGUCCGACUCAGACGCCAGCAAGGUGGAGGUGGAGUACUGGUUUGGGCUGGUAUCAUCAAAGAUGAGCUUGUGGGGCCUUUUCGGGUUGAGGAUGGAGUCAAGCUCAACUCCCAGUCCUACUGCCAGUUCCUGGAAGACACCUUCUUCAAGCAGUGGUACAGGAAGAAGUCUGCAUCCUUCAAGAAAACAUGAUUUUCAUGCAGGACAAUGCUCCAUCACACGCGUCCAAGUACUCCACAGCGUGGCUGGCAAGAAAGGGUAUAAAAGAAGAAAAUCUAAUGACAUGGCCUCCUUUUUCACCUGAUCUGAACCCCAUUGAGAACCUGUGGUCCAUCAUCAAAUGUGAGAUUUACAAGGAGGGAAAACAGUACACCUCUCUGAACAGUGUCUGGGAGGCUGUGGUUGCUGCUGCACGCAAUGUUGAUGGUGAACAGAUCAAAACACUGACAGAAUCCAUGGAUGGCAGGCUUUUGAGUGUCCUUGCAAAGAAAGGUGGCUAUAUUGGUCACUGAUUUGUUUUUGUUUUGUUUUUGAAUGUCAGAAAUGUAUAUUUGUGAAUGUUGAGAUGUUAUAUUGGUUUCACUGGUAAUAAUAAAUAAUUGAAAUGGGUAUAUAUUUGUUUUUUGUUAAGUUGCCUAAUAAUUAUGCACAGUAAUAGUCACCUGCACACACAGAUAUCCCCCUAACAUAGCUAUAACUAAAAACAAACUAAAAACUACUUCCAAAAAUAUUCAGCUUUGAUAUUAAUGAGUUUUUUGGGUUCAUUGAGAACAUGGUUGUUGUUCAAUAAUAAAAUUAAUCCUCAAAAAUACAACUUGCCUAAUAAUUCUGCACUCCCUGUAUUUUUUUAUUCUCUAUAGAACACUGAAUUUUCAUUGAGCACAGCUUGCUACUAUAUUUCUAUACACAUACCAGAGUAAACUCUUAUUUAUAAAAAUUAAUUUAUUUAUAAAAAUUAAAUAUAUAUAUAUAUAUAAUUUAGAUUUUUGUUCUUUCCCCUUUUCAACACUGUAUAUAUUGUGAAUAGAUCACUAAGUAUCUUUUUCUUUAAUGCUAUUUCUUAGCAUGGUUAAGUUUUGUCUCUAAGUGGAAAUAACAAAUAUUGUCUCCAUAUAUCCCCCUUUUGUCUAAUACAAUAUUAAAAGUUACGUUUUAAUUAUUUUCUAACCAUACUUCAGGGUUAAGAGCUAGUUCUCUUCUUCUUACUAUUUUUUUUAUAUUGAAAGCUAACUUUAUUUUCUGUAAAAAGAAAAAAAAAAUAUUGAGAUCCACAUGUAAAGGUUUGAUAUAUCUGUAUUUCUCUCUAUUUCUCAGUCCUCCCAAAUGGAAAUGAAAGGUUAUCAUUUCACGGAUGGUAAACAAAACAUGCCCUCGACCAACAUGCAAGCACAGCAUUCCUAUCGGUAAGCGCACUUCACACAUGACUUCCUUUUCCAUGUGCAUGUUACUAAGCCGAGAGACAAUUCGUGGCGCCCCUUGGAAUGAAAAUCACAAACUACGACAAAGCUCUAUGUAUUCAAACGUCUGUUUAUCUUUUUAGUUUGUCGGUUUCAUUUUGCAGAAGCAAGUUACUAUUUCCAUGCAAUAAUAUAUUGUUUUACAAUGGAAGGAUUUGUGUAAAGGUGCUGCAGCAAAUUGUGUAGAAGACUAUGCUUUUCUAUAUGAUUGAUACCAGUUUGUCAAUGUAGCAUAAUGUAACUUUUUGUCAAGGUUUGUCUUUAACCUGUUUGUUUUUUUUAUUUUUUUUUUAUUUUAUUUUUUUAUAAUCUGGACACUGCUAGUUUCACUUAUCUCAGGGCAAAUGGCUACAGCUCUUCACCUGUAAUUCACAUGUUCUCUAAUUCAGCCAAGAUUAUUGAAGUUCUUGGUUAUGGAGGUCCAUGAAAAUCUAGUGGUGCAGGUUGAUACCUGACUAGUGUACCGUUCAUUAAUAGUGCAGUAUAACUGUGCUUUCCUCUUCUUCCUUAUCAGCAGAGAUAUAAAUAUAAAAUGAAUAACCAUUUAAUUUGCCAUCAAAACUUGAUGUCCCCUGCCAUCACACCUUUGGAUUGAUUUCUCAGAUUAGAAAGAUAAGCUAAAACCAAUCCAGUUGAUUAGUUUGAGCGGUCUUGUUUUUGUGACCGGAUUUCUUUAAUGUUUUAUAAAUACGCUUACAUUGGGACAAUAGUACUCAUAGGUCCAUAAACUCAUUAUGAAGCUUUUGAAAGUAAGCCCGGAAAAUAUACAGUGAGGUGGAGUUGGCAUUUUUUCCCCUCAUCUUUUUAAUUUUCUUUUUUAAUUUUAAUUGUAAUUGUAAACAGACUAAGGUCAAACUGUGCAUUUUGACUAAAGCAAAGUGGUUACUCUAGCCAAGGUUAUGAGAGCUAUAGUUCAUCCACAAGGUGAGCAAAUCAGUAUAUUUGCCGUUGUACACAGCUACAUGUGUAUUUUUCAGCCCUUUAUAUUGCCUAUCAGGAAGUUCCUGUAAAGAAGCAAUGAGACUAAAUCUCUUAUUGGCAAGAAACAAGACCAUAUGAAGUGUGGCAUUGCACUCUCUGGUAUAUUCUGUCUGUGCAUAAACCUACCUUAUAAGGCAAAGCCCAAUGAUUUAUGCUGUUGGAAAAGUGUAUAGUCCGUAUGGAAUAGCUGCGAAAUAUUAGCAGAGGAAAGUAUCAAAACCUCAAACACAAAAAAGCAUGGCAAAACGUUUAACACUUUACCUGGAGCAGUGGUAGGCAACUUUCGGCAAUACAGAUAUUGUUAAAGGGACACUAUUGUCACCAGAACUACAGCUUAUUGUAGUUGUUCUGGUGUCUAUAGCCUUCCACUGCAGGCUUUUUGCUGCCUUUUCAGAUUCUCUUAUGAAUCUUGGUUAUGUUUAAGAUAGUGGAAUAAUUUACAAGAUUUUUUUUUUGGCACGAUUUGAAUCCCAACUAAAUUGAAACUUUCAAAGAGUUAAGAGAAGCUUAGCUUGAAAAAUUCACAUCCGUUUUCGGCUUGGCUAUUUUGGUCUGAUUGUGUUUAAUGUAUGCAAGCACGCAUUUGUUGCUUAGUGACUAGCCUGGUUAAACACAGCAUGACAGUGUGUUCAGCUAGACACUCCGGUAUCUGAUUUUUAAGACCAGAAUUGUCAACCUACAAGGAACCUCUCCCAUAUAUCUGGUGCACUCCAUUGGCAUAAAUGGUAAAAAAUUACUGAAGUAGUUUGAUCAAUAUUUUAACUGCCCCGUAAGCACUGCUCUGUGGCCUUGUCAGUUUGAUUUUGUGCUUUGCCUGUUCUGAAACAGUUGCCUUUCAUUUUAAGGCCCAGUUCAGCUAGUCCCAGUGGAAAAUCACCUGGACCGGGGCCAUCUGCCAACUUGGGGUCUGUGCAAGGACACUAUCCUCAACAGGUAAAGAAAUAAUCCUGUGACAAAAAGCCUGUUUUUGACAGUCUUUAUUUUACAGACUUAGACCAUCUCAGACUGACAUAAUCACCCAUUGCUGCAGUGUAUUUAGGGAUUAUUGUAAAUAGAAGCAUUGCCUAAAUUGGUGGUAUCACAUGGUAACAAAGAAUUAAACAAGUGGCAUCCCUGUGUUAAAAAAGGCCUAUCCUAAUAACCUCUCACAGAAUAGUUACCAUUGUGUGCACGGUCAGUUUUUGGGUGAUGCAUGUAGGAACUGAAUGGUGGCUAGAUUUUUAUUUUUUUAUUUUUUUUCAUCUGUUAGAUCCAUCUUGACGUUGCCCCCCCCAAAAAAAAAAAAAAAAAAAUAUUUUGAUGUCUAUAAUAUAUGCAAGCAAAGCAUUAAGCUCCAUAGAAAAAAAAAUACAUAAUACAUAAUAACGUAUUGAUUAAUUGCAUUCUAUAAUAAAACAUGGUCUGGAUAUUUGUCCAGUGGUUAAACUAGCACUGUGGUCAUUCACCUGUAACUAAUGGGAAAAAGUUAAAUUAAGGAGACACUUAGCAGCCCAUUUACUUUAUUUAGUUUUUCUUAAACAAUGCUUGCAUCAACUUAAACAUAUUUGUAUUCAUAACAAUUUAGUGUUCCUUUAAGUACAAAAAAGUUGUUAAACCCCCACAAAGGAUAGAAAUGUUAAUUUAUAUUUUCUCCCAUACCAUGUUGCUCUCUGCAGUCUGUCUUUUUGGCUGGGGUCAUCAAUCUUGUUGAUCUAAGCAAGUACAAGGCUUUUUCAUUGGGAAGCUGGCGCAUAUGCUGAAAAAUACUGUAGUGUGCCAAUCACUUGAUCUGAGACCAUCUGACUUAAAGCGGCACUGUCAUGGCCGAAUCACAGGUUUUUUUGGGGGGGAUUUUUUUUUAACCCCCCCUCCGGACUCCACUACAUCUAACUGACCUCCUGGCUCCUACGUCUGUCAUUGGCUGAGCUACAUUUUUUUCCCUUCGAAUCGGGAAAUUUAGCAAAAAGAAGUGGGACUAGCUUAUGCUGCUGAAAGCCACAAAACCACACAUAUAUAUAGAUUUUUUAUUUUUUUUUAAGGAACACUUCAAGCACCAUAACCGCUUUAGCUCGGUUGAAAGAGUGCCCUGACAUCCCCUCAUAUUGUAAGACGUCAAACUUUUUGGGGAACAUUUUUCACUUACCUGGCAUUCACCGUCGCUACUAACUGCAACAAGCAAAUUCCUAAGGCAGUAAGUCCUGUUGGAUAACUGGCUGAGAGUGAUCCCUGGUUGAUGACUGACCCCAAAAGAGUGGCAUUACUUUGGAUCUGAAUAAAAAUGCUCUUACCAACUUAAGUGAUGCUUCCUAAAUAAUUACAACUUAGAAAUGCAAAACUAUAAGGUACUGGAAAGUGAGUGUAGAAAAGUGGGGGGAAAUAUUAAGAAAAUUCCACAUUUAUAGUAAGAUAAUAUUAGGAGUCAACACAAUCUUUAUAUUGCUGAUAAAUAUACAUAAAACAAUAAAAUAACCAGUAUAUGUUGCAAGGAUGAAAAAAACCUUUCAAAAACACAGAGGCACGAAAGUUUCUUUUCAAAUGGAUUUGUCCCAGCCAAAUGAGCAGUUUGAAUAAAGCAUUCAAAAAACUGGUUCAACUCCAACUUGAAGUGUCUUGUUAAUUCCUCCACAACAACUGAGACUCGUGAAUAGGGUAGCUAUGUUACCUUUUAUAACAGAGCUUGAAACAAGAGAUGCUUAGUCGCCAGCAUUUGUUCUACAGUAGUUACAUUUAAAGGUUGCACUGGGGUCCUUUUUUACUGGAACCUAGGUUACUAAGUAACUAUCUAAAUAUAUGGUAAAAAGGGGGAUUGAGUUGCCAUGGUUUACUAGUAAAUGAUUGUUGGUUAUGAAAUAAAACAUUUGGUGAACCAUACAUAAGGCUGUUAUUUUACACUGAUAAUUUGUUAAAAUUCGAUAUAUUAUAUUGAACUAAGACUCCUUUAACUAAACACACGAAAUAUAGAUGCUCAUGGAUACUGAAAUUUUAUCUGGUGCACUUUAGAUGCUUAGUCAUUGGCUAGCUGCUAUUGUGUUAUAGUGUGAGUUGGUAGCGGUUGUGGCCUCGUCCCUCCCAAUGUGUUGUAAUAUCACUUGCAGUCCUAGGAACAAGUAAAGGUUUUUGAUUUUCCCCACUUGUGGAACUGACACAUUGCUCAUCUUCUGAAAUAUUGUUGUGUUUAGUGGAUUUCAUGUUAGAUUGUGCCUUCUCUGGUAUGGUUGUUCAGCCUUGUACAAUUUUUGAAAUAUUCCGAUUUGGUGGUUUUAAUGGGUUACUUGUAAUUAGUUUGUAAGAAACACUCCAUUGAAAAUGCAUUUAUUUUAUUUCUAUUUAUUGUACAAUCUAUAGAUAAACCACUCGAGAAAAUGUGCAUGUUUCCUUUGGAGUAUCAAAAAAAAAAAUAACUUGCAAAAGCUGCAGACUUUGCAAGUCUCCCUCUUACCCAAGCACAGACUUUUAGUAUACUCCAAGCAGAUCUGCUGUGGCUUUCCUGUGUUUCUGUGAUACAGCUCAUUGAGAAGGCAGGUGCAUGUUUGCAGCACAAGAACAGUUCCCUGCCUGUUUUGACAGACAGGGUGGAGAGUAUAAACUGUUAAAGAAUCCAGAUACAUAAAGCUGUGAAGUGUUUCUUUAAUGAGUAAUCGCCUAUGGCAAUAAAACAAAACCUACCAAAACAGAACUGUAAUCGUAAUGCUAGGUAGAAAACAAUAGGAAAACCUAUAGUUAAUGGUAUGGUAAGAGGCACAUUUUAACCCUGAUUUCUAAAAGAAAAAAAAAAGUAAAACGGAGUCUUUUAUAUUCUUAUUUAAUGUAUACUUCUUGUUAUCUCUCCAUGUGUUUGGUACACUUAAACGGUUAUAGCACAUAGUGUUCCUUUAUCUCAUUGACAUGGUUAUAGUGGCUGGGGUCCUUGAGGGCCAUCUUUCUAUUCAAUGUUUAACAUCGAAAGAAGACCUGGCCACUCACAAUUCUGCCUAAGGCAAACCUCCAGGGUGGCAGAGAUUGCAUUUUAACAAAUUUAUACAAGCAAUGGGCAGCUGUGAUUGGUUGAGAGCAAUUUGCUGACACUUUCAGCAAACUUCUUUCAUCCAUUGCUGCUUUGCUAAUUGGCCUAAAGAGCACAGAGAGAUAAUGAUAGAGUGCUGCAGACACUAUAACCACUUCAGUGAAAUGAAGUGGUUGGAGUGUUAAAGGGACAGUAUAGACAACCAGACAACUUCAUCUCAUUGAAGUGGUCUGAGUGCACUGUGCCUGAGCCCUGCAAGUGAAUACAUUGCAAGGUUAAGGCUGUCUCGCAGACAACCUCUAAAGGUGCUUCCUGGCCUGUCAUGCUUUGAUUUAAUGCCUUCCUAUGGGGAAGGCCUAAUGCUUGCCUGUGUAUUAGGCCAGCCCCCACCCCCGUCACCGAGAUACCUUGACGCUGGAAUCAGGUAAAGGGGGAGGAUGUUUUCGUUAACCCUUUAUUUGCAGAGGGAGGCAGCAGAGACACUAUAGUGUUAAGAAUACAGUUUUGUAUUCAUAACACUAAAGUGUUCCUUUAAUCGUAUCCUGUAAAUAUGGGAAGAAUGCACAUCUGCAGUGGGGCAUUCAUUGCUAAUUUUAAUGCCUAACUGAAUUUGUUUGGUCUUGUAGAAUGCUAAAAAAAAAAAAAAAAAUUUAUUUUUUUUAAAUGUCAAAAUUGUGUUCACUCUUUAUUUGAAAACUCACAGUGCUUUCUUACCCUUUAUUAAACAGGUAA